AUGCUUCCUGGUAGGGCCUGAAACAACAAGGCCUACUUCCACAGCAAGCAAUUGGUCUACUUUGUAAUAUUUUCUCAGCCAGUUAACUAUUUGUAUUAUACAAAUGCUCCCAUUGUAUAAUAUGAAGAAAGACUACAAUGCACAACAUUUUUUUUAUACUGUUGCUUUAAGCAUAAACAAGGGGAGUAAUAUCUCCUGUAGUGCAAGUAUGCCCCCUACCUAGGCAGUAAGACUAUCAUCUAUUUAGCAGGGAUACAAUAUUUUAAUUUUGGGGACCAGUGUUCACAUCUUCCUAUUGAUUUCCAGAGAGAAAGCCAUGCUAAUCUCUUGCAGCAAAACCAGCAAAAAGCUUUAUAGUAUCUUUAAGGACUCGCACGUUUGCCAUGCCAUAGUCUAGUGUCCAUAAAAGUUUAUGCCAUAAUAAAUUUGUUGUAUUUAUAGCGCUGCUAAAUUAUUUGUUUUUAUGCUACUGGUAAAAUUGUUGAAGCUUCCCUCACCCUAAUCUGGAAUGCCCAAUACAGCAGUAACAGCUGAAACAAAAACAUUUCUCUAUUUAAAAAAAAUGGAUUAAGGUCCCUAUACUUCAACUGACAACUUUAAAAAACAAUGCCCCAGACUGAUGGUGUUAGCUUGGAAUUCAUAUGUAAAUUUGACACUAUCAGACUGAACAGAAAGAAAAUGAUUGAAUUUUUACCUCCACAAGUGCUUCAGGUUCUUUUGCUAAUUAAUUACCAGCUGGACUCACUCUGAUUGGAUCUUUUUAUCCAUUUGAAUGGCCCUUGUUUGCAAUAGUAAUGGAUCACAUAAUUUUUAUUAUUAUUUUGCUUUCUAGCCUUCCUUUCUUCUGUCUCCUGCUUUCUGAGGAUUUCACUUUAUCUGCAAUCUACAAGCUUGUAUUGUAGUUACAUUGAUUUACACUUCAGUCCCAGUAAGUAAUACAUGUGUCUUUCAGAGCUUCAUGUUUUGCUAUUGUGUCUGACCCUAGCAUAUGCUUUACUCAGGCAAAGACCGUUGUCUCGGUUUUCCCAGUGCCACUGCUAACCAUCUGCUGCCAUCAUUGGUUGAAAAGUUCGGCCAUGCCAUUGGGAAUCUUGAAUUAUUGAUGCCAUCUUUCCUUCAUACUCCGUGUUCCCUCACGGCAUAGGUAUCCUGGCUGAACCUAAGUUUGCUAUGAAAGUGGAUGUACUGGAAAUAUCAAGAAGGGCUUCUACAGGCUGUUGAAGAAGAAAGGAACACUCUUAUUAGAGCAUUAGGCUGCACAGAACGCUGACUUCUGAUCUCAUCACUGCUAAUCCCAUUGUUGGAAUUGAGAGGGAGGAGAUUGGUAAGUUGGAUAAGGACAUUUAGACUAAACUGAAAAUGUAAACAAACUGGCUGACUUCGAAAUGGAAACUUGAAAAAGUAUUCUUAAAGUGGCGCCUCUAAAAUAUUGAAAACUGCUUUAUAUUCAGAGCCCACAUAAUUGCUGUAAAGGAUGCAAAACAAAAUAAUGUAUUUUAUUGGACCAAGUUACAUUAACAUAAGAUUAACAUAGGCAAGUGUUUUUAGAAGAUUUGCACUGCACUCAUUCAGACAAGAUUAAAGCCUUAGUAUUCAGUGUAGGUAACAUGUUAUAUUGCAGAAUUUCACUCAUACAACAAGUGAAAAUUUUCAUUGGACUCAAAAGCCAACGUAUUGCAGUCCUGUUUUCUUUGGAGCUCAUGUUCCUUCUCUUUUUUUGUUUCUUAAUUUAAUUUUUCCUACAGAUAAUUCUUGAGGCCACUGCCUUUUCCACAUAAAAAGGGUGAAAUGAAACAAAUUACUCUAUAAAUAAUAAAUCAGUAUAAAUUCUAUCCAUUAAACGUUUUCGGAUAUAAAAUCUUCUAUUCCUAACAAUCCUUAAUAGGCUUCCUCAUAUCUGGCAUGCUGGAACAGAAUCUUACGUUUUGUUAUGCUGAGUGCACAAUAGUGCUUCAAUGAGUUUGGAACACAAAUAGUACUUUCCAGUAUUCCUCUUAUCUUCAUAGACAUUUUCUGCUUCCCAAAUUAACAGUGAUUUGUGGAAAACACUGAAACCACAUGAGAAGUAGUUGACAAUGGUCUACUGGAAAUUUGUGUCUAAAUACUAAUUUCAAAGCUAUGGGAGUAUAGAGGUCUAUUUUUCUGUAUCAGCCAAACCAACUGAGUCUCAAAUUCCCUUAAUUGUUUUAAAUAUAUUUGCACAGUGAUGUAAAUAUAUCCCACAAUGCAUGGUAUAUAAAUUAAGGCACAUGGUGGAGUUUAUGUGCCCAAUUUGUAUUGUAUGCCUUAUUUAACAAGAACAGAAACUGCGUUUUUGGAUGCCAUCACAGUUUUCUCAAUGUGGGCUGAGCAGAGGUGUGCAAAGUUUUGUCUUUCUUAUUUACUUAUUACAGGGGUGGAUAAUCAGGCUGUAAAUGUGGUAAAUCAGAGGUGGCUAAGCUGUGGCCUUCCAGAUGUUAGACUACAACUCUCACCAUCCAUAAACAUUGGCCAUGCUGGCUGGGACUGAUCUGAGGUGGAGUCCAACAACAUCAAGAAGGCCACAGCUUAGCCAUCUCCAAUUUUACCACAUUUGCAGCCUGAUUAUCCAUCCCCCAUGGAGUUCAAGGUAAGUUGAAGUAUUUGGAGUGAAAGCCCCCACCCCACCCCCAAACAAGGAAUGGCAAAAGUUUUGUAUGCAGCUUCACAUGGAAGGGAAAUAUAGUGGUACCUUGGCUCUCAAACUUAAUCCGUUCUGGAAUUCCGUUCCAAAACCAAAGCGUUCCAAAACCAAAAUGGAUUAAUCCGAUCCAGACUUUUAAAAACAACCCCUAAAACAGCAACUUAACAUGAAUUUUGCUAUCUAACGAGACCAUUGAUCCAUAAAAUGAAAGCGAUAAACAAUGUACUGCAGUCACACAAUCAAUCAAUUAGUAGCUGAACUGGGUUCCACACAGUCACAAAAACAAAAAAAGAGCCGCAGAAACGCAAAAUAAAUAGCAAAAACAGACAGCGUAACACUCAAAACAGAAGCAUGGCACUCAGAUCAGAAGCAUAGCACUCAAAACAGAGCACAUUCAGCUUCUGACAAAAGUUCGCAAACCGGAACACUUACUCCUGGGUUUGCAGUGUUUGGGUUCCAAGUUGUUUGAGUACCAAGGCGUUUGAGAACCAAGGUACCACUGUGCAUGUGUGAGAGAAGUUCCAUACUUCAGUGUAACAUUUCCAUGUCAGUUUUGUUUGUGAUGCCAUAGGCAUGUCUGAGCAGUUCCAUAAUUGUGGUGCCCUUACUGCUAUGUGACAUCAGUUUUGCUAUCAAGCUGCCCACAUCAGCAAAGGCGUGUGUCAAAAUACAGUUUCAAGUCUUAGACCAUUGGAGAAUAGAGAAUAAAAAAUCCAGAUAAUAAGAAAUCGGCCACCCCUUCUGCAGGUGAUUUGUGGAUUAAAAAAAAUUUACCGUAUUUUUUGCACCAUAACACUCACUUUUUUCCUCCUAGAAAGUAAGGGGAAAUGUCUGUGCGUGUUAUGGAGCGAAUGCCUGCGGGUGGCGGGGGGGAUCUGCUGCAGUCGUGAGCAGAGGAUCCAUGGUUCCCCUUCCUUCCCUCCUCCGUGGUUACAAAGCAUGGAUCCACAUGGAUCCUCAGGAUUUUUGCAUUGGGCUACUCCAAACUCACUGUCAGAUCACAUGUCUGUGGCCACAGCAUGAACCACAAAAAUCAUAUAUCCACUAUUUCAUUUAGAAUUUUUUUUCCCUUGUUUUCCUCCUCUAAAAACUACGUGCGUGUUAUGGUCUGGUGUGUGUUAUAGAGUGAAAAAUACGGUACUUGCACAUUCAUUGCACAUAGAAUAUGACCUCUUUCCUCUUAAUUGAUGAUGUGCUUAUGUAUAUAGGAAGAAUGGCACCUUCUCGGUCUAAAGCAGAACGCAAAACAUCCAGAGAACAGAAAGCUGAGCAUGGCAGCCAGGUAAUAACAACACAUGUUUCUCGAAAAAAUAAAAAGCAUGUUGACGAAUCAAAGAACCAGGACAGAAGGCUGAAGAAAAGAAAGAGCAAUGAGAGAAAUAAUUCUGAAGAUUCAUCCUCUGAUGAGGAUGGGGUUCCUGUUGUCUCCGUGCAGGGCCCAGCAAAGGGCAAGGGAGAGGUGAGAAGGCUGAAGGAAGGAAGGAAGAGUAGCUUCAAGAAAGAAGGAAAAGAGAAGAGAAGUUCCAAGGUCAGAGAAUGUCAUUCUGAUAGAAGACAUGAGCAGUUAAUGUGCAAGGGAGAGAAGAACGAAAGAAGGGUUGUGAGGCAAGAUGAUCAGAUUUCAGGACAAUGGCACAAUGCCAGCGCGAAAAGCGCUGAAUCAAAGGACGCUGAAGACAAUGAGAAACACAACUUGAAAAGGAAACGUAAGAAGCAACCAAGCAAGAGAAAGAAUAUUGCUGAUACUGAGUCCCUCACAAUAGAAAAUGAACAAGGUUCCCCUUGGAAGAAGCAAGAGUCAUACCAGAGAAGUCAUACUGAAAGCAAGGAACAAUGUAAGAGGAAGCCUCGCUAUAAGGCUAGUGGUAAGACUACCAGAGAAAAAAGUGGAGGGCACAAGAAGACACAUACUGGAAAGUCAGCUAGAAUACUUUCCAAAGCAAAUCCUGUGGAUUCAGAAGGUUCAUCAUCAUCAUCAUCUUCAAACUCCCAAGAUAAAUACAGUUUGAACCAAAGAAUGGGAGAUAAAGAGACUGGAAAGGACAAGUUCAAAGUCAGAGAGCGUAGACAGAACUCUUUGGAAGAUGAAGAUGAAGAACUCUGUUCUAAGAAAGUGUUACCCGCUAUUGGGGAAGAUCAACCUGCAGGCAAAACUAGUGACUGUCAAGAACUUCAGGAAACAGCCAGUGAAAGUGAAGGAAAGUCAGAGAUCAUAGCAGCAAGACAAGAGGCUGAGAAUGAAGAGAGCCACUCUGAGAUAGAUGAAAAAAUAAAAGGGAGUGAUAAAAGAUAUGUGGCAAGAAAAGUUACAGCAAGUGAUAAUGAUGAGCAAAGUGGUAACUCAGACAAUUGCAGUAGUAGCCCUACAGAGGAAGAGAGCAAUGAUGGGGAGCAUGAAAAUCUUUCGGAAAAGGGGAGUGGCAAAGAAGCCUCCGACUAUGAGCAGAGUAUACCUGGAAGUGAAGAGGAGGAAAGUGAGACGAGCAGCUUUGCAAAAAGAAAAAGUAGAAACAAGAAAAGAUCAAAGCUCCUCAAGUUUGGCUCAAACAAAAAUCCUCAAGAGAACCACCAGACGGAAGAGAACUUGAGUGUCAGUGACAAAACAACCACCUCCUCACUACAACUAAUAAAGCACAAAAGUGAAUAUUGUGGUAAGACUGAUCCAUCCAAACAAGGCAUGCAUUUAGAAGAGCAAACAAGCCGAGAUGCAAGUUCAAGAGUAGAUGCAGUGGCCUUGCUCGAAAAGAGAUAUAGCCAUCUGACUUCACAAUCCCAAAUUCUGCUAAGCCUAAAAAGCAGGCAUAAGGAUGCUAAAGCCAAACUAUUGACAAGUGGCAGUUGUCCUAAGGCAGCAGAAAUUGGCUCUGAUUUGAAGAAAGCUGGAAGCAUUCAUCCGAAAAAGAGUACCAAAAGAAAUGACAAAAUUGUUUCUAGAGCCAAAGAGAUUAAAGAAUCAAGUCUCUCUACUGCUUCAAGCUCAAACGUUAACACUAGAAAGCUUUCUGUUGAGAAGAAAAAGAAAAUUGGAAAAGUAACUGGAAAUGUCAAAAUGGCUUCAAAUCAGGUCCUGGAGACAAGAGAGGAAGAGGAGCUAGUGGAGGAACAAACAGUUGAAGAUGCUGUCGGAAAAGGCACAAUCUCUUCUAAGCAAACGAGAUCCAAAUCUCUACAAACCCUUUCAGCGUUUAAGAAAGUGACCCAUUGGCUUAGCCAUAAGCCUCCCAAGAAAGCAAGCCUGAAAGAGCGCUUCUUACGUGUGGCACGUGCAGUUGGCCUCUCUGGAUGGCUCUUCAAGAAGUUUGGCAAGAAGAAGAGGAGCAACAAAUCAUUUGGAUUCAGGAGAAGAAUGGCCAUCCGGAUUGUUGGCACUGUUGGGCUGGCCAAGAGAUGUGGCAGGCCUUUCCAUGACUCAACAGGGGAGCAAAUGAAGAAACACUUGUGUAAAAAAGGGUCUUCCUGUUCCUUGUUAGAAUGUGAUCAAACCGGAGAUGAAGAUACAGUUGUGAACAAAGAACUGGAAGAAGGGGCAAGGUCUUCAAGGAAUUUCCCCUGUAAUGAAGACAACUUAAAACCUUUGCUGAUGAAUCUCAGUGGACAAACCGAGGAAGAGAAAAGCAGUAUCACGGAUGCCAAGUUUGCCAUUGUGUUCCCCAGGGUUCAUCAGUUGGUGAAGUCCAAAAACGCUUCUCUUGAAGUUGACUGUAGUGGACCACAGCUGCAGUCAUGUGAUCAACCAAGCAGGAAAACAAUAAUAUCUGUCCAGCCAGAUGUUAAAUUGCAACAUGAAUAUUCUAAGCCAAAUGGCCAAAGGAAUAGUCAAGUGCUUCCUUGCAGUCCUCAAGCUGAUGUAUCUAUACCAGGUAUGUAAAAUCAAGCUAAUCCUAAAGUAAGGUAAAGGGACCUCUGACUGUUGGGUCCAGUCAUGGACGACUCGGGGGUUGCGGCGCUCAUCUUGCUUUAUUGGCCGAGGGAGCCAGCAUACAGCAUGUGGCCAGCAUGACUAAACCGCUUCUGGCAAACCAGAGCAGCACACGGAAACGCCGUUUAGCUUCCCACCGGAGUGAUACUUAUUUAUCUACAUGCACUUUAAUAUGCUUUCGAACUGCUAGGUUGGCAAGAGCAGGGACCAAGCAACGGGAGCUCACCCCAUCAUGGGGAUUCAAACUGCCGACCUUCUGAUUGGCAAGCCCUAGGCUCUGUGGUUUAGACCACAGCACCAAAAAAGCUAUUAAGUUGCUUAUGCCAAAUAAUAAAGACUCUUAAGAAAAGGAAAAAGGCAGGUCUUUAAUUAUGCUCCAUUUCCCCCCAAAUAUAGUCCUCCAUGUACCUUCCUCUCAGCUUUCCUGCAGUGCCUCUUUCCAGUCAAUGGCCAUGUCUAUUCUAUAACUUCAGUUUGUAAGCCAGGAAAUGUGCCAUUAGCUCUCCCUUACUCAGCCUUACGCUAUAUAUCCCCCCCCCCUUUCUCUCAUUUCAUAAAACCAGACAAUGAAAAAAGGGGGAGAAAUCCUUUGGGCAUUUGUAAUAAUGAUUUUGAAUGUUCUUCUGUUUUUUCUUUUAACUAUAGCUGAGGUAAGAGCUGUUACCACACUACCUCAGGAGACAAACAUUGCUCUUUGCCAUGCUGCCAUUUUGAAAUCCCAUCCAGUAGGCUUUUUCUGUUGAGCUGAAAUUCUUGAGGGGGAAUGGUGGGUCAAAACAGUGUUUUGGUUUUCAUUAGUAUACAUUAGUGAAGUUUUUAAUAUUUGAAGUUUUAUUCUGUUUUUAGUGUUCUGUUGGGAGCUGCCCAGAGUGGCUGGGGAAACCCAGCCGGAUGGGCGGGGUAUAAAUAAUAAAGUUAUUAAAGUUAUUAUUAUUACUGUGAUGUUCCUCUAAUGAUGUGCCUUUGAUCCAAGAGGAAAGCAAGAUCGGGUUCCUUGGAUAAGAGUGAAGCGUUCAUUUGCAAACUUCAAACUUGGAUACCUUCAAAUACAACUAGAAACAGUUGAUGUAACAUGUAACCUGCUCUCUUUUCUUCUAAGUUGAAGGAAGGGUGUUACAAGACUCUGUACCUUCCAGCUUGGGGGAAGAUGACAAGGCAGACCUCACCCAGAGGAGCACGCCAGAAACAGUGGAUCAAGUGCACUGGACUCAGCAUCAGCCUUUUACAUGUGACCCUACCGCUUGGCUGAAUUCUGAAACGCUGCUCCCACGGUUCACCAUUGAGAACUUAAGCAAGUGGACUUUAUAUAAAGAGCAGGAUCUGGCCAAGUCUUCUAGGUCAAAAAAAGCAUUGCAGGGAAGGUGGGAGGCAGAAGAUGUCACUGAAGAUGUUCUUGAGAUGGACAUGAUGCAAAAGCAGGUUGGUGCAUUCUGUGCUAGAGAUCAUUGUGUGGGAUGCGGCUGAAUUGAUGUUAUGUAUCUCUUUGAAAUGCCAUUGUCAUAUACCUUCCAGAUGUACAGAGAUGAGGAUUGCUACAUGGAAUUUGAAAAAGUGGAGGACCUUUCCAGGUUGGAGUAAGUAUGGUACAAGGCGUUUUUCUGAUAGAAGUGUAUGAGGAAACCCAGGGUCAUCAGGGUCCGAUCCAGGAUUCAGAGUGUAGUUAUGUAUUGAUUUACUUCCGACAUCAGUAGUAAACAUUUCUUCAAAUUAACUGCUGGAUUUUGUUUUGGGGGGUAGAAAAAUAGGUAUGCUAUCAAAUCAAAAUCCUCAAAUAUAAUAUUUCUUCCCCCCACCCAGGGAAGUCAGCGAAAGCUCUGUGCUGCUGUGCCUGAAAAAGAGAUUCCAUCGCAACUUUAUUUAUGUAUGGAUAUUACUUUCUUAAUCUCUGUAACUGAUUGUCAUAAGGAGUAAGUGCAUGUGUGUAAGAAUGUUGAGAAUGGGAGACACUGAUUUCCCACAUGGGGAAGAAUCCGCAAUGGAACCCCUUGUGACUGAAUAACAGUGCCAUUUUCUUAGUGUGGAACAGGGGUUGGGAACAUUUUUCAGCCAGAGAGCCACGUCUUUAUCUCUCCCUCUGCUGGUGGGCCAACCUAGGCAGGUGGGCAGAGCUGGCUACCUGUCUCUCACCUGACAUCGUAGUAAGACCAGGGAAUGCUUCCCGUUGAAGCCCUAAUGGUUGCAAACCAAACCAUGGGGCUUUCAAACAACCCUUCAUAAUUGCAAGAAGAGCUGGCAGGCAGGCGGGAGUGAGCCUCGCUUGAUAAAGGAAGAACUAUGAGCUGUUUGAUGUUGGGUGUGUGGUAGGUGGUAGGUGGAUGAAAAUGGCCUCAUGAGCCAGUUGGGGAGGCCUAGAGGGCCAUGUUAGGUCUGCAGGCUGGAGAUUCUCCACCCCUGGUCUUUACAAGAGUUAAGAGAAGGGACUUGGGUUUGAAAUUCCUGCCCUGCUUUUGAGGAUAAGUAAAGCCAAGGCAAUGCUGUGCUUCUUCCUAGACGUACAUUGGGCAUAUCUUGAUCUGUAUCAAUCCUUUCAAGCCACUCAGCCUUUUUUCCGAAGAUGUGGUGAUCCAGUACCAGAAUGGCCUGCUCUCCAGAAAUGCACCGUAUGUCUGCAUUGUGUUUUCUCCUUGCCUUAUUCCGAUAAUCUUAUUCAUGCUGCAUACAAAAUCCUGGCUUUCAUUUGCAAGCUUGGGCUCAUUUCACUUGGCCAAAGUGAUUGUGCCUCUCUUUGGAAUUUAGGAAUAUGGCACAAUUCUUUCACUCAUUUCAGUGACAAUGUUGCUAUUGGAUUUUAUAUAUGCUUGCUCACACACAAACACACACACACAACGUUCAUCAUCUCACUCAGAUCUGCAAUGUAAUUUGUUUAUGUAUUUGUUUUUGAUUUCUGGGGCUUGGGCAACAAAUUACUGAUUUUUGUCAUAGGGUUGGAGUUUUUGUCCCAGGGAAGCAGGUCACACACAAUAAGAGUGUUCUAGAAACAAAGAACUUUACAAAGUGCUGCUAACCCACUGUGGGUUUAAAUUCCCACCCAAACCUUUGAUCAUUUUUAGCAAUGCUCAUGCUAGGGUUUUUAUCAUAGAAUACUGGUAUUAUUUUGAAAUAAAGCUGAUGUCCUCCUCCCCCCCCCCUUUUUAAAGCACUUUCUGAACACAUGACUCCAUAAUGGAAAGCCUGAGUGAUCAAUUUAACACACGCCUUACAAAAAGUUGGACUAGGACAAGUUAUCCUUGCCAAGCUGACUUUAAUUACCAGCAUGUUGUUGGUUUUUAAAAGAUAUUUCAUAGACACUCCACAAAUACUCUAAUUUGUAAAUACUUUGCAAAAGCGGAAAUUACUGAAAAUAAGGUGUUUGGGUGCUGACCUUUGCACCUGAGCAGCUUCUCUAGCCAGCUGUGGCUUUUUCUCCUAUGCCCUAAUGAUCCUAUGAAGGGUAGUCUCUCCUAUUCCUUAAUUCAAUCAGGGGAAAGAAAGUGGAAUUGAUUGUUUUCACAACACUGUGUGCUUGCCUUGCAGGGUUGCAGUUUACACAGAAAUAAAACAAAAGACGAAAAGAUUCCCAACACCCAAUAUAUUUAGUAGGUUACUGUAAACUAGGUUGACUUUGAGAUAGUAAUGGUCAGCCUCAUUUUCAAAGAGUAUACAGUUGUUUGUUUGUGUUGGUAAAAUCAUAAACUAGAGGGUGUCCAGAGAUCCACAGCAAAAAGCAGCCUCUAUUCAAUAGCCCUGUGUGGUAGACAAGCUUUAAGAUUGUAGUCCUUGAAUUGAAAUAAUUUCCAUUAACAGUAAAAAGAGUCUUUAAGAACUUGAUUAACUUUUAGAUGCAACUCUCUUAUUUAUCCCUUCACAACAACAUUGCUGUAAGGCAGACAGGUUUUAAAAUUGUAAUGGCCAGACUCAUAUUAAAUCAACAGGGCCUGAUUUAUAUAUUUCCCAUUGGGGAGAUUUUUUAAAAAAAUAAUGAAACAGUUCUUCACAGUAACCCUCUAUGGUAGGCAACUUUUAAGUAAUCUCUGGUUUCAAACCAAAAAUAGAAAAAUUCAUGGUUUCUUAUUGCUUAUGGAAAGUAAUAUGUAAGUGUGCUGCUGAUUUAAUCUGAGGCUGGCUAUUACAGUCUUAAAGGUCUGCCAUGCAGGGUUGGUGUUAGUGAAGGGUUGCAGCUAAGAACUAGAAAAAUCCACCUGUUCAAAUGCCAGUAUAAUGCUUUGAUCUGAGACUGGCUUAAACCAUAGAACAACAACAACAAAAUCUGUAUGAGACUCAUUUUGCUAUUAAUAUUCUGAUCACUCCAGUUUUAAAUACCUUCUUAUCUCACAUGGCUGUAUUAUGCCAAAGUGCUCAGCUUUGGGGUUUGCUGCCAACCAAAGUACUUUAUUACAAUAGCUUGUGGAGGACUAAGUAUAAUGUGGGGAAGUUUUUAAGCCUCCUGGUGUGCAUUCCACUAAAUCUAAUGUUUAUCGCCAGGAUGCUCAAGCCAGUGUGGUGUAGUGGUUAAGAGCGGUGGACUCAUAAUCUGGUGAACCGGGUUCACGUCUCCGCUCCUCCACAUGCAGCUGCUGGGUGACCUUGGGCUAGUCACACUUCAUUGAAGUCUCUCAGCCCCACUCACAUCACAGAGUGUUUGUUGUGGGGGAGGAGGGGAAAGGAGAAUGUUAGCCGCUUUGAGACUCCUUAGGGUAGUGAUAAAGCAGGAUAUCAAAUCCAAACUCCUCCUCCUCCUUCUUCUUCUUCAUCUUCUUCUUCUCCCAACCUCUCUCCCAAUUUCAUUCUUUAACUAAAACUUUCCAUGGCUCAAGCACUCUCAACCCUAGACUUAAUGGCUCUGAGCCACAGCAUCUGCACAGUUUGGUUCUGUUAGGUUACAGGUGGGCAAGCUGUGGCCCUUGGUAUAAUUUUUGACAGUUCUCGGAUACAACAAUCCAGAGAAAGUUAAGCACAAUUAAGUUCUACAGAAAUCUUGCAUUUAUUGGAAUAAGCUGCUCUGGUUUCUUUCCCCCCCGAAGGAGUGUGAGGUAUGAAAUGUUAAUAAACAUGGUCCAAUUUCAACAUCUGCAACCCAAUGUGGCCACUUCUGCCUCAGGAAUUUCCUGUCCUCCCUUACCUUACCGCUCUGCCAACUGUGCUGCCUAAAUAUUUCAAUGUGUUUGUACAAAAAGUAGCUGUUGAUAAGGUGUUGUGUCAAUCUCUGUACAAAUAAGCCUGAACUAAUUUUGAUGCAACUGGAAUUUAGUAAUAACUAAAAACUGGCUGAGUAAUAACAUGGGUUUUCUUCUUUCUCUCUCUCUCUCUCUCUCCCCCCCCUCCAUUUCUUUUGGUCCCCUUGCAGACAUAUAUUUGCCAUCACAGAAAUGGCAUAUGCCUUCUCUCAGAGCUCAGAGAAAGAGCAGUGCAUUGUCCUCAGGUAAGAGAGAGAUAAAGGCAACUUUCCUAAGAUUGUCUGAGAUUUAUUCUCCAUCUCCCUAUUGCUUCUUCUGCACUGAUGCAAAAGGGGCCCAAGUGUCAUUAGGGGCACUAUUCAGGCCAUGUUUGUUGGGUGCUUUCCUGGAAGUAAGCAAUUGAAUUCAGUGGAACUUACUUCUGAGUAGAAAUAUUGUGGUGUUGAGAUUUCUCUUCAGGAUUCUGCUGCUUCUGCAGCUAAUCUGCAGCCAUGUAAUACAGAGGGCCAAUAGACAAGCCACCUGCUUGACUAGCACAGGCUUCCUCAACCUCAGCCCUCCAGAUGUUGUUGGCCUACAACUCCCAUGAUCCCUAGCUAGCAGGACUAGUGGUCAGGGAUGAUGGGAAUUGUAGUCUCAAAACAUCUGGAGGGCCGAGGUUGAGGAAGCCUGAUCUAGCACAUUCUUUCAUUGGGACAGGAGGGGAGGAAUUAGUGCUUUGGAUAUGACUUGCCAGCAUUUGGUGUGUUUAGGAGCAUCAUACCAAUCUUCCAAAUAUGCAUCUCAUGUUGGGACAGUAUGUGGGAACCUUGGUGCGUGAUGGUGGUGGUGGGAAUCUGCCAUAGUUGGUUUUCAGCAUGGCUUUAUUUUAUGGACUACCUGCCCCUUAUGAUCAAACCUAUUGAUUUGGGUGGCCAUUAACACCAUUGAGGUUUCUCUUGAGCUUCUAGCAGUCUUUUCAGACUGGUUAUAUUGCCAUAAAAGUUGUGUUUUGUUUUUUUCCCCUUUUUGGCUGACAAAUUAUCUUCUUCUUUGUUGCUGUUUAUAAUAAGCAAUGGACAAUGAGAUCUUAAUUGGAUUUUUUUUUUCAAGAAAGAAAAGGAAAAAAACCCACCAGUUCAACUGUUGAUAAACUGCACUGGUGGAGAAUGUGAUCCAGCAACUUAAAUAACAGUGACGAUCUUUGCAUUACACCUCCCUCCUUUUUAAUGUUUUCCAGUGGACACAGUGGCUCGGGAAAGACUGAAACUGCCAAAGCGAUCAUCCUCUAUUUGUCCAGGCUAUACCAAAGGCAAGAAAGCCAUGGGAUAAAGCAAGUAUGUGUACUAUUAUUUAACAUUUCUUUAGUGACAAUAAGAUGUUCAGAAGUUAGGUUGUCAUUGAGCACAAUUAGUGCAUGUUGCAGCCCGAAUACUAAAUGCUUGGUCUGAAAAUAAAUCUUAAUGAAAUCUUCCAUACAAAUACAUUAAAAAAGGUAAUGAAUUAAUUAGAAUUUUAUAUCCGCUUACCCUGGGGAUAACCACCAUUGAGCUCAAUGGGACCCAUAAGAUUGUACUAAAAGUAAUGUAAUGUUGUUGAUUGAUUAAAAAAAAUAAGGCAGCAUCUUUAAUAUUAAUAUUGUCCUUGUCCUUACAGCCAUCUGAUGUGUUACCCAUCUUGGAAAGUUUUGGAAGUGCAAAGACCAUCUUAAAUGACAACUCCAGCCGCUUUGGAAAGUUCUUGCAUGUCCACCUAAGACAGUGAGUUAAAAAAAAGAAAUUAAUAUUUCUGUUUGAAACAGAAAAAGCAUAGAUAGUGGGGGAUGGAAAAUCAACAGUAAGGUAAUAACUUUAUUAGGAACAAUGUAUUUUUUAAAAACUUACUGAACGUGUUAAGCUAGUGGAUGUGUUAAUGGAGGAUAUAGCCUUAUCAGGGAUUCCUGUUGGCUCAUGUUCACAUGCUUGGGAUGGAUUCCAAGGGAUUCCAGUCAGCUUCUCUUUGCUGUUUGAAGAAUGAUUGUCUGCUCUUAAGAACCGUACGGACGCACCAAGGAGUCUUGAGCACAGCCUGCCUCUGUCACAUGAGAGGCUGUUCUCUGAAUUGUUUCCAAUGAGAGACUGGUUCUCUUGGGCUCCACCCAGAGCAAGGGCAAGGAGACAGGUUCCCUUCCAGCAGCAGGAGGAAUGGAGCUGAAAUGGCUUACCUCAGGAAUGGCAAAACUAUUGGCCCUCCAGACAAUGCUGGACUCCGGUUCCCAUCAUCCCUGACCUUUGGAUGUUCUGGCUGGGGUUGAUGGGAGUUGGAAUACAACAACAACAGGAGGGCCAGAUGUUCACCGUUUCUGACUUAUUAUAAAUCUGUUAAGAAAUAGUGUGCAAAUCAGCUCUGGUCUACAAGCUGGUGCCUCUUGAGAGAUGACAGUACUUCUUAAUUUAUUAUGUAAAAGAGACUGGUGCAGUAACAACAGAUUUAUCUUUAGUUUUUCUCACAUAAAAACUACCAUGUGCCUUAAUUUGUAUGUGAUGCUUUCAUUGACUGGGUCUCACUGUGCAUUUCAAACACUUAGAGGGAUUUGAGAGUCAGCUGGUUUGGUUGCUGUAGAAUAGGGAGUUCUAAACUCCCACAGCUUUGAAAUUCCAAGUAUUCAGACGCCAGUUGUCAGUAUUCCCCAGCAUUUAUUUGAAUCAAAAGACCUCCCUCAGAUACUUUUCCAUGAGAUUUCAGUGUUUUCCACAAAUCACCAUUAGUUUGGGGAGCAGGAGCCUGUGUUUUGAGAAUGCUACUAAACCUCUGAAUGCCUUAUUUCUUCAAUGGCGAGUGUUCAAAAAAUUGCCUUGCAUUAUUGAACAAAACCUCCCAUUCCAUAAAGUCUAUAGUCAGGGCAGAAAAUAAAACGACUUGUCUUACAGAAAUCUCUUCCUCAUAGCGGAUUUAUGGUGGGAACGUCCAUCUCUCAGUACCUUUUGGAGAAGUCCAGAGUUGUUUUUCAGGUAAGGACAAAAGUGUUCUCGCAUGUCAGAUGGCCGAUAAAUUACCUGUGUGCAUGAGACGCACUAUUCUAUAGUAAGUAAUCCCGCUUCCAUGUGUGACCUGCAAACCCACAUAGGGAAGAGUUUUUUGGGUAAAAGGGAAGGGAUGGGGGACAGGAUUUGUGGAGAUCUGAGUUUGUGCUAGUUGUUUGUGGAUGCUUUUGAUAUUUCUCCUUUACCCUGGCCUUUGAUACCUUGAGAUGUAAAUUUUUAGGACCCGCCCUAUUCUUGUGACUGCAAUUGUUGUAUUUUAAAUGGCUGUGAUCCACUCUGGGGUGUUAAUGGUGAUGAUUAUGAUACCACCUACACAUGAUGUGGGAAGUCACAUCUUCUUGAGCAAAAGCUGCACCUCCAUGUGGGAAGGUAACUAGUCUACAGAAUCACCUUGCAAAUUCUGAAGCUUGAACAUGGCAAAUUGGGGGGGGGCAGGUCUAUAAACAUGGAUUAUCAGUGAAGUUAGACAUCAGUCAGUAGUAUCCUACAAUCACUGUGUCCACCAUCUGUACUGUUCAUUUUAAAAUCUCAGAAAACUGUUGGCAGUCAGCAACUUUUUUUCUCCCAAGUAGUAUAUUCCUGUUAAAGAGAACGAUGCUGAUCCACACUAUCCACUGAUAGCACAGCCAUGACUCUCUCUAAAGCAGGCAUAGGCAAACACGCCCUCCAGAUGUUUUGGGACUACAACUCCCAUAAUCCCUAGCUAACAGGACCAGUGGUCAGGGAUGAUGGGAAUUGUAGUCACAAAACAUCUGGAGGACUGAGUUUGCCUAUGCCUGCCCUAAAGAAUCCUGAGAACUGUAGUUUGUUAAGGUGGCGGUAAUAAUAAUAAUAAUAAUAAUAAUAAUAAUAAUAAUAAUAAUAAUUUAUUUAUACCCUGCCCAUCUGACUGGGUUUCCCCAGCCACUCUGGGUGGCUCCCAACAGAAUGUUAGAAAAACACGAUAAAACAUCAAACAUUAAAAAAAUUCCCUAAACAGGGUUGCCUUCUCAAAGUCAGAUAGUUGUUUAUUUCCUUGACAUCUGAUAGGAGGGCGUUCCACAGGGUGGGCGCCACUACUGAGAAAGCCCUCUGCUUGGUUCCUGUCUAGGGACUGGUCCUCCAAGAAGGGAAAGCUGCUGUUCCCAGGACUCUUCAGGGCUGAGCCACAUGCUUUAAAUGUGUGUUGGAUGUGCUUUAAAUGUAUGGGGUGGGAUUCAACUUAAGUCCUAAAAACUAGGGCAAUGGGGCUUCCGCCCCUCUCCUUGUGCACCCCCUGAUAUUGACUCAUUGGAGUCAGAAGAACCUCCAAAAAAAAAGUGCAGGGGGGAGGAGGAGGAGGAUUGUUCUGUUUGGCAAGCGAAAAAGCCUGAGAUGACAUAACGAUUGCAAUAGCAGAAUGUUAAAUUCCUCCCAUGGUGUGGAUCUGCAAGGGCUACCUCCUCUUUGUUUUUUAGGGCCGAGGUGAAAGGAGCUUUCAUGUGUUUUAUGAGCUGCUGUGUGGUCUUCCAGUAGGACAAAAAGAGGAACUUUACCUGCAAGAGGCAGAGACUUACUUUUAUCUAAACCAGGCAAGUAAAUAGAUGGUUUUAGACACUCAGCUGAGCCACAGCAGUGCUUGCCUUGCUUUACAGAAAUAGCUUGACUCGGAUGUGUUUUUCCCACUCCCCAAUUCUGCAGGGCUAACCCUUUUAUAAGGAUUUAAAAGGUUUUAUAGGGGGUGAAAUUACAGUACUUGAAAAAGAAAUCUUGCACUCUGAACUAAAAUAAAUGACCCAUAUAUCUCAUGGGCAGGCUGACCCAUUAAUAUCGAUGCAAUUUCAUUUUACCUGCCUCUUUCCGAGGGCUUGCGGAAGUAAUAGCAUAUUCUUGUUGUUGUUUUUAAAAAUUUCCAUACGGCCCUUCAUCCGAGGAUCACAGGGCAGCUGAAACAAAAUGCAUACAAAAGUAACAAACCAAAGCAACUCCCCCAAGAAAUUCACUCUAUACCUACAUAAUCCUGGCUGUGGAAUGGCAUCCAAAAGAAGGCAGUUUUUAGCACUUUCAGCAUGCAGAAGCUUUAAUAGACCAGAAGAGGAAGGAUGUGGAAUAGUUGUAUACCCAGUCUACAAUAUGCCACUUAUACACCCAGUAGGUCACUGCAGCCUGUGGGAGAACCUCUUCCUCAUGUUCCAAAGAGCUCUGAAGCUCUGAAGUAACUUGAAGCAGGGCUUUAGGGUGGCUGCUCCCGCUCUUGCACUUUCUGGAAACAACUGAAGACGUUGUUCCAACAUCCCUUCCCAGGUGGAUGAAUAGGUCUCUGCCAUUGGUGCCUUACUUGUGUGGAAGGCGAUUAAAUGUGAGGUGCUCAUUAAGUAAAGGUAAAGGGAACCUGACCAUUAGGUCCAGUUGUGGCCGACUCUGGGGUUACGGCGCUCAUCUCGCUUUAUUGGCCGAGGGAGCCGGCGUACAGCUUCCGGGUCAUGUGGCCAGCAUGACUAAGCCGCUUCUGGCGAACCAGAGCAGCACACGGAAACGCCGCUUACCUUCCCGCCAGAGAGGUACCUAUUUAUCUCCUUGCACUUUGACGUGCUUUCGAACUGCUAGGUUGGCAGGAGCAGGGACCGAGCAACAGGAGUUCACCCUGUCGUGGGGAUUCGAACCGCCGACCUUCUGAUCGGCAAGUCCUAGGCUCUGUGGUUUAACCCACAGCGCCACCCGCGUCCCUGAGGUGCUCAUUACAUGAGAACAAAUUCUGCUGCCUGGGCUAGAGUUAAGUGGACUUGGAAACCCUUCAAUGGGCCUAGUUCUCAUUGUAGAAUAUGUUGGCAACCCAGGUCUAACCUCUCAUGUAUUUUGAAAAUAGCCCUUCAUUCACAAAAAUCCAGAGUUUAUGGGCUUCCUACCAGGAAGCGUAAGUAUUCCCAGUGCAAGUUCAUCCCUAACUAUGCGAACUUGUGUUGACUCUCAAGGGCCGAGUGUGUGAGCUUCCAGGAAAGCGGGAUGAUCACGAUUUUCUGGUCUUGAUUAAGGCUCUCCAGACGAUAGGUCUCUCCAGUGACCAGCUGAACUCCAUCUGGGCAGUGCUCUCUGGCAUACUGCAGUUGGGAAACAUCUGUUUUACAUCCUGUGAGGUAUGUUGCAUCUUUGCAAAUUCAAGGUGUCAUUAGCAAUACCACCUGAGCCCAGUGGAAAUGGCCCAGGGACAUUUUUUUCCAUUUAGGGUGCCUCUGAACAGCCAGUAUUUUGUGUGUGGCAGCAGGGGGAUUCUAGAGCUAACCCAAACCUUAGGUUUGCACAGUUAAAAGUGCAUUAAAGGGCUCUAGUGCAACAAGUCCACUUUUUUUAAAAAAAGAAACAGACUUUUUGCAGUUAGGAAGCUGACGAGGAAAUGUACUGAAAAUGUGGGAUUAAAUAAUUGUUAACCACAGUGUCAGGGAACUGCCAUCGGCUCAGAGGCAAGAGAUAGACGGGCAGUUGUGUUACAGGGAGCCUCCGAAAAUCUUGCGAAGCAGUUACUCUUCCAGGAGGAGGAAAGCCCCACCUCUAGUGGAGAAGAGGUGCAAGGACCAGAGGAUGCUAGUAAGAGCCUUAACACCGCGCCUGAGCAAGCCGGAGAGGAGGGAAGCACACCCCUGCCAUCACCCAUCAUGCGCAGUAGUUUGAGGCGCAGGGAGGGGCGGAAAAGGCUGGGGGUGACGAAACUUUUAUGCUGAGGGAGGUACAAAAACAGACCACUCCCGAAUUCUGCUAGCGAUUGAGCCAGACAUGAACUUAAUGACAUUCUUCACUGUAAAUAGUUUGCACCAAAAUAAAGCCUGUAAAAGACAGGUCGGAGUCCUGCCUGGUUAUUCUCGAGCAACCGCAACAGCACCUGACACACAGGAAGAGACAUAACGCCUGCAGAUCAAGACAGAUGCUUAUUGUCAUCUAACCACCCCACAGACAAACUGGAAUGAAUGCUCAAAAAAGACCCAAUGUGUUCUAAUCUCCAGUUAGGCAUUUGCAAGAGAUGAUGAUGAUUUAGGUAACCUAAUCCAAAACUAAGGAAGAUCUUAAGAGUUUUAGGAAUACUGACACCCUGUGAAAUGACUACAUUGCACAGUGCUGUCUGUGUUCUUGGAUGUCUUAAGGAUUGAAAUUUUGGUGUAAAGAAUGUCCUCAUUUCAUAUCUUCCUCUCUCUUUGUAUACACGACCAUCUAGAAAGAAUCCUCUGAGUUUGCACUCAUCCCCAGUGAAACGGAAAUCCAGAUUGUUGCCAGUUUGCUGCAUAUUUCAGCAGAUCUUCUUCAAAGGGCCAUCACCCACCGAGUCACUGUGAGCAUCUCUUUCUCUUGCUGGCACGUCUUGCUUCUUCUCAUCAUGCAUUUCACAGAGGAGGAUUUUGUAUUUAAGUGAUAUGGAUUGUGUUGUGUUGCCUUGUUAAGGGUGGGAACAAGAUACAAGAACCUAUCUGCCUGCCUUCCCUUUGGUUUAUCUGCUGUGGGAUCAGAAAAGAACGUCUACUGGUAGCUGGCUCCACUGUGCCAUCUAUUGUACAUUCGUAGGACUGUCCUAUCUUGCAAGCACUGUUUUUUUUAUAUGUCGAUGUAAAUGUCUUUAGGAAAACAAAUAAACUCCUUGAUUUUCCUAGCUGGAGCAUAAUCAGACAGUCAAAUUGUGAUUUUGGUUUGGUUCAGGUUUAAGCCUUCACUCGCAUUAAGUAUGUUUAAUUUGGUUCUAGCCAAUAAAGCAAAAUAAUGUGAAAAGCACCUGCUAGAUUUGAUGGUGCGUUAGACUCGAGUAAAUACGGUAUUUUCAAAACAAGGUGAAAAGGAAUGCAUGUUUUUCAUCUUGGUGCAGAUUAUAUCAGUUUAUGGGUACAAACAUGAAUGCCUACAGAUGAAAAGAAAGAACAAAGAUGCAGAGUCAUAUUAGAGCUUUUGUAAUCCAAAGACUCCUGAGCAGAAAUCUUUAUUAUACAAAGUGAUUGAAAUUGCCCAAAAGCUCCUGUUUUGAGAAAUUAAAAUGCCAUCAGUCUCUAUAUCUAACAUUUCUCUCUCCUCAGGAAACAUGUUAUGACCGGAUAUUCACUCCAUUGUCAGUAGAAAGUGCUAUAGAUGCCAGGUAACCUUCAUUGCUUUUAUCUGUCUGGUGCCUGUCUGCUAGCUUUUCAAAAUAACAAUAUUUUCUGUUUUUUUCUUUAAAAAUAAAAUUGCUCUCUCUCCACUUCUUCAGGGAUGCAAUCGCCAAAGUUUUGUAUUCCCUGCUCUUUGAGUGGCUGCUGAUGAAAAUCAAUGAGUGGCUGGCCCCGUUGGAAAUGGACAGCACUGUUGGCAUUGUUGACAUAUAUGGCUUUGAGGUCAUUUCCUGUGUUUACUUUACAGUGUCUUUGAGGGCAGCUUUGUGUUUUUGCCCUGUGCUAGUGUAUGCAUGAAUGCUGGCGACAAGUCUUCUUGAAGUUGCUUGUGGGAAAUACGUCGGCAGGUGCUUUUCCAUGCAGUCUCCCUUGAUAUUUGCUAUGUAGGAUCAGUUGGCAUGUAGGCAUUGGAGUCGUCUGCAAAGCAGCCACACGAAAUUGGGAAUGUUGGCAGUUUGUCUGUAUUGAAGUUCUGGGCAUAGCUGUCAACUUUCCCCCUUUUUAAGGGAAAUUCCCUAAUUCCGAAUAGGAUUCCUUGCAAGAAAAGGGAAAAGUUGACAGCUAUGGGUCUGGGACACAGCGGGCAGCACUUCCAGAGAUCUGGUUAUGAUUAGUUUAAUGAGCACUCAUGAAGGCUUGUCUCUGGCCACUAUGUGGCAUACCCUCCCCACAAGUAUUUAGGUCAGAGCAGUUUUGCUUCUCCCUCUCAACACCUCUAUGGUUCUAAAAUAGUACUGACGAAUGGUUCCUUUUGCUACAAAUGCACGUAUGAGAUAUAUCUCUUUCUCUCUAUACUGUCUUCUCACUUUGGAAAAUUUGGGAAAUUCAAAUGCCCACCAGAAAGAACAGUGCAGUGGAGAGGAGGUGCAUAUGGACUGUCUCUUAGAUCCAUAAACUUGUAGUAUUUCCAGGGCAAAACUACUGUAACGGCCAGCAGGUUGUAGACAAGAGUCCUACCAAGUCUCAGCCAUUAAAAUUGGUUAGUGCUAUAUGCUGAGACCAUGAGGGUCUGUUGCCAUUUUCUUCUUCUUCAUGCAAGGUGCCACCUGCCACUUUCCUUGUGGACUUUGUGUACCGGAAGCAAAAGAGGUCUGGGUCUUUCUUUGUAUCCACAGGAUCUUGGGGUGAACAGCCUGGAACAGCUGUGCAUUAACUUUGCCAAUGAACACCUCCAGCACUUCUUCAGCAGAAUAGUCAUCACCCAAGAGGAGGUAAAAUAUAAAGCUAGGCACAUGUAGGUAGGUGCACAACUUGUCCUGGAGCAAAAGAGGGAACCAUUACAUUGCACAGAGGCAGCUUUGUGUUAUUGCGCUUCAGCUUUGAAAAGGCAAGUUGAUAAAGAAAAAAUUCACAGUACAUUUGCAGGUCUGAAUCCUUUUUUCAUGAUUCAUUGUGGCUGGUUGGGGCCAAUUCAUGCAUAGAUCUUGUCUUUUAGUUUGUGAAUAAAGGCACAAAGAUUUGAUAUGUAUACAGCUGGCUCCAACCAGCAUCAUUGAAUCAUGAAAACAGAGUCCUCCUUAUCAACCUGUCUUCUCAUAGCUUCCUACCUCUCAUGCAAAGGGUGUGUUUUUGUAUGUAUUGUUGGGAAAAGAUACCUGAACCAUAGAUUAAGAAAUAGUUUACAGCACAGCUUUCCAAACUUUUAAUGUUGGUGACAUACUUUUUAGAAAUGCAUCACUUUGUGACAAAUUCAGUUUUACUAGCAAACCAGAGGCUAAACUAACCCCUUUCCAGCUCCAGGAGGAGUGUGGGGAGCGUUCAUGUGACACACACACACUGCAGCCGACACACUAAUGUGUUGCUGCACAGAGUUUGAUAAAGCUCCGGUUUACAGAAUGACACAUUUGAUAUUAUGGAUGCAGGCUUCAUUUGAAUUAUCUUUGACCACUAGGAGGAGUAUGCAGAAGAAGACCUCACCUGGAGUCCUGUGUCCAAGAUACCCAGCGAGUCCUGCCUGGAUCUGAUAGCUGCAAAGCCCCAUGGGAUUAUGUGCAUCCUGGACGAUCAGACUUUACUAUCACAGGUCAGGAGUUCAUUAGAUAUCCUUUUCAUAUUUGCAUGUCGGGUCCGGGGGUAUUUUUGUGACGGAUGGUUCGUAGAGAGGGAGCAAAAUGGGUGCUCUCAAAGAGGGUCCAUGAGUGCCUCUUCCUCAGAAUGUUAUUUUUCUUACAUUGGAUUUUGUUGAAGUGUUACAAGAGGUAGGUUAUACCUAGAUCUGGUGAGCAACAUGCACACACACAGAGAGAGAGAGAGAGAGAGAGAGAGAGAGAGUUUGACAAGAGUUGUUAAUCAGAUUUGCUGUGUGUACUUGGGUGACACAUUGGCGCCGGUAAAGGUAAGGGACCCCUGACAGUUAAGUCCAGUUGCAGAUGACUCUGGGGUUGUGGCGCUCAUCUCGCUUUACAGGCCAAGGGAGCCGGUGUUUGUCUGCAGGCAGUUUUUCUGGGUCAUGUAGCCAGAAUGACUAAGCCGCUUCUGGCACAAUGCAACACCGAAACCAGAGCAGCACACGGAAACACCGUUUACCUUCCCGCCAGAGCGGUACCUAUUUAUCUACUUGCACUUUUUGGUGUGCUUUCAAACUGCUAGGUUGACAGGAGCUGGGACCGAGCAAUGGGAGAUCACCCCGUCACGGGGAUUCGAACUUCCAGCCUUUGAUUGGCAAGCCCAAGAGGCUCAGUGGUUUAGACCACAGUGCCACCCGCGUCCACAAAGCAAACACACAAAGUAUGUACAACAGAUACUCAUCUCUAAACACCAGCAGAUGCACGUCAGGGAUCCCUGAUUGGGUUGGCCUGGUCUCUACCAUGUUUGCAUGUUAUGGGCAUUCAACACAGGCAUAUGCUGUUCCAAAUAUGUGUUUGCAAGCAUGUGUGCCUAGGGGGUGACUAUCUUGCUUUUGCCAAAUUUAAUAGAUUCCUACACGACAUUCUCAAAAGCCAACUGCUCUUCUGGCAGAAACCUUAAUAAUUUAAACAGAGUGUGUGUUGGUGCAGUUGUCUAGUCAUUUGGCCUAUUUUGAAGGCAUUUUCCAAUUCUCUUGAGAUGACCAUCUGCCAAAAAAAAAAAAAAGUUGGAAGUUGGCAGGCAUGAUAAAAUAGAACAGCUGUGGACAUUAUUUAAUAAAUAUUUGCUUUCUAGAUUUCUGACUGCUCAGCUGGUAUUCAUUUGUUGCAGGAGAUUCAGACAUCUUUCCUCCAAAGGAAGCUUCUGUUCUGAGGACACUUGAUUUCCACACACACACUGCCUGGUGUUAGAUCCAGGUUUUGGAGAGUUGCCUUGGGCAAGCCACCCUCCCUCCUGUGAGUCUGCUUCCUCACUGCUGCAAGUCCAGAGGGCUUCUUCCAGUAGGCCCCCUUCCUGUGGUGUGGGCCUUUGGCAUAUGCCUGGCCAUGCUGACCCUGGGCACCACCCUGCUGAGCAAGCAGUGCACUCCCUUUCUCCAGAAUUAGCAUGAACGUCUCCCUUUCCUGUAGAGAGAAUAAAGAAGUGGCAAACAGGAUUAGAGUGUCUUUUUACUUUGCAGCAGUCCAGUACAGUGGUACCUCGAAUUACAGACGCUUCAGGUUACAGACGCUUCAGGCUACAGACUCCUCUAACCCAGACAUAGUACCUCCGGUUAAGAACCUUACCUCAGGAUGAGAACAGAAAUCGUGCUCCGGCGGCAGCGGGAGGCCCCUUUAGCUAAAGUGGUACCUCAGGUUAAGGACAGUUUCAGGUUAAGAACGGACCUCUGGAACAAAUUAAGUUCUUAACCCUAGGUACCACUGUACUUGGUACCAGAUGGGGGAACUAAUAUAAGUUUAGCACUAGGAAUCCCUUAAAUAUAAGAUUGUACUUGUAUCAUAUAGCAGUGGUUCCCAAACCUUUUUCUUCCCACUGACCACUUGAAAAUCGCUGAAGAUUUUGGUAGGCCAUGCAAUAUUUCCCCCCCUGCCAAAUGUAAUGCUCUGUGCUGGAUGUUGAUAUGAUGUUUAUUGUAUUUUGUUGCUUCUUUUAUUUCUUAUAUUGUAUUACCACUUGGUUUCCAUAGAAUUCGAAUUCUAAGUGUUUUUCACAGGCACUCUGUGAGCCAUCUGGUCCGUGGACCACAGUGGGAACCCCAUGUCCUAUUGAAAUGGCAUGAUAACAAGCAAAUUUAGUAGCAUGUGGAGGUAUUUUUAAUGUUUAGGGAUCCAAACCCACAGAUAAACCAAUUUGCUUGCUAUUUGCUUGUUUGUUUUUAUUUAUAAAAGCAUUUAUCUACCACAGUUUCUACACUGCAAUAUCAAGGUGGUUUGCAGCAAUAAAACAUCAUUAAAAAAGCAAUCAUUACAAUCACUGGCCAGUCAAAACAGCUUCAAACAGCAGCAUAGACCUGUCAGCAUAAAAAAAGUAUUGAAAAGAUGCGUAAAAGUCAAAAGCGAGGAUACCUGCCAAAUCUCGGCUGGUAGACAAUUCCACAUCAUGGGGUUGGUGACACAAUGGCUGCAUAUGCACUAUACAUUUAAAGUAUAUGCCUGCUCUGUGAGGGCUACAUUGCAUUGCCCAGCAUUCUUUUUGGCGGGGGGGGGGUGUUCUUCCAAAUGUGCUUGAAAGGUAUAGCAUGCACACAGCCGAAAUGCCCAACUUCUAGUUGUUAUUUUGCUGUGUGUGAGAGUUUUCUUUCCUAUCCAGGCCACAGACCACACCUUCUUACAGAAGUGCCAUUACCACCAUGCCAACAGCUCUUGGUACGUCAAGCCGAAGCUGCCUUUGCCUGUCUUCACUGUGCAGCAUUAUGCAGGACCAGUUACCUACCAGGUAUAUAGGAGCCUGCUCCCCUCCCAACAUCCCCUGCUUCCCCUAUUUAACCUGCGCUUCUUUGCCUAGCUCAAGCAGCACAAAGCAACUUUUGCUCACCCAAGCAAGUAGGACAGUCACAGGCAAACUCCGGCCCUCCAGAUGUUUGGGACUACAAUUCCUAUCCCUGACCACUGGUCCUGUUAGCUAGGGAUGAUGGGAAUUGUAGUCCCAAACAUCUGGAGGGCCAGAGUUUGCCUAUGACUGAAGUAGGACAUGUCAAUUUGCCACAACUUCAUCUGGUGAGGUUCUGGACGGCAGCGUACACAAGUGCCACUUUACUGCUAGUAAUCCAAAGGAAGAGCCCUGGUUGUAUCAGUCUCUUCACUCUGGAUUGGUCACCCAACAGGGGUGUCCAAAGAGCUCACAGUUUUGCAACCCCAAAUUUAAUAGUCUUAAAGUGCCUUCUAAACAUGCAUACAGUGGUACCUUGGGUUACAAACCCUUCAGGUUACAGACUCCACUAACCCAGAAAUAGUACCUCGGGUUAAGAACUUUGCUUCAGGAUGAGAACAGAAAUCGCGUGGCAGCAGCAGGAGGCCCCGUUAGCUAAAGUGGUACCUCAGGUUAAGAACAGUUUCAGGUUAAGAACGGACCUCCAGAACGAAUUAAGUUCUUAACCCGAGGUACCACUGUACUGCUCUUUCAAUUUGUCCUCUUCCAAUCUGUUAUCUAGAGUAGAAUUCUAAGUAGCACUAAAUGGGGUAUGCAUACACCAAAUGAGGUCAACUCGCUCAAUAAGACUCCCCCUGUCUUAUUUCCCUAAAUCUGAUCUUGGUUUUUCUCCAACCCUCCAGAACAGAUUUACGGGACAAUGGAGGGGGAAGUCCCAUUGUGAGAGUAGUUCUUGUUUCAGGUAUGCAACAGCUUACUUGAACGCUGCUAAUUGUAUUGGAUGGUUCUUUAGAAAAAGAAGGGCUAGACAAUUUUUUGGGGGGCGGGAAUAGAACUGAAAUUAUGACUUGAUUAUUAUUACUUGAUUUGGGUUGGGCAAAAUUGUUUAUUUAACUGGAUAGUGGUCCUCCAGCUUUGCAGGCAGCUAUCCUGGUUUCUAAUCUGCAAAAACAAGUCAAGAGUUGGGGUUGAAGAACUUCCUCAGAAAAGGCUGGAAAUCAGGAUUGCAAGUAAACUAAGAACUAUACUGACAGGAGAUUCACAGUGCACUCCUGAACAUGUCUACUUAGAAGUCCCAUUGAUGGACUUCAGGGGAGUUUACUCCUAGGUAAGUGGGAAAGUUGGUAUCGGAUUGCAGCCUCAGAAGCUCUGUUAACGUAGUUUUUAAAAACAAAUGAGAGUGAUGUGGAAUUUGGCUUUACAGGUCCACAAAUUUCUGAAUAAAAACCACGAUCUGUUACGCACAGAGGUCCUGGAGAUAUUUUCCCACAGCCACCACAAGGUACAAUCAAAUAGUUUGGGUUAAUUAUUAUGCUUCACUGCAGACUAUUCCUAUGAUCUCACAGUCAAGAGACGUAGAGCUCUGUCUGAUACUAAUUUCUUUGUGCUGCGGUACUGGUAGACAUCAAGAGACACUUAAUUGUGUACCAGUUUCCUGGUGGAUAGAAAAAUCACUCCUGAGGUGUAUAUGCUUUCACAUGACACUCCCUUGUUCCAAGAUAGCUUUGUUUUGUUUGUUUGUUUCAGAGAGGAGUUGGUUUACAGUGGUGCCCCGCAAGACGAAAAGCUCGCUAGACGAAAGAGUUUUCCGUUUUUUGAGUCGUUCCGCAAGACGAAUUUCCCUAUGGGCUUGCUUCGCAAGACGAAACGUCUUGCGAGUUCUUGCGGGUUUGUUUCCUUUCUCUUAAAGCCGCUAAGCCGCUAAUAGCCGCUAAGCCGCUAAUAGCCGUGCUUCGCAAGACGAAAAAACCACAAGACGAAGAGACUCGCGGAACGGAUUAAUUUCGUCUUGCGAGGCACCACUGUAUUUUUAGAUUUAUUUUAUAACUGGUGCAAACAUCUGCAUCUAUGGUUUCAUCUUUUGCAUAAGCAGCACUGGUUGAUCAAACUUUUAUAUAUAAAGAACACAGUGGUACCUCGGGUUACAGAUGCUUCAGGUUACAGACUCCACUAACCCAGAAAUAGUACCUCAGGUUAAGAACUUUGCUUCAGGAUGAGAACAGAAAUCCUGCUCCGGCAGCGCGGCAGCAGCAGGAGGCCCCAUUGGCUAAAGUGGUAUCUUAGAUUAAGAACAGUUUCAGGUUAAGAACAGACCUCUGGAACAAAUGAAGUUCUUAACCAGAGGUUCCACUGUACUGUGUAAUUGUAGAACCUUAUGUAAAGGACAUAUGUUCUAAGAGGCUAUAAUAAAAGUUUUAUUUUAUUUGUUGAUCUAUUGGAUUGUUUGAAAACUGCUCUAUGCUUUUUUCAUUGGCAGAGUAUGGAGGGAGCUGGUCCUUCUCCAUGCUAACGUUUCAACUAAAUGUUCUAAGUUUAUUCUGAAACUUUGAUUUCUUUUGUCCACCUCUCUGAAGCUGGUGUCCCACCUUUUUGAGAAAGUGAAGGAACAGCAGAUGAACCAGAGAGAACCGGGAAGUGGAACUAGAGUCCAAGGGCCGACGCAUCAAGCUUCUACGUUAGUGUCUAGAUUCCAGCACUCCUUGCAAGAUCUCACAGCUAAACUAGACAGGUGAGGGAAUGUGGUGGUGCUACCACCAAUUUGUGUUGCCACCUCACGGCACGGAGCAUGAGCCUGUGGGAAGGCGAGGUCAAAGAGUGAGCUGCUGAUCACCCAUUCAGUGAGCUGUGGUGCUGAAGAUGGAGAAUUAGUUUGGAGCCACAUCUCAUGCUGUUUUAAAAUGGACGCACUUUACUUCUUUUCUCUCUAUCCUACAGGAGCCACAUUUUCUUUGUUCGGUGCAUCAAGCCUAAUUCCAAAAAGGUAAGACUUGGUCUUUGCAGGGCUAGGCUGUACCUGAGGCUGUCUUUGAGAUGCUACCAAAACAAUGCCCCAGCUGAGUUAUGCAAAUCAAUGGAAAGUUCUUCCAUACACAUGCUCAAGGAUAGCUCAGUCAGUAGAGCAUGGGACUCUUAAUCUCACGGUCACGGGUUCAAGCCUCAUGUUCAGCGAAAGAUUCCUGCAUUGCCUGGAGUUGAGCUAGAUGACCCUCAUGGUCCUUUCCACCUCUACAAUUCUAUGAUUCUGUGAAAACAUGCUCUAACCCAGGUGUUGGGGACCUCUGGAUCUCCAGGUAUUGCUGAACUACAGCGUCCAUCAACUUUUGCCAUUGGCAGUUCCAUGGAUGCUUGUCCAAUUACCAGAAAGUAUGCUCCUGAGCACAGUAACGUUUUGGCAGCCCACCCCACAUAUUCUGAUGGCUAGAAACAAGCUAGAAACUUGCUGUAAAAACAAAGGACACUUUAGAUGUCCAUCUAGUUCCUCUGCUAGAAACAGUGUCAAAUUACGUAUACAGUGGUACCUCUGGAUGCGAACAGGAUCCGUUCCAGAGCCCCGCUCGCAUCCUGAAGCAAACGCAGCGUGCACAGGUCGCGAUUCGCCUCUUCUGUGCAUGUGCGUGACGUCAUUUUGAGCGUCUGCGCAUGCGUGAGCAGCAAAACUUCUGGGUUACUUCCGGGUCGCCGCGGAGCGCAACCCGAAAACGCUCAACCUGAAGCAACUUUAACCCGAGGUAUGACUGUAUUUGGAAGCUAGAUGAGAAACUGUUUUGCUCAUUGCAGGUCUUGUACCAAUAUUCCCUCUCAUGUAUUCAAAAUCUCAGCCACCCAGUAAAUAGUAAUCAUGUGGACUAUAACACCUAAGAAGGGCUGGUGUCUUACUCUACAUAGGCUGCCCUGACACAAGCCAUUUGGGUAGCCAUGGAUUUGCAUUAUCCAUCCCUUUAAUGCAAGGGUGUCCGUAUGAUGUCUUCCUCACCCCAGUGUUGUCCUUUAUCUACCCCCCCCCCCACUUUAAAUGUGCUUUUCCUUUAAAAUCUUUGGAAAGUCGGAAUUGGGAAAAGACCUCCAAUUAAAGAGGGGAAAUGUCCAGGGCAGCACAGGAAUAUCCACAUGUUGUUCGGAUGUGGACAAGCCCAGGGAUCACAGAUGUACCGGUCAUUUGUGGGGGGAGCCGACAAGGUACUGGUUCUUUCCAGUGGCCUUUCUGUGUCUUGUCCUUGUUCCCUUCUUUAUUUGGCUAAUUGAGACCAUUCUCUUUAAACUUCAGGUGCCAAACAUAUUUGAUACUGAAUACGUGGCUUCUCAGCUAAGGCAUUCUGGGAUUUUGGAGGCCAUAUGCAUCAGGAAAGAAGGUUAUCCCAUCCGCAUUCCAUUCCGCCAUUUCCUAAUCAGGUGAGCCUGUUACCUCUUAUUUUAACACAUAGGGGCCCUCCUCCUAUUUUAACACAACGUUGUAAAAGAAAGGCACACCAAUAACAUAAUAACAAUUUAAGAUGCAAUAACGAUAGUAAAUCAAGCACGCCAAACCAAACAGUUGGAGCAAUAAAACACAGCGGCUCUCGCAGCCAACUUCAAAAGUUUUAGAACACUAAUUGGAAAAGACUUCCAGGGUCAAAAUUGGGUGUUAUUCCAGACUAUAGGAGCCAUACUCAGAAGAUACAGCAGUUGAUCCUACAUUUGGACAUUCUCUGCAGACUCUUCAUCUGACAUUAGGGAGUUGGAGGGGUGGGAAAGAGGGAGGUUUCUGAAAGCCUGGAACUUUGUGGUAAGGAAAAAUGCACUGGAAAGCAUAGAACCACCAUGCAAACAAAUCAGAACAAAUGCUCCAUAGACAGGUUGUCCCUGGCACCUGAAGUGCUGGGAUUUGCUUCCUUUCUCUGUAACACCCUGUGCUGAAGGAGUUUUAGCAGAUGGUUCUGUCUCCUUUCUGCUCAUCAGGUAUGGAGUCCUGGCCGGCCGAGGGCAGAACUCCUUGCAGGAGAGAGAUGGCUGCGCCACAGUGCUUUCACAGGUGGUGGGAGAUCUCUCGGAGCUCUAUCAGAUUGGAGUCACCAAGGUGGUGUGCCUUAGUACUUCUCUUCCCCGCAACUUAUGAAAGACUGUUGCAUGCUGUUGGUUUCAUUGGGGGGGGUGCAUUCUCUUGGUAACCUCAUGACUCUUAUCACUGCCAUGUGCUCUGUACAGGGCUACCCUUGGCCUGGUGCAAAAUGCUGCGGAUAGACAGUUGAUGGAGACAACAACUAUCGUCAGCAUGUAACUCCAGCGCUCGAAAGCUUUCACUGGCUAGUCAUACGCUACCAGGCCAGGUUCAGGGUUCUUAUAUUGAUUUACAAGGUCCUUAACAACUUGGGUCCAGGGCAUCUCAAGGACUGCCUAAUUCCUUAUAUGGCCAAGUGGGGAUUUGAAGGUCCUGGUCUAACACCUGGCCACUAUACUACAAAGGCUCUUGAUUCCAAAGGGGCAACUGGAUUAGAGACUUGGGGAAUCUCCAGGCUUAGGGACCAAUUUUGGCCCUCCAAGACUCUCUAUCAGGCCAUACCCUUCACUGACCCAAAUGUUUUUGCCUGUAAUGUGUCCUUAUACUCUGAUAGCGACUCUUACUUAUCUGAAUGGAGGAUAGAGGGUGUGUGUUGGAACUAACUGUACAGAGAUAAAAUGAACAUUUGUUGCUCUACCCACUUUCACCACUGGCAUGUGGUCCUUUCGAGGUUGCCCAAAAGGAAUGCUGCCCUUAGGCUGGAAAAGGUGGUUAGCCUAAAUGGGCUCUUUUAGUUGCUAACUGGUAAAAUAAAUAUUUUGGUAUAAAUCAAAUAUAUACACUGAGCCUCAGCAACUCUUCAUGCUCGACUGGAAAAAGAAAGUAAAGAUGAAAUAAACACUCACUAGAUGCAUUUAUUUGCAUAGUCUUUGACAAAUUGGUCAUUGAAGACUUGGGCGGAGGUAAUAAUUAGGGGUGUUCACUUGCAAAUAGCAAUGUUCUUUAUUGCCCCCUUUCCCCGCCCAGGUGUUCUUGAAGGAAAAAGCGAGGCAGAUGCUAGAGAGAAGAUGGAAUCAAAAGCUGAGCUGGGCGAUUGUUACCCUUCAACGCAAUCUCAGAGGCCUCAUCAACCGUAGGCGGUUCCAGGUCUUCAAGGAGAAGGCCUUGGUCAUCCAGGCUCAUUUCCGGGGUUACCUGGCCAGGUCAGAAAGUGCAAAGGCUGCAGUGCUGUUGGAAGGCUUGAAGGCCACAGAACUGAACUGUUUUUAGCAUUAAAUGAAAGGCCAGACUCCAUUCAGCCCUGGUGCAAUCAUGUGUACUGAUUUCAGUGGGACUGGCUAGAAAGCUCCCCACCACCACCACAUUCUCACAGUUGUCUCUUGUUUCCUGACUUCCCCUUUUCUUUGUAACCUCCAGGAAACGGUACCAAAGAUUGAAGAAGACCCUGAUGCGGUUUGGGGUGGCCAUGCUCGUCUCUAGACCACUGACUCAUAAGAGGAGGCAAUACCAGGUAAUAGGGUUACUGACAAUUGGCAAUGCAAUAGGUAAUAUACUUUUCUGCUAGAAGGUUUUAUUUGAGGGAUUGUGUGUGACAUGGGUUAAAGCUAUGGUUUUCCCAGUAGUGAUGUAUGGAAGUGAGAGCUGGACCAUAAAGAAGGCUGAUCACCAAAUAAUUGAUGCUUUUGAAUUAUGGUGCUGGAGGAGACUCUUGAGAGUCCCAUGGACUGCAAGAAGAUCAAACCUAUUGGUCCUGAGUGCUCACUGGAAGGACAGAUCCUGAAGCUGAGGCUCCAGUACUUUGGCCACCUCAUGAGAAGAGAAGACUCCCUGGAAAAGACCCUGAUGUUGGGAAAGAUGGAGGGCACAAGGAGAAGGGGACAACAGAGGAAGAGAUGGUUGGACAGUGUUCUCGAAGCUACCAGCAUGAGUUUGACCAAACUGCGGGAGGCAGUGGAAGACAGGAGUGUCUGGCAUGCUCUGGUCCAUGGGGUCAUGAAGAGUCGGACACGACUGAACAACAACAACAGUGUGACAUGGGGAUUCUCGGCACAUACGUUUUAGACAAGGUCCCAGCAACAGAAAGCAAGGCAAGUUAGCAAGUUAAUGCUUGCAACAGUGAAUGGUAGUGGAGAUGGUCGUACUUUGAAGUUGUCCGGAGGUCCAGCAGAAGAUAUAGAAAAGAGAAGCAGUUUCUCUGUGUGGGCUAUCCACAUGCUGUUCACACACUUCAGGGCAUUCUGUUAUUGGAAGUAUGUCACGGGACAGAGAGGGAACGCCCUUGGGGCAAGGGAAGGAGGAGUAUCAGAGCAAGGAGAAUCAGAAAGGAAAUACAGGGCUCUCUGAUGCUGCAAAGCCCUGUCACCAACCAGGAAGUUCAGGAACAGAAGGGGAAGCGGUGCCUUCCCACGCCUGCUAUGUUGGAGAAGGAACCAAAGGAAGCCACUCCCCGAAUCUGACUCGUCCGAUUCAGAUGCAUGAUUAGGAACUGUAGCUGUUUGCACAUAUGUUAAUAAAGAACUGUAAAUAUCUCUCUGAGUGAGCAGAGGGUGUUUAUUGCGAAGAGCAGACAUCACCUUGACAAAGUAGGACUGGUGGAAGAGGGGGGGAAACAGAGGUGCUGAAACUCACCAUGAACACCUCCCUUGUUCUGUUAUAAUGACAAUGAUGCCCACCUGAGAGGUACCAGAACUGAGUUGCAGCGAGUUCUGGCUGAAAAAAUGCCCUGAUUGUAACCAUUAUAUACAUAGGGCAGAAUGAUGUGGUCGAUUUGAGUGGUAGAAAUCUGGGCUGUACCUCUUUAGGAGUCAUAUGGAGUCAUUUAUUUACUUUUUGAAACUCUAUGCAUGUAGAAAGUUGUGCAUCAGAUUGGAAUGUUGAAAGAAGACCUCUUCCUGAUAUGCUAAGAUCAAGAACAGGCAUAGGCAAACUUGGCCCUCCAGAUAUUUUGGGACUACAGUUCCCAUCAUCCCUGACCACUGUUACUGUUAGCUAGGGAUGAUGGGAGUUGUAGUCCCAAAUCAUCUGGAGGGCCGAGUUUGCCUAUGCCUGAUCAAGAAGCUUUUUUAAUUGAGGAAGCAACUAGCUAAGGGUAGGAAAUGAAAAACAAUCCAAGGUGGCAUUUUUGGCGGGGACGGUAGAUUGGAGUAAGAGUCUCUGUAAUGCAUUUCCAAAAACUUGCCUAGGGAGUAGCCCAGUUUGGACCUGUGUCACCCACAUCUGGCUACUGGAAUUAUCAGGUGGUCUCAAUUUUUGUGUGAGGUUAGUCCAGAAUAAUGUGUGCCCAACUCCCAGAACGGCUGUGAGCACUAAUCAUGUGUGUAUGUUUUGAGAAACACCCUGAACACUCGUCUGCUGUGCUCUGACAACUUCAUUUAUAUCUCUAAAAUAUUUGUUACCAGUGCUAGGGUAUUACUGGUGUUACUAUACUAGAAAAUUUCAGCGUUUUCACCAGCAGUCAUGACUCUGGAGAAGAUGAAACUUGGAAAAGAAACCGAGGCUAGCGCUCAUUGUCAUUGGUUUUUUUAUGAUGCAUAUUCUGGCUAAAAAGCAACCCCCCACCCCUGGGCUUUUAAUUUGGGGAGCACCUUCUAACGAUAGUUUUGUUCUGGGCACCGGCAAAUGAGGACUGCUUUUCAGUCCAGGGGCAGUCAUGGUAACCCUGUGGGUAGCCUCAUUCUAUUGGUGGGUAAGGAUGAAUGCAGGCAAAAGUGGGUGGAGCAACAGAUGUGACCAUCACUUUCGUAUAGCCAGCUGCAUUCUGUUCAGAGGUUUCUAUGCAUACACUAGGGCCGCUUGUGGACGCUAACUGGUUCGCAGCACAAAAAAUGUUUGCUUUUUGCAAUCUGGAAUCAUUCGUGUUCAUCCUAAACAUGCUGCUUUCUGCGUAAAUUGAAUCUGGAUCCUGCCAUCCACAGGGACGGGUAUGGUUAUUGGAUACAUGUUUGAAAAACCUUCCCUUUGAUUAGGUUAUUUGGAACCUUUUGCUUGCUGUACAUGCCCCAGGUGAACAGAGAAGGAAGUGGCCCAUGUGAAUGUGGUAUAUGCCUACCCACAAUGUCACUGAGUGGGUGUGGAUAGAGCUGCCUACAUCUGUUGCAAGGGAGCAGGUGGCACUGAUCUUCUUGGUCUUGCUGAUCAGAAAGUUGGUGGUUCGAAUCCCCACAACAGGGUGAGCUCCCAUUGCUCUGUCCCAGCUCCUCCCAACCUAGCAGUUUGAAAUCACAUCAGUGCAGGUAGAUAAAUAGGUACCCCUACGACAGGAAGGUAAAUGGCAUUUCCGUGCGCUCUGGUUUCUCUCACGGUGUUCUCUUGCACCAGAAGCGGUUUAGUCCUGCUGGCCACAUGACCUGGAAAGCUGUCUGUGGACAAACGCCAGUUCUCUCAGCCUGAAAAGCGAGAUAGUUGCCUUUGACCUGUCUUAACUGUCCAGUUGUCCUUUACCUUUACAUCUUUUGUAAAAUGGACUCACUGCGAGGUAAUGCAGUGUGGAUCUGCAAUGAGCUUGUUUUUGGAAUGAAGCCACUUUCUCAUUUUUAGGGAAGAAAGAUAUGAAAUAGGCGUAGAUUGUGUGAGGACUACAUAGAAAAUACAAGUACAGUCAUACCUUGGUUGUUGAAUGGAAUCUAUUCCGGAAGUCCGUUCAACUUCCAGAAAUGUUUGCUGACCAAGGCGUGGCUUCUGAUUGGCUGCAGGAGCUUCCUGCACUCAAUCGGAAGCCGCAGAAGCUGCGUCGGACAUUCAGCUUCCAAAAUUCACAAACCAUUCACAGACCAGAACACUUACUUCCGGGUGUGUGGCAUUCAGGAGCCAAAACAGACGAGUACCAAGGCAUUCGACAACCAGGGUACAACUGUACUCUUUAUCCAUUGAUUCUAAAAUAGAAUGCUAAGUGUCUACAGCCACCACACUUUCUUUAUCUUAGAAAGUAAGAGGCAUUAUCACACUCCAGGCAAGUUUAUUCAAGAAGGGCACAGAGGAGGGCCAGUGAAGAUUGUGGUCUGGGAAGGGGCUUGGGAGCGUCUUAAGGGCUUUAUAAAAAGGCCUGAAGACCAUAUUCAGCGUCUCAGCCUGAGGUUCCCCACCCCUGGUUGUAAAUGAGACUUGUCAGGUGUCUUACAUGCAAAGCACAGGCAGCCUUGAUCUCCAGGAACUACGAAGAACCCUGGCUUAUUCAAAUGUGACGCAAUUAAUAUGUGGGAAGGUACAAGGUCAACAUGAGAAACUCUGACACACCUUUCCACCUGUUCUCCGGGACUCCCAGAUAAGCAGAGAACAUCCUGGUGUACCAUCCAAUGCUUCUGGCUAAAUUGCUUUUUGACUCGCCCUGAGAAAAGAAAGCUCAGAGGGCCAAAAGCCAUGGCAAGGAUUGUCUCUGAAAGUACCAGGAAAAUGGCCACCAGGUGUGUGGUGAUAAGUCCUGGGAGGCUCUGUGAUAUGCAUGCACUUCAAGUCUUCCUAGUCUGCUGUUCUGCCUGAGUUGAGCAUGUGCUGUGCACCUGUCCUUCCCAGCCUGAAUAGCUCCUGGCUCUUCUAUCCCAGGAAGCCACCACAAAGCUGCGCUUUGGCUUCAUCAUUCCUGCCCUCAGUGUUUACUUUAUGAAUACACUCAGCACUUAGGAAAGAAAACGCAGCAGUGUAAGGUCUCAAAGUUCACUGUUAAGACUCGCAGAACCUCCCUCUCCUUGUCAUUCCGCACUGGGAGGACUUUAGCCCUCUUCAGCCUUAACCUGGGCUGCGCCCCCUUGAAGCUCCUUUUGGCUGCUCAGUGGCAACAGCCACACAGCUGCGUUCAGUGGGGAGGAAGAGAAAGGAUACUCCAUAGAUCACGGAAGAGCAGGCAAGUGCCAUUGUACAGGGCUCAGCAAAUGUUUCGUUUACAUAUGGGAAAGACAAAGCCAGAUAGGAGAUUAUGAUUCUGCCACUCUAUAUGUCCUUCUGGGGAGAAAUAAACACUCAGCUGUGAACCUUCAUGGGCUGGUUUAAAAUUGCAUUCUCCAGCAGCUGGAAGGACAGGGGAGAGGUGAUUAAAUUUUCCAAGCACAGUACUGUAUACGUUUGCUGGGAGCAGUCAUAUAGGACAUUUGUAAUGUUAAAUGCUAAUGUAGCUUAGAGUUAAAUAACUGGGACUAAAUAGCAUUGGGUAGAGAAUUGCAUUACCCUCUCCCAUUCCAUGCUGUUAAAACUUCCUGAAGCACCUGAUUUUAGCCCCAGUUGGAGACAGGAUACUGGAUUUGAUGAACCAUGGGUACGGGGCCCACCUGAAAAUAAAGUUGUAUGUGACCUGCCAAGGACAUUGCUAUAAAGUCAUUGAUUCAUAUUCUGGUUAAACAUCUGUGGAUAAUUGUAUUGUAGGCAUAAAAGAGUUACCGUAGUUUGCCAUGCAUAAGACAAUGUUUUUUUGCUUAAAAAAUUGGGGGUCGUCUUAUACAUGGAUGGUGAAUGCACAGGGGUUAAAGAAAACACUACUUACAUCCCCGUGGCUACUGUGAACAAGCUGCCAGAACCGCCCAAGCCACUGUCCCUCCCGGGUGCCAGGCUUGGGCGAUCUCUCAAAAAACACUCAAAAACUUUGGGCGAUCUUGGUUCCUGGUGGGGCAUGCUACCCCAGGUUGCUAUGCCAGUGCCGGUGCUUUGAAUAUUUAAUAAAAUAUCAAAGUUGUUCUGUUUGAUGUUUAAAAUAUUGAUUUCUUAAUUCUGGGUUCAAAAAAAUAGGGGUCGUCUUAUACCUGGUGGUGUUUUAUACACGGGAAAAUACGGUAUCUGCUGCCCUGACAUUACAACAAUGAUGAUGUGGUGUGUGCAGGGUUACCGAUUGUAGGGUUUAACAGGGUUAUAAGAAAGGUCUGUGAAACAAACCAGAAAUGAGGGGAAAGUGAAAGAGUCUUAAAGAGCUCAGCCUGCCUUGGUUUUCAGUCGUACCUUCAGAGAUGGGAGUUGCUAUACCUUACAGUGAGGGUACCCAGUGUGGUGCCCGCCCUCUGAUAUUCUGAACUACAACUCCCAUUAUCCCUGAUUGUUCACCAUGCUAGCUUGGGCUAAAAACAUCUGGAGGACGCCACAUUGGCUACUGCUCUACAGUAGGGAGAUUUGCAUCAUCUAGAUUGACAAGAGAAUUCAAAUCCCCUUAUCAUAAGGAGAACAUAAAAAGGGCCUGUUGGAUCGAGUCAGUUGUGGUGCAUCUAGUGCAGUACCCUGUUCUCACAGUGGCCAACCAGAUGCCUAUGGAAAGACCCAAAAAGAAGGACAUGAGAGAUGAGUGCCACAACUCUCUCCUCAUCUCUGAUUCCCAUCAACUUGUAUUCAGGAGCAUACUUUUCUCUGGGCAGUUUUGUCACACCAUGCAUAAGAUUACCGCUCUGUAUCAUGUCUCCUCUUACCUUUUCGUUUAAACUAAAAAGGCCAACCUUUCCUCACAGAGGAGUUGUGCCAUCCCUUUGAUGAUUUUCCUGAACCUUCUCCAGCUGUAUAAUACCCAUUUUCAGGUGACUGGAACCGUACACAGUACCCCAAGUGUGGUUGCAGCAUACGCUGUCAUAAUAUCAAUACGAUCUGUGGCAAUUUUAUUUUAAAUUCGUCCCUAAUUAUCAUUAGCAUGGAAUUUACCGUACCUUGCCUCACAUGGGUUCAUCUUCAUCAAGCUAUCAGGCACGACCCCCCAGGUCGUAUUCCUGGUCAAUCAUCUCCACUUCAUUUUUUAAUAAUAAUAAUAAUAAUACAGUGGUACCUCUGGUUACAUACGCUUCAGGUUACAUACGCUUCAGGUUACAGACUCUGCUAACCCAGAAAUAGUACCUUGGGUUAAGAACUUUGCUUCAGGAUGAGAACAGAAAUCGUGCUCCGGUGGCGCGGCAGCAGCGGGAGGCCCCAUUAGCUAAAGUGGUACCUCAGGUUAAGAACAGUUUCAGGUUAAGAACGGACCUCCGGAACUAAUUAAGUACUUAACUCGAGGUACCACUAUAAUAAUAAUAUUUAUUUAUUUAUUAUUUAUAUUUUUUAACAUGCUUUUUAUUAGGUUAUUACUACAACACAUACACAUACACACCACACUUUAAAAAUAUAUGUAAAAAAUCAAGUCCACUUCAGACCCCUUUUACCCUUGUUUUCAUUGAAUUGCAUUUGCUGUUUUGCAUCCCCUUCGUUCAGUUCAGAGAGGUUCUUUUGGAGCUCUUCGCCACCCCGAACAAUUGAGUAUCAUUCGCAAACUUGACUACCUCAUUGCUCACCCCAAACCCUUAUAUCAUUUAUAAACAAUCUAAAAAGCACAGCUCCUAGUAGCAAUCCUUGGGUAAUGCUGAAAUUUCUUUUGCACAAAGGAUAGUCUGUCAGUGAACACACCUUGCAAGCAUGCAUGAUUUUUUUUUUAUCCUGUCCUGAUUACAGAGGAACGAGUCACUGGGCAAAGGUGCUGAGGAACGCAGGUGUCUGGAAAAUGGUAUGUCAAUUAAAUACAGGGUAUAAUCUGGCAAAGCCUGAUAACAUUUGUGAAACCAAAGCUUUGUUUUAGAGUUUUAUGCUGACACCCCCGGUUUGCAUGGGAAAUAACUACCAUUCACUUCAAUGGGAGAUGUUUUCCCCUGUGUAAAUCUCCAGUAUGGAGGCAUCAGUCCAGAUUGAGACCAUAGUGGGGUGGGGGGUGGUCAAAGGUCUGGACUGGGCAGCUGGGCUGGCAGGGAUGCUGUCACAGCAGAAGUCCAGGGUCCCUCUCGCCAGAAAGAACAGGAGGGGUCUGACAAAUGCAGCAGGUUUCACUUACACAUUUUAAAGUGAAGUAAUUGCCAUCUGGGACGCGGGUGGCGCUGUGGGUUAAACCACAGAGCUUAGGACCUGCCGAUCAGAAGGUGGCGGUUCGAAUCCCCGCGACGGGGUGAGUUCCCAUUGCUCGGUCCCUGCUCCUGCCAACCUAGCAGUUCGAAAGCGCCUCAAAGUGCAAGUAGAUAAAUAGGUACCGCUCCGGACGGAAGGUAAACGGCGUUUCCGUGUGCUUCUCUGGUUCACCAGAAGCGGCUUAGUCAUGCUGGCCACAUGACCCGGAAGCUGUAUGCCGGCUCCCUCGGCCAAUAAAGCGAGAUCAGCGUCGCAACCCCAGAGUCGGUCAUGACCGGACCUAAUAGUCGUUACCUUUUUACUAAUUGCCAUCUAAAGAGGGUCCUCACAUCAGGCCGCUAAGUACGAAAUCUAAAAUUAUCUGACUCCAACACUGCAGGCUGACAGUGUGUGUUUUUAAAAUGCCAUGCUCUUAAGGACACAGUUACAGAGUUGACAUAUUGUCUAGUUGAACCCUUGGUGUCUCUACUGUGUCAGAGACAGCGUUGGCAGCAAGUUGCCCUGUUCUGUGUCGACUUUCUUGAAAUUGGUGCCUGCAGUUAUAAGAUGGAUCAUGCAGUUACAGUGCCGAUACACCAAUGCCAAAACAUAUAGGUGCUUAAGGUGCUGCCAGGACUCUUUGUGCUCAGUCUGUCCCUACAAAAGAUCUGUCUGUCCCUCUGGAAUACUGGCACAGCUGUGUGUGUGCAGAUUUAGCAAGCACAAAGCAGAGUUCUUUGAAGUCCACGCAUGCCCAGGUUCUGGCAACGCCCUAAUACUCUGAACAUUAGGGCAGAUACAAAUUGAAAAUUCUGGUAUUUCUCUCACAGUUGUUUUAAUAGGGCCCUGCCACAAAAGGCAACAUGGUAAAGCAACCUUCUCCAGGUGGCAGCAGAACUCAGGAAGGGAGAAUAGAGGCAGAGAUUGGGGUCUGAAUGCUGCAAGAAGCCUUCCUAAAACGUUGACCCUAUUGUGGGGGGAGGGUGCUAUUUGGGCUCCACUUUAGGCAGCAAAACCUCUUGGCGUUGUCAAGCUCUGGUAUUGCCAGGUGACUUUAAUCAUUGAUCUUUCCACUCUGUGAUGAUUGGUUUAGUGUGAUUGUUAAUCAUUGGUUUAAAGUGAUUCACAUGAUGUCACUCAAGAUAGCACUUGUGUUAAGGCAAUUAUCACAUUUUGUUGGCGCCCAUUACAUAAUGCCUGUGGCACAUGAGAUGCAGCUUCUGCCACCAUGCAUGUCCCUGUUUGUUUUAAAGGUUAGCAUUUUAGUAGAUAUGCUUUUUACAUUGUUUUAAUCCCAUGGAUAGCUUAAUAGCUAAAAUAUACGAAAGCUUAUUGUUUAAAAACUAUGUGUGUGUUUUGUCUGUAUUCAUUUUAUUUUUUGUGAGCCCCCUUGAGCCCUGGUUUCAGAGAAAAGGUGGAGUGUAAACAAGCAAAUAAUCAAGAGUCACUGAGAGUGAUUCCACUUGGCAGGUUUUUGAGCAUGGGUAGGCAAACUAAGGCCCGGGGGCCGGAUUCGGCCCAAUUGCCUUCUAAAUCCAGCCCAUGGAUGGUCCGGGAAUCAGCGUGUUUUUACAUGAGUAGAAUGUGUGCUUUUAUUUAAAAUGCAUCUCUGGGUUAUUUGUGGGGCAUAGGAAUUUGUUCUUUCUUUUUUCCAAAAAAUCAAAUAGUAUGGAAUUUGUUUGCAACUUUGUUAACAGCAUGUAUUAACAUCAUAGACGUACAUCGGUCUUUGCUGCCCCUUUCCUUUCUCCCUAAUCUGACCUGUGAAUACCUUUUGUAAUGCCUCUGGUAUUUUAUGCAAGUGUAAGGAAUAGGAAGGUGGACCAGGGGUGAUUGCAAGGACACACAGAAGCAGGCUGGGAACUGCAAUGAGAGGGUUAAUUGAAAUCUGGGUGGAAGGUAUGGAUAUGCUAGAGACUUCUGGGAGGUGGUCUUUGGGGAAAAAUAUAUCUCUGCAGUAAUGGGGCAAUUGAUACCCUAUUAGCAUUGGCCCUGUGUUGGUUAAGCUGUCAGACUAGCUCACUGGGUGAGUAAUUAGAUGAGCUGCAAAAAAAAGAAUAAAUUUUGCAGGCUUAGAUGCCUUUCUUGACCUAUGUAAACAGGAACAGGAACUUAAAGCAGCUUUCAGAAACUCAGGUUGAUUUGUGGAGAGCGUUACUAUGAGAUGAAAAGUAAUUAAUUCUUCUGAAUGUCUUUUAACUGAGCAGGAAUAAUUAACAGCUGUAUUUGUAUUCUAUGCUUUUAUUUUAGUUGGUCAAAUAACAAGUUUGUACUCCCAAGUGUUGUUUCUGAUGUUGCUUUAUUGUGUUAAACUUUUUUUUUUAAAAAAAGCUGAGGCACAGCAGGUGGCCAGCACCCCCCCCCCCUUAUACCGCUUCUGAGAGGGUAGUUUGCUUUGAACACUAAACUCCUUUGAGGCUAGACUGAAACAGCCACAAAAUGUGCUACUGAAGAAAUUAAAACUGUUCUUGCAAAACAAAAACAAAAAACAAACAAACACCCAUUUGUUCUCCAGAAGGCCUUCCUGUGACAAUUUAUUAAAAGAUAAUUAAAAUCUUGGUUUUUCCAUUAAAAUCUUAGCUUUACAUUGUAAAUAACAUGUCAGACUUACUGGCACUGAAUGUUGUAAUGGGCAAUAGUUGGGGAGAUGUGUGAAAUGUGUGCAGACGUAAAGGUGCCAUCUGUGUACAACCUUGUACAUUCUUGAAUUUGAUUAGAUGCUGUUGCGAUUGUAGGUUUGUUCCAGUAAGCUUCCCAAACUUCAUCUUCAAAUUCUGUAUUCAAAUCAGUUUCCCAAACGUAUUUUGAGGCCUGACAUAUCGCCUCAAUCUAUAUCUAGCAAGACCGAGUGGAUAGCAGAGACUAUGUGUUUGUUAAGCCCCUUUCAUUGAUGAGGCAUCACUGUCCAGGUAUUAUUAUUUUUUGCAAAUGUAGUUGCCACUCGGAUCACGAUGGGUCAUCACACUGUAUUUCUUUACCAUACAACUCUGCAUCCCACAUCACUAAUCAGUCGUUAACUGCAUGGGAAGCGGGUGGUGUUUGAAAAUCACAUGUUUUGAUUUUGUCACAUAAGCAUUCCGGCAGGUACAGUCCUCUGUACAUAGAACAUGGUAUGUCUUUUCCUGUUUUCCUUUUCCUUAAGGGUGAAUUCAUACACCAAUGCAUAAGUAUUAAAUAUGGAAGUUUUUAUCAAGUGGAAACAUCUAUCUUCUGCUUUUAAUAACAACGCUUUGAGUGUGCUCAGAGAGGCACUCUGUUGUUCCAUUCAAACUGCAUGACUUUUGUACCUCGCUCUGGAUUCUAGAUCUUGGGGUUCUGGGGGGGAGGGGAAGCAGCUCAUUCAAGUCUACCUACCCACUUACCCUAGUUUAUUAAGUUGUUUAUGGAAGGGAUAGAUUGCUGUUGUAUUCUUUUGAGUUUUUUUCUUUUAAAAAACAAAACGCUAAUUUUUAAAAGAGGGGGAAAGUUAUUCAAUCAAUCAAUCAAUCGAUCGAUCGAUCAAUCAAUAAACCACCCCUUUGAUUCAUUUCCUCUGUAGGAUGUUCGACGGCUGGAAAUCCCUGCUGAGCUUGCUGCCUUACUGCGUUUGGCUGAAGGUGAGCAGAGAGCCUUUGACUCGUAAUUUUUUUUUUUUGCUAAAGUCCAUACACUUCACACGUGUUAUGCUUUAGAGUAGAGCUGAAAUAAAUUCCCCCUCCAAAAAAAAAGUCUUGUAAACUUACAUAGGGUGUCUAUGUAAGGACUAUGUCCUGCUGCUUGUGGGCUUCCUAGUGGCAUCUGGUUGGUUACUCUUGGAAUAGAAUGCUGGCCUGGAUAGGUCUUUGGUCUGAUCUAAGCAGGGCUCUUUGUAUAAAUAUUGUUUCAGCAGUUGCUUAAGUGAUCACUAGCCAGUAAUGUUCGAUUUCAAUAUUAGAUACAGUGGCACCUCGGGUUACAAACGCUUCAGGUUACAGAUUCCACUAACCCAGAAAGAGUACCUAGGGUUAAGAACUUUACCUCAGGAUGAGAACAGAAAUUGUGCGGCGGCAGCUGAAGGCCCCAUUAGUUAAAGUGGUACCUCAGGUUAAGAACAGUUUCAGUUUAAGAAGGGACCUCCAGAACGAAUUAAGUUAUUAACCUGAGGUACCACUGUAUUGACAGAUAGUGCUUGCCAAUUUGUGAUAGCUAAUACAUGCAGUGGUCUUCCAAGCUUUGGGGAGAUACUUUUGCCAUUGAUUUGUUUGCCAAAGGACUUGAGUGUCUGCCAUAGAACCACUACUUGUCACAAAGGAUUCUGGGCAUAAACACUGCUGGGCCUCACCAUGAACCUUUGUGAACUGAGAAUGUGCUAGUCUAGAACCCACCAAGCAUUCGCUUCUGGCUAUCUGGGUGGCCACUGUUAGAACAGGAUGCUGGACCAGAUGGGCCAUUGACCUGAUACAGCAGGCACUUCUUAGGGUCCCCCCCCCCCCGCCCAUUGUAGCUACAGUUGUCGUUAUUGCUUUCGCUUAGUAUUUGUUUGGACACCCAAAAAAUCCCUGUUUAUCUCAGUAGCCACAUAAAAAAGCAAGGGUGUGCCUCACCAACUGAGCUAACAUUAUUAGUGUUUUCCUGUCUUGCAGGUCACCACCAUGCCCAAAUUAAUCAGGUCACAGAAGUCUCCCCUCCAGAAGUUAAAGCCAAGGCUGAUCUCUCUCUGCCACCUGACAUCAAUAGCUUUCCAUUCUCUUCGUUCAUAAGGUCGCAUUUCCAGGUAGGAGGUUGUUUCGGAAAGUUGGAGUUCACUAGAAAAGCCAGCGGCCAUCAUUGUCUCUUCCACUCACUUCAUAAAAUGUUAAGAGUUGGAAGGGACUUGGAAUGCCAUCUGGUCCAAUCCUAGGUGCAGAAUGCAACUUCAACAUCCCUGACCCAUGGCUGUCUAGCCUCUGCUUAAAUGCCUUAAGCAAAGGAGAGCCUGUCAUAUUUCAAGGCAGUCUAAUUCAUUGUCAAACAGAUCUCAGUUCUGUUUAUUUCCCUGUAGUAAAAGUCCAUCUAUUUGAUGGUGAUCAUCCAAGUGUUUUGCGGGAAGAAAGGCUCUAGAUAAGUCUUUCCCAGACACUGGGUCUCCAGCCGUUUUUGGACUAAAGGUAAAGGUAAAGGUAAAGGGACCCCUGACCAUUAGGUCCAGUCACGGACGACUCUGGGGUUGCGGUGCUCAUCUUGUUUUUUUGGCCGAGGGAGCUGGCAUACAGCUUCUGGGUCAUGUGGCCAGCAUGACUAAGCUGCUUCUGGCAGCACGGGGAUUCUGGCAGCACGGGGAUUCCCCCGUCACGGGGAUUUGAACCGCCGACCUUCUGAUCGGCAAGCCCUAGGCUCUGUGGUUUAACUCACAUCGCUGCUUAACCCACAGUUAAUCCACAGUUUUUGGACUACACCUCCCUUUAUCCCUAGCUAGCAAGACCGGUGGUCAGAAAUGAUGAGAAUUGUAGUCCAAAAGCAGCUGGAGACCCAGUGUUUGGGAAACACUGAUCUAGAUCUUUCCUUCUGGCACCUGUAGCCCCCCAGUCCACUGAGCUUCUUCACCCUUCCUCUUUACUUUGGCUGUCAACUCUGCUGCUGUCACAUGGGAGAAAUGAUUGGGGGAAACAAAAGGCCCUUUGCUUUGCCCUACCUGAACAGUGGUGGCUCUGAGAGCGAUGCACAUCGCAGUGUCUUCACUUUGCCUAACAUUAGUAAUGCUGCUUAUGAACUCAGUGCUUCUGUUCCUCGUCCAUUGUAGGAAGUGGGUUUCCCUGCCCUUGGGCAGCCCCUGCAACAGCCUUUGACCAGACUGGAUGGUGAGCAGAGGCAAAGUGCUCUGCAGCUCAACAAAGUGGUAAGGGAAAAAAAUAUAUGAGCAAGCAGUUAAGUAGCUAGGCCUCGCUGGAGAUAGGAGAUGGUCCCGUCCCCCCACUCAAAGUUAAAGGAGCUUUGAAGGAGGGAAUCACAGCCCAUGGUGUGUACAGCUAUACUGAUUUUCCUCUGGGGAGCAAGCUUUGCAAAGUGUUAGUAUGGUUUCAGAAGCCUGCAAAAUCUCUUUGACCUAGACACAAUGAUGACCUGUUGCAUGCUUGGCUGGGGGUGGGGUGGGGGGUUGUGUUUCUACACUGUGGUGCUUCCAGUCAGGGGCUUAAUUGCCAACGGGUUGUUCUGCUAUCACAAAGGAGUGGUUGGCAGCUUCUUCAGAUGGGGGACUGAGAGAUGCCAAGGGAACUCCUCCACAACUCAGAGAGCUUCCUUUGCGUUUGUGGACUUACUGAGGAAUCCAGAACAGGAAAAUGCUGAGCAACUGAGAAAAGAGGGGAGAAAAGGAUUGUGGUGCCCAAUAUGGGUGCAGGUACCUGAGGCCCAGACACCUUUGUUCUCCACUCAGCAGAAGCUCUGAGAGAUUAAAUGGAGACACAGGCUUGGGUAUCACUUUUUCUGGAGGUGGGGCUGGGAAACUUGCUUUCUUUUUUUGGCCUGUCAAGGCUUCCAUUCUCUUAGGGGUUCCAUUUGGUUAGGGGGUCACAUGCCAGAUAUGGAUUGGGCCAGAGCCACCCCACAGUCUUUGGCUGAAUACUAUACACAUUCUGAGUCUCUUUUGCCCCUCAAAGCAUUCUGUAGUUUACUAAGGGUUGCUAGGAAUUGUACCUCUGUGUGAGGAGUAGACUACAGUGGCCAAAAUACAUUGCAAGGUGGGGUAGGUGUGAGGAAUGAGCUUUUCACGCGUUGUAAAGGUUCAGUGCUUAUGCAGUCUUUGUCUAAUCACCCCACAUUCAUUCUCUGUCCCCCUCUCUCUUUCUCUAUCACACACAUGACAGAGAGAGCAGGGAGAAGCCAAGUCUAAUAGUGAAGCAUUUUUGCUGUAAAUGCAAGGUGGCAGAAUGGGUGCUCCUAGACAGGCGCACUCUUUCCUUCCCACAUACACGAAGCACCCCAUACUGGGAGUGGCCAGGAGAAGUGUUUGGGGCCUCCCCCUGCUCUGCUUCCUCCUCGCACUUCCACCUGCAGGAUGUUGCUAUUGAGAGGCAACAAACAAGAAGCUGCAAAGUGAGGGUUGCGGCGCUGCUCCUUUCCCAGACCCUGUGAAGGGGAGAAGAAUGUAGACUUGGCACUCAGAGCAUCUCUCUUUGGGUGGUGGCAGGGAGGGGAAAGGGAGGUGGCAAAUUAUUAACCACACGUCUGGAGAAGGGUGUCUUGCUCCCAUGGGCGUUGUGGCUUUGUUGAUGGACCUUCGCCCCCUCUCACACAAAGAUACACAGCCUAACCCCUCCCCACUAACCCCACUAGGGCCACCUGUGCACUCCCCUUCUCUCCCACCCCAGGCCACACCGUUGUCAUGCGCAACAGGGGAGUUGACAGCAUUGGCUUCACAACAAAAGGAUGUAAGCAGCUGCUUGCCAGCCUUCCCUUUUUCUCACUCUGUGUGCAGAGUCACCGGUGUAAAGGAGUGGGGAAGCAGAGAGGGUGAGAUGUCCCCCGAAACUCAGAGGAAAAGAACGAGCCUGUUUCUCCCUCUGCCCUCCAGUCUCUCUGGCCGCCUCCUGCACACUCUCACCUCUCUCCUGUUUUCACAGUAUUCAAUGUCUUCCCUCUCAAAUCCUCUUGUUGGGGAGACCGCAGGGCGAUUAAUGUGUUACUUGAUGUCUGUUAGCGUGCAGUGGCUCAGGACUUGCAACUCUUAUGUUCGGAAUCAUUCAGAAGCCAUUCUGCUGGGAAGCGGGAAGUGACCACAACUGAUCCACUGGCCGCAUGUUUUGCAAAUCAGUUCUGGUAACUGGCUCUAGAGAGAGGAUGCACGCUGCCUUCCAGUUAGUCCUUAACUGUCCACCAGCUUCCAUUCUUAUUUAUAGGUUCUUAGAACUUGAAGGAACUGAGCAGUAGGUGGAUCAUUUUUGUGACUUUGCUGUGAUCAUGAAGAGAAGCUAUUCUUAGGGAGGAGGCUGAGGGAGGACCAGGGCUAUGGAGAUAAGAAUAAGUUUGACUCAUACAAUGUGUAUGUACUACUAAACCCCUUCACACAUUGCUACUUAUUUAACGAUUCUUGAAGGAAGGCAGUUUUCUUUUUAACUAAUCGUCUAUGGGAAGAUGGUGGCUUUUAAGUAACUCUUUUUUUAACAGGGUUUUGUUGUAAUAAGGGAAAAAAAGAAAGCCGCCAUUUAAUCCAGCUUGCACAUUGUGUGUAUUUGCACCAUACAUUUAAAGCACAUGACUUCCCCCCAAGAAUCCUGGGAAAUGUAGUUUUUCCUUGCAAAGCUAUAAUUCUUCUUAACAAACCACAGCCCCCAGGGAUCUUUGAGUUGAAAGAAAUGUGUUUUAAAUAGGCAUGGACUGAGUUCUAAAUGUGUGGUGUGGAAUGAGAAAGAAUGAGGGCAGACUCAAGGUCAGAGCAACUGAACAAGAAUUCCUCCACUCUUAGCCUUGGACAUAUUGAAGGGCUUUCCUGCACGAUGGGCAAAACCGUUCCCCAGCGUGUAGCUCAGCAGCAGUGGAGCACAUGGAGGCUGAGUGCAAUCCAGAUCUCAUGCACAUUUUUUGCUCCCAAAAAGCGCAGAGAGAAACCAGUUUCGUUCCAAAAACAAAUGCUCAUUGCCUAUUGAUUCUGCAUUACCCUACAAUGUGUCCAUUUGAAAACAGUUGUAGGUGGUCCUGGAAACUGGAGGUGCAUCCACAUUGUGGCAUUGUGGGUUGGGGUGUCCCAAGAUCACAAUCGCUACACCCUCCUCCAUUCACUUGGGGCAAGUGCAAGGGUGAUACUAAUCAAGGGGAGGGUUUCCAAAUGCAGAUCAAGUAACCACACCCACCUCCUUGUUUAGGGCUGAAUCUAGACUUAAUCUAGAUUGAAAGCAGCAUGUUGAAGAUGAAGAUGAAUGACUCAUUUUUUUUUUUUUAAACCCACUACAUUUUUGUGUGUGCAGCAAAAGCGAAGUAAUCUGCUUUGGGCACAGUUCUGCUGCAAGUGCCAACUGCCUCUGUUCCUACCUGCCAUGGAAAAGCAAUGGUUCUCCAAGAGGGUGAUCAAGGUGGGGGCUUGAUCUUGUCGCUUGAGGUCUGCUGCCUGACUCGAUCACACCUUUACCGGUUCCCUUACAGAUCCUGCGGUUCAUCAAUGACAAAGACCUGCAGGACUGGGAAGAAAAACUCCUGGGGAACUAUAUAGCAAGUCGAGGGCUGGCCAGCCUCUCCCUGCGCAAUGAGCUGUUGAGCCAGGUGGCCAGUCAAGUGUGGAAGAACCCAGACCUGGAGCAAGGCCAACGAGGUUGUGUGUUGAUGGCUGCCCUCCUGGGCUCUUUUGCCCCUUCUCCAGCUCUGGAGAAGCCCCUGUUGAAGUAAGAAAAAGGCUCCGCUCUCCACUUUUUAAAAACACCACUCAUAAAAUGGAGCCGUUUACAGAAGGAUUCUGCUUUUUUGGCGUACAGGUUUGUGUCUGACCAUGGUCUGGAUGGAUAUAACGGCGUUUGCCAGCGUAAACUCCUGAUGUCAAUGAAGCAGAUGGAAAGCGACCCAGAAGUGUCCCGUAGCUUUCCUCCCACCCAGCUGGAGUGGACUGCCAAUCAGAGGAAAGGCAAGAUGGUGUUGGAUGUUUACACCUACAAAGGUAACAGCGAAUACUUAGCAUACUCACAAGGGCAGACCUUGGUAAUAUGCCGCCCUGUGCGAGACCAUUGGAAGCCCUCACCCACAGCCGUCGUGGCACCAACUUAAGCCAGACUCUGGGAAGGAUGUGCAAGGCCCUCUACCUCUUUCCCAAAGCCCAGUAAGCGCUUGGCCAGCUUUAGGAGGGAGGCAGGAGGACUCUAGGACCCUUUCAGAGCCCUACACCUCCUUCCCAAAGCAGGGCAAGCGCUUACCAGGUUUUGAGAAGGCACCCUUCUUGGCUAUGUGCCUGAUGUGACCGCACCACUCACACUGCCCUAAAUCUGCCUGUGAUACCCAUCAGAAUUGUUGGGAACAAAUAGUAUUUCCGGACCGGGCCCUCCUUGAUUUUGCAGUUUGCAGUUGUAAGGCUUUUAUUUUAGCAUUUUGUCUUUCGCUUUUUUCCUCCCUGGCUUAGAGGAGAGGCUUUCAGCCGAAGUGGAGUCCUGGACAACAGGAGAGCAAUAUGCAGGCUGGAUCCUGAGUUCAAGGUACACACAGAAGCAAAAGGAGUAGGUUUUGAUCUGACAGUUUCUGUUGUCAGAGCAAUUGAUCUUUGAGGUCAGCAAAGGCUCAGGCUGUUAUCAGCGUGUUCUGCAGCAGCAUGAGAAGGGUAAAUAAUUAUGUAAGGACCAACCCCAGGCCGUGUUAUUACUUCCUCAUCCCAGGCUGUUGGAGUUUGUCUUUAGUCAUAAAAAUGAAUGUUUGAGCUCCCACCUUCCCUUUUUUAUUUUUUUAACUGGAAAUCCAUUUCAUGCUUUGGAGAAGUUAGACUGGCUUUGGAGAGAAGAGUGGUAUUCAUGGGCCUCAGUUCAGCUCUUUUUCCUCAAAGAGCAGUGGCCUCCCCCCAACCUCAUGUGCCCCCCAAGUGUUUUGGACUACAGUGGUACCUUGGGUUAAGAACUUAAUUCAUUUUGGAGGUCCGUUCUUAACCUGAAACUGGUCUUAACCUGAAGCACCACUUUAGCUAAUGGGGCCUCCCGCUGCCGCUGUGCCGCCGGAGCACGGUUUCUGUUCUCAUCCUGAAGCAAAGUUCUUAACCUGAGAUACUAUUUCUGGGUUAGCAGAGUCUAUAACCUGAAGCGUCUGUAACCCGAGGUACCACUGUACAAUUCUUGAUCAGCCCCAGCCAGCGUGGGCAAAACCAGAAGCCUUUUGUUUUUCCCUCUCUGCCUCACACCCAGGGCCGUCUUAAGCAUAUCCGGCGCCAUGGUGCAAAGAUCCCUCUGGCGCCCCCCCCCUUCCCAGAGUUGUCAAACCUUUCCCCAAGCCUCUGCAGGGAUCGCUCUCCUCCCACUGAGGCUUGGGAGGCAAGCUGCAUACCCACCAGCCAUAUGGUUGGCAGGGUGCCGCUGGUGGGCAUGCAGGGAAAGGGGAGGCCGCCGGCAAAGCCGCACAGCUCCCCCACUUGCUGGGGUGCCCCUGAGAGGCUGGCGCCAUGGCACAACGCGCCACUAAGCCCAAUGGGGAUAACGGCUCUGCUCUCGCCUUCUUUCUCACCCCUGUCUUCUGGCACCCUGCACUUCCUCUCUGUGUCGUAAUGUCCCCUCCCUCUGCUGAUUUCAGGGGCCUGGAUACAGUACCUCGCGGCUGGUCUGUGUCCAUGUUCACAGGCAAGGCGUGGCAGGAUUUGCCUGGUUGUGACUUUGUGCUGGAUCUCAUUGGAGAAAUAGAGGAAGGCAACUGGCCCUCUGAAUCCUCCCCUGACUAUCCUAUAACCCCAGAGUGGGAUGAGAGCUAUUCCUAUCAGAGCUCUUCAGAUAGGUGAGUGACCUCCUUCCUUGCCACUUGUCCCCAGCUACAGCCUCGAUCGUAUUCCCACAAACCUCUGCUUCUGUGACCUUACUGGCUUUCUCCCCUGGCAGGAUGCCCUUGGACAUCCCCCCUGCUCCAGGCAUUCGGGCACCUUCCGUCCCCCCACCCCCCCUGCCUCCAGACUUGGACAACAUCGCUCAUUCAGGUGAGUCCCAAUCUCAGGGCAGUGAUGGUCCUAAAUUCAAAGGCGGCUGGACAGCACCAAGGAGUGUGUGAACCUGAGUGUCUGGUUUCCAGGCUUUGAAGCAAUGUGGGCUUUGUGUGUGUUCAGUGUGUGCGGGAGACUUAAAGAGAAAAUUUUGAGGCUGUAGAAUUAGCAUAGGUAAAGGUAAAGGGACCCCUGACCAUUAGGUCCAGUUGUGGCCGACUCUGGGGUUACGGUGCUCAUCUCGCUUUAUUGGCCAAGGGAGCCGGCGUGCAGCUUCCGGGUCAUGUGGCCAGCAUGACUAUGCCGCUUCUGGCGAACCAGAGCAGCGCAUGGAAAUGCCGUUUACCUUCCCGCCGGAGUGGUACCUAUUUAUCUACUUGCACUUGACAUGCUUUCAGACUGCUAGGUGGGCAGGAGCAGGGACCGAGCAAAGGGAGCUCACCCUGUCGCGGGGAUUCGAACCGCUGACCUUCUGAUCAGCAAGUCCUAGGCCCUGUGGUUUAACUCAUAGCGCCACCCACAUCCGUAGAAUUAGCAUGGGGAAGAACAAAUGGUGCUAAGAGAGUAGGGAGGAGCUUGGCCUGAUUUGUUUCCAUCUCCCAACAGAGUCGAGCUACAGAGGUAGCUCCAGAUCCGCUGGAGGGCUGGAUCACUAUGUGGACGGUCUCUUCAUGCCUCUGCUGCAUCAUGGGGCCAGGAGUCAGACGCCAGUAAGUCUGCUCAUUUCUCAUCUGUUCAGUUGUUUGCUGCUCCUUUUCUCGUGCACUGUCCUUCCAACAAGUCUGUCUUUCCGUUUCCCGUUUCGUUUGCUAGCAUUUAGAUCUGUAGUGACCAUUCAUGUAAUUCAUAGUGAAUUACGACCCUGUCCUACGUUCAGUUGUCUGAACUCAAAGACCAAAUGAGGCGGAUAAGCUGUGUACUAAAUGUUGGGCUGUCUCUUGCUUCUCUGCAGGAUAUGGAGAGUGAAGGGAAUCUGACUGGACGCAUGAAAGGAGGUGGGAAAAUUGGACCCACUCACCAUGGAGCUUUCUCAGGUGCGACCCAAGCAGGAAAGAUCCAGCAUUUGUACAUGAUGGGGAAGGGAGUUCAGGGUUUGGUCCUUUGGGGAUGAUGGCCACCAGCGGCUGUUCUUUUAGCAAGCAUUAAGCUGUAUGUGAUCUAAGAUGUGUGUGGAAUUAUGCUCAUAUACCUGGCACACACUUCAUGCUGUUGGGUGUGAAUAAUGAGAUUCUAGACAUGCACACUUUGGACAUGUAUAAGCCCUAGGAAAUUCUGUCAGGCCUACAGAAUCAGGCAGGGACCUGCUUCCACAACAUGCAAUGGUUGCCAUUCCCAGAAUGCCCAGCAGCACCCUCACUAUAUGGCCAACUACGCCAAGGUUAUCUCAGUGCAAGUCCUAGGAGAUAUAAUUUUUUAAGGAUUUUACCUUGAAUGUCAUUUCCCCCAAAAUAAUAAGCAUUUCUAUGAGUCCUCCAUUUUCUCCAUUCCAUCAUAUUUCUACGUGUGGUGAAAUAAUUGCCUUCCCUAGAGCCAAAUGGUAGUAGGCUCCUACUUUGUGGUGGUGGUUGCUGACUAAAGAUGAGGGAGAAAUUUGGUUCCGUUCCUGUUUUAAUGCGAACCUGCUUAAUUCACACUUCCUGAAACAAUAUGAAAUGGCUUCCUGAAACAAAAAUCUGCACUUUUCUGACUUUUGUAAUGUUGUUCUCCAAACGAAACAGUGUUCAGAAAUGUGCUUAUUAGGGGUAAGUGUGCAUUGCGUAAAAAUGCACAUAUAAGUUAAAGUAACAUACAAAAAUGCAUCAUUUUAGGGGAUACUACAUGCAAAGAGGUGCCUAGGAGGAGGAGAGGUGCACACUAAAAUGCUGACUUUUCAUGAUGACUUUUUUAAAAAAACAACCUGCUAUGAAAAUGUGAUUGGAAAAAAUGAGAAACCAAAAGAACGGUGUUGCAUUUUGGGCAGGAAUUUUAAAUUCCUCUUUGCCGCUCUCUUCCAGCCUUCCCAGCCUUCUCUAGUUAUUCAAGGGGUUUGUAUGUCUCUUGUGGUGGUUUGUGUGCAUUGUGUGCUGUUGUUGUCCUUGGUGAUGUCUGGUUGCUUGUUCUGACUUGGGAAGAUACUUAGCCGGGUACCACAAGGAUGGAGCCAGCAGCCUCUAGGUUUGCUCCAAAGGUAUGGAGUGUGUGUGAAGAUUAGUAGUUAAUGGAAACCGGGGUGGGGGUGGGGAUUUGCCCGGUGCAUGUGAGCAGGACCAUCAGUAAGUCUGGCCGAUCAACUUGGUGAUAACUUUCACACGAGACACAGCAAGCCAGUCUUUCCUUCUUCCAUUAGGCUAUUCGGGAAUGAUGAACAUGCCGUCUUACCAACCUAUGCCUGUCAUGGGCGGAAUGAUGCCAGCCACCAUGCCGAUGAUGCCAACGCUUGGUGGAAUGGGAACAAUGCCAGGUAAAAAUAAUACAGAAAAUGUGGCAAGCGUUGGAACAGGUUGAAAUGCAGGAGAUUUUGAGGUGGGGCAGUGGGGAAGGCUGUCAUUCAUCCUUUGCACAAUAGAUCCCUGUGUCUCUUUUCUUACUAUCCAACUGGCUUGCUAAAAGAAGGCUGAGAAGAAAAUGCGUAAGUUUAAAAACAAGUCUUCUUGCCUCAAUGUGUUACAAACAACAUAAAAGCAUGUGGAAUGUACUCUGCAACUGUACUUCUGCUUCAGUCAUGCUUUAACAACUAUUUUACAAGCUUUUUUGGAUUCACUGAAUAUAGUAUUGGAAAGAGGAGAGUUAGUAUGGAAUUGUGUUGAAUUUUGCAGUCCUGUCCCCUGAUAAUAUUAUCCCCAUCUGGGAAGAAGAGCCUCUGGUUGCUGUGCAUUCAACAGGAAGUAACCACAUACUAUGUGGAUCUCGGACGUUAGCUUGAUGAGCCUUCAUAGAUGUCUCUUUCUCUCACUCAGCUAUGGCUAUGCCUCAGCCUCAGCCCAUUAUGCCAUCAGUGGAUCCAAACCAGAUAGCUGCACAGCAACAAGCCUUCAUCAACCAGCAGGCCAUGCUCAUGGUAAGUGAAAGGGUUAAGAACAAUGGGCGAUGAGCAAGUGAGUACAAGGAGCUUUGGAAACAUAACUAUGCUGUUGCCUUUUGCCAUGAAUCAUGUCUCACUUGCCAGUCGCCUGCUAAAAUGUUUAUUAUGCACCACAAGUGUCCGGUUGUUAGGUUUUUAAUUCUUCUCUCAAAUGUUGUUUUUGUGUUCCUAACUGUUUUUAAUUAUUUUAUGUAUAAAUCGCCUUGGGAUGGCGGUUUAGAAGUCAGUUAAUGAAUUAACUGUAAUAACAAACAAACAUAUAAGUGCUCUUAGUAGCUUCAUCCCUUCUCUUUCCUCCAAUAUGUAUCUACUAGUCUCAAAAUCCCCCGGGUUAAAAGCCUGAAACUGCCAUGUUGAUCAGGCCAAAGCUCCUGAAAAAUUGGAUUUCAUGUUUCAGGCUCAGCAGAUGACCCUUCAAGCCAUGACAAUCUCCCAGCAGCAGCAGCAAAAGGAGCAACAGCGCCAGCAAAAAGACAGGUCUCCUGAGCUUUCAAGGCCAAGACGAACAUCACCACAGAGGAGGUCACCUGAAUUUUCAAGGCGAAGUCGAGCAUCAGAACAGGAGCGAUCGCCUGAAUCUUCAAGGCCGAGGCGAGUGUCACCACAGGAACGGUCACCAGAAUCUUCAAGGCCAAGGCGACUGUCUCCUCCUCCACACCUGCCAGCUCCAGCUGCUAAACCCAAGAGCCUCAAAAGCACCACCAAGCAAGAUGCAUCAGUGCCUGAUCUACAAGAAUCUCCAUCUCCGCCACCAGCACCGGUACUGGGUGUCCAGCAAGUAUUCCUCUGUAGAAAUGCCCGCACGACUUCUGCAUCAUAGCGUGGUUUCUGCAAAACCAAACCUUAAAGCAUUGGUCUUCCAGAUGUUGCUGAUUUGCAACUCCCAUCACCCCCAGCAAGCAAGGCUAGUUGCCUGGGAUGAUGGGAGUUGUAUACAACAACAUCUGGGAGUUGUAGUUCAGCAACAAAGGUUCCCCACACCUGACUCUAAAGAGAGAAAGAGCUGAACUCUGGCCAUGCUGCUUUAUGAUUUUACGCUCCCGUUGCUCGGUCCUAGCUCCUGCCAACCUAGCAGUUCGAAAGCACGUCAAAGGGCAAGUAGAUAAAUAGGUACUCCUCUGGCGGGAAGGUAAACGGCGUUUCCGUGCACUGCUCUGGUUCACCAGAAGUGGCUUAGUCAUGCUGGCCACAUGACCCAGAAGAUGUACCUUGGCCAAUAAAGCGAGAUGAGCGCCGCAACCCCAGAGUCGGCCUCGACUGGCCCUAAUGGUCAGGGGUCCCUUUACCUCUACUAUUAGCUUGUUAGAACUCAGAUCUGAUUCUCACAAACAGCAGAUAACAUUCUAAACCUUUGCCCAAGUGGGGGCUCACAUGACUGAAUGCUACUCAAUACAAAAAGAGGUUCCCUCUAUAUAGAAAAGAUGCAAAGGUGAAAGCCAGAAUUCUUUCCCUGACAUCUAGUUUUGUUGGGGUUUUCCUUUAAAAAAACCUUAAUGGGGGAGCAUUUAGUCAUGUGAGCUCCCACCUGCAGCUUGCAGCGUUAAAGCCCAGGCACGGGUUUCUUUUAAACUAGCUUUGAGUUGGGCAUGACUGAACUGCCACAAAAUGCUAUAUAUGGGGUGGGGAGAUGGCUCCUCGUUUUUUCAGACAUCCCUGACUAGGAUCAGUCAGUGAGGCCUAACUGAGGAACAUAUUGGGUUAUGUGUUCUAGAUCCCCCUCCUCCACGGAAACCAGUCCUCAGACAUCAGAGAGGACCCCAUCUCUCGAGAGUCAUUCCAGAAGAAAGUGGAGUUCUUCCAGAAAAUUGGUGAGCCACUUCACGCUGUUGCCCUGGGCUUCAUCCCAGACGGGGCAUCAUUCCAUUUUUACACAUCAGUAUAUUUUCAUGCUCCACACUAAUACAAAUUACUAUAAUUAUUAACUGCUUUGUGGUACUAAUUCAUUCCUGAGGGGAGUGCCAGUGUUUUGUAAGAACCCGAGUGUAUUCCUGGGGAAUAAACAUUAUUUUGAGUUCUGCCAAGGAAAAAAUAAGUAUCUCUAGGUGAAUGGGAGGCAAGAUGAGGAACCUCUAUUGACAGGUCAGUCUUGUGCUUCCAUGGCUCAACUGUUUGGGUUGAGGAUGAAAAUUCCCCCACCCCCCGGUAAAUCCUACUAGGAACAUUUCUUCACCACCAUCUUUAGCAGCCUUCCUCAACGUUGUGCCCUGUGGAUAUUGUCCCAUCUGCCCCAGCCAGCAUGGCCAGAAGUCAGGGGUAAUGGGAACUGUAGUCCAAAACACUUGCAAACACCAGGUUAAGGAAGGUUGAUCUAUAUCUGUGUGUACUUUACUAAACUCUCACCUAAGGUAUGACACGUUUUAUGUCCCUUCUGCUGUGCUUGUGGCACACUAUCACUGAAAAUAAAGAAAUACAGUGGUACCUCGGGUUACAGACGCUUCAGGUUACAGACACUUCAGGUUACAGACUCUGCUAACCCAGAAAUAGUACCUCGGGUUAAGAACUUUGCUUCAGGGUGAGAACAGAAAUACUGCUCUGGCGGCGCGGCAGCACCAGUAGGCCCCAUUGGCUAAAGUGGUACCUCAGGUUAAGAACAGUUUCAGGUUAAGAACGGACCUCCAGAACGAAUUACGUUCUUAACCCGAGGUACCACUGUACAGUUGUACCUUGGUUUUGGAACAGCUUAGUUUCCGAACGUUUUGGCUCCAGAACGCCGCAAUCCCAGAAGUGAGUGUUCUGGUUUGCCAACAUUCUUUUGGAACCCAAAUGUCUGACCUUCCGCAGCUUCCGAUUGGUGGCACGAGCUUCCUGCAGCCAAUCAGAAGCCGUGCUUUGGUUUCUGAACCUUUUGGAAGUCGAACGGACUUCCAGAAUGGAUUCCAUUCCGACUUCCAAGGUCCGACUGUAAAAAACAUUAAAGGAGGAUGCACAGUCAGUUUAGGGAGAAGGGGUGUUUUGGGGAACAUCCUAAGGGCUAGGCAGAGAAGCCAGGAGGGGCUCAUUGAGUCCCCAGGCCUGAUGUAGGCUGAUCUGCUAAUAUGGGGCUGAUUUACAAGUUCCUUCCAACCAACAGUGGUUUGUAUUUGGUAUUCUAACUGGACUGAUGAUGCCAGUCCAGGUUUAAGAAAUUGUUGGUGCUUGAUUGCCCCUGCUUCUCCACACAGGGCAGCAGAAAAGUCAUGUGAAGAAAGCACCUCCUUCUCCAAAGAGGUGGACACCUCCAAAUAAACCAUCAUCAGAAGACCAAGAGACUAGCCCACAACCAAAUUCAGGUAAGUUCUGGUCAUGAAUAUAGUCUUCGCAGAGCCUUUUCAUUCCUUGCUGGCUACCUCACUUGCCCAUUCUAGCUUCAGUAAUGGAGAUGGAUUGCAGCUAAAUAAGGAAGUAGCAAAAUACUUAUGCAUGAGAUUGGGAAGGCGCUAUGUAGAAAGAGCUAGCCAGGGGUAGAGAAGUGUGUAAGGUAGAAACAAGGCAAACUCUUUUUGCUUAUUUAGAAAACAAGCACGCACACCUUUUCUCUUAAUCCUCUGCUGCAGGUUCGCCACACUCUACACAGACAGAAAAUGACCAACAUUCUCAACCAACCCAGGAGAUACGGAGGAUCAUCAAAACUCACAAGGCUCAGCCUGUCCCACCACCAAAACCCAUCAUCCCACUCAGGUGAGGAAUGGACCUGAGCCUGGUCACGGAAUUAGAACUCCUUUUAGAUAUUUGUGCCUGCAGAAGCUUCCAUGGUUGCCCCUGUGCCAAUCAGAGAACAUCUAAAGGUUUGGUGGGUUGCCACAAUGUUGGGCUUGUCCACAUGUCACAUUAAAGCCAUAGCUAAUGCCAACCGUUGUUAACAUUAUCCUUCGUUUAUGAAGCUUGGUUAAAGAGGAAGUACGAUCGGAUUAACCUUGGUUUGUUAUGCUGCAGCUGAGUUUAUCUGAGUUAAUCUCAGUGCCACCCAGUGGCGUGCGGUGAAAUUUUUUGUAGGAGAACAAUUAGGGCAUGGGUAGGCAAACUAAGGCCAGGGGCCAGAUCCAGCCCAAUCACCUUCUAAAUCCGGCCUGCGGACGGUCCGGGAAUCAGUGUGCUUUUACGUGAGUAGAAUGUGUCCUUUUAUUUAAAAUGCGUCUCUGGGUUAUUUAUGGGGCAUAGGAAUUCGUUCAUUAUUUUUCCCCCAAAAUAUAGUCUGGCCCCCCACAAGGUCUGAGGACUGGCCCCCUGCUGAAAAAGUUUGCUGACCCCUGAGUUAGGGCCAGAGGAGCCAGCUUGCAAGGGCGAUGGGGGAGGGGAUGUUGUGUGUGUGAGCAUCAUGCCCCGCUCCCUGUCGUCGCAUUGCACCUCCCUCCCUAAGCCAGGCAGAAGCUUCCCAGGCUUUGGAAGGAGGCACCAGGCAUUAAUACCAUAAUUUACCAUGAACAUUUAGGAGACUAGCCUAAUCCCUCAAGUACACUGACCACACACCAUUGGUGCACCUUCUCCGUGACUCCAACUUGUUAUCAGAGGCCUUUGUGGCACCCUUUCCCUGGCAAUGCCUCACUGUGCCAGUGGCAUCACUAGCCUGCUUGUUAUUAUUGGCUGGUCAGACAGACGCAGUGGGCCCAGCAAGGCCAAUGCGGUUAGCUGCUUCGCAAACCGUGAACUUCCCAAGGGGCUGGAUGUUGCCUGUGCACGAACCAUCUUGUCAUAGCAACCCAACAUGGGCAGAACUCUCUAGCUGUUCUUUGGCCAACAUGGGAGGAACGGCAGAGUUGUCCAGUUGCAUUUGUAAGAGACUGUCUGAAGAAGGGUCUCUGAGGACAGGCGUUUUGUUGACUUUUACUGUUGGCCCAUGCAGCUAACUCCACCAGAGCUGGUUUUAAGUUUUUCCCCUCCUAUUUGACUUACAGAAACGUCUCUAAACCUUUCGUGAAGAAGAAUGACCCAAAGGAGGAAGCUCUGGCAAAGCUGGGGAUUGUGGGACACUCACAGGUGAGUAAUAGCUUGUAACUUCCAGAUGGUUUCUGUUGCGACACACCUAGAAAAACCAAUGUGGUCAGCGGCCAAAGUCCUGUUGGGAUUCUCCAAUUAGCUGUCAGGGUGGCAAUAAAAAUGAGAGAAAUCCAUAUAAGCCACUACAUGUUCCUUAGAGAGAAAAAUUGGGAUACAAAUAGGACAAAUAACAAACAAAAUAUAUAUACCAAGUGUGACUGGAUAUCAGAAGGCUCCAGACUUUUAUCGAUACAGACUUGCUGUACUACCAUCACCCCUCUGUCUGCACCUCUGCUUUUGGAGCAGCCGCAUGAGAGCCAUCUGGUUGAAGCUUAUUUGGGUUUUAGAAAGAUGCUUGAGAUUGAAAUGAGGAAAGUAUCACAAUUUUCGUUAAGAACCAUUCACCACUAACUCUGAUCCCGAUGUCCUUGGAAGGCAAACUUUUGUUGAUUUACAAUGCAGUAAGCUCACUUUGGGGGUAACUUCCCUGCCACACCCAAGUCACCUGGAGUCUUGUUACUGGUAUGGUUACUUUAACCCUCCAGUCCAGGCCUGCUGGAGUGGGUUAUCCAGAGAAGUAGCGACACGGAUGUCUCUUGUCUCCUGCAGUUUACGAGAUUACUGCCAGAAAGCUUUCCUAAGUGGGUUAAAUUAAGCAGUUUGUUUGCUCUUCAGCCUUCCAUGUUGCUACUCUAGGACUGCAGGUGUGACCUGUGGCCAUGUUUAAAACACGUCUCUGCCUUGCUUUUUCUUUACGCAAACAGCUGUCCUCUGCAUCACCAGAGGGGAGCCCCCAAGCAUCUCCUCCUCCACUGCCACCACCUGGCAAGUUGUCCAGCUCCAUCAAAGAAAAGCAGCUGCCCCUCAUGAACCUAUUUGCUCGGCCGCCACCAACCUCCCCUCCUAACCCGGAGGUUCCUCCUCCCCCCAUUCAACCUCCACCAGCCCUUCCUUCGGACUACGCUUCAGAAGAAACUGGCAUGAGAGGUAUGUGGAGGAGCUUAGACUCUGCAGCCUUGACUUUGUGAUUAGUGAGUUGAUCUUCUCAUCCCCUGUGCCUGCUGAUUAACUGUGGCUCAUCUUUAGGGUGCAGAGCUAUGUGCUCGCUAUCCAUUCAAAGCACAUUUCCUGUCCUCAAAGAAUCCCGGGCACUGUGAUUUAUUAUUAAGGGUUGCUGGAAAUCGUAAUUCUGUGAAGGUUAAACUGCAGUUCCCAAGAAUUCUCUGGUGGAAGGGAUGUGAUUCGAAUGUGUUUUAAAUGUAUGUACAGUGGUAUCUCGGGUUACAAACACUUCGGGUUACAGACUCUGCUAACCUGGAAGUAGUACCUCAGGUUAAGAACUUUACCUCAGGAUGAGAACAGAAAUCACGCAGCGGCAGCGGGAGGCCCCAUUAGCUAAAGUGGUACCUCAGGUUAAGAACAGUUUCAGGUUAAGAACGGACCUCUGGAACGAAUUAAGUUCGUAACCAGAGGUACCACUGUAGUGUGUAUGCACCUUGGGGCUGCCUUCCCUGCGUCUGAUGGGAGUUGUAGUCAUAGCAUCUGCAGGGCCACCAGGUUGGGGAAGACUGGUAUGGGCCACAAUUCAAAGUGCUGGUCAUUAUCGAUAAGAGGCCUGUUAGAAAUAAUGUCUUCUUCCACAUGCCUCUGCCAAAGCCCUUCUUUUCAUUGCAAAGACCGCCAUUUUUAUUAUUGUGUGUAUCAUUAUUCUUUAUAAAACCCUUAAUAAAAAUUAUUAUCUGAGGCCAUUGUGUGAGUCUCUCGACACCUGAAGUUAGGCAGGUGAAGACCAAGGAGAGUUUUCUCAGUGCCCAACAUAUGAAUCGUUUCCCCCUGAGAAGCUGACAUGACAUCUACCUUGAUAUCUAUUUGACAUCAGGCAGUGGUUCCAAUUUGGACUUUUAGCUGGUCUUAAAUAUCUUCUUCAGGAUAUUGCUGACUUUGCUUACUCUGUGGCUUUAGCUUAUGUGUAUUGUUAUUUUAUUCAGUUUCUUGUGUUCGUUUUUAUUAUUUUAAAUAGUACACAGCCUGGGGAGCCUUGUAAUGUAGGGCAGUUUAGAAAUUCACCCAACCAGCAAAAACACUUCCCUUUUAGUAAGUUGUUGUUUUAGAAAGCUUUUUACCUACCUUAUGGAUACGGUAGGCUAUAAAUCUCAACAAUUCAACAAAUCUACAACAAUAUUUACUGAAACCCCUAAAAGGGGAGUUAGAUGAAUGAUGCUUUCUUAUUUUGGGGAGAACAUGACGGUGGAUAGUGAAGAUCUUGGCAGUACACUAAUAUAUUGAUUUGUAAGCCCCUUUGAGGGCCGCUUUGGUGGAAAAGUGACAUAUAAUUGGUGAAGCAACCGUAAUAAUAAUAAAAUCCCUUCUUCUGACAUCCCUUUUGUUACACUUAGACUCAGCUCAGACAGUGGUGGAAGACGGCGGGAUCAGAACCCAGCUCUUAGGACACUCUGCUAGUGUUACUUUCUCCUAUGCCAACCCUACUUGGAAGCUCUUCCUACGCAAAGAGGUAUGUCAAGGUCCAUUGCAUCCCAGUGCUGUUUUCUGGAAGUGGGAGAACUGGCCAAUCCAGCUUUGCCGUGUACAUCUGUGAUGGGAGCAUCUCACAAGAGCUGGGAAUCCUGGUCAUGUGACCUGUCACGGACACUGCUCUGCUUUGUCCUGCUUUUCAAAUUGAGCUGGAACCAUCUCAGUGUGUUCCCUCGUUCUAGGAAGUGCAACAAAACAAGUGUUGUGGUAAAGACAUGCGAUGGCACGGCCUCAUGGUCUCUCCCACCGUGAUAAAUUCUGCAGGUUUGGAGUAGGAACAAUCCUGGGAAUGGUAAAGGAGGAAAAUAAAUUCUGAAUAGGUGUGAUGACCACAAGGCCUGGGGCAGAUAUAAAUCCACACACUGUGAUAGGGAUUGAUUUGGACUCUCUGUCAUGUUUGCAUGCCUUGCCCUGAGGAAGACAGGAGAUGAAGAGCAAGAAUGGGACUCCUCACUCUCCCUAUGCCAAGUGUGUUGGGUGGGCGAGUUGUGUAAAGAAUUGGCUGUUCUUCUUCUUUGAACUUCAGUCAAAACUGUGUCCUUAAAAAAUGAACUCACACCAGUCCACUGGAUCACUGGUUGGCUUGGAUGGUGAGAGAAAUGGUUACAUAUUUUGAAGACAGCUUUGUGUUUGUUUCCCAACAGGUUUUUUACCCCAAGGAAAACUUCAGUCAUCCUUAUUGCUUAAAUUUGUUAUGUGACCAGGUGAGCAGCAGCGGGGGUGGGGUGGGAGUGGGAACUCACUUUCCUUCUUCUUGGUCCAUUAACAUCUGAACAUUUCUUUCUUUCCCCUUUUUCUUCUCCUUGGGUUUUUGUGCCUUCUUAACAACAACAACAACAACAAGGACUUUAUUUGCGUAGCCAACAGGCCAUAGCAUCAAAGGACAAACACCGACAAAAAUACGUUACAAAUAUAGUUACUUUUUUUUUUUUAAAUUGAUAUUUAUUAAAUUUUCAAAAAGUAACAAGUAACAACAAACAUCUCCAAAAAAAAAAAAAAAAAAUUUAAAAAUACAAAUAAAACAGAAACAAUACAGAAAUAGUAAAAAAGAAAAAACCCAGCCGCAAAAAAGAAGAAAAAAGAAAAACAGACAAACAGAAAUAUAAAAUCCUUUACGAUCUCCAUUAACUUCCUUUCUAGACUUCCUCCUCCUUCCGUCUCUUGUUUCUUAGUAUUUAAUUUUUACAGCAAAUCCUUUCUGUUUUUUCAUAACAAUCUAUCAUUGCGUUUCCUUAUUCUAUUUUCCCUCUUGUCAUAUAAAAACUUUAAAACUCAAAGCUUAUAUUCAAUAUUUAGCAAAUUCUUACAUCAUUACCUUUUUCAAAUCAUUUACCAAUCCUUACUUAAGUCAUAUAAUUUCAUUCAACAUCCUUCAAACAUUUAUAAACAUUCCCAAUAUUAGAAAAUAAGAAAGCAAAAACAAUAAGUCAGAUUCAAUCCAGUCAACUUCCAGCCUCCCUCCCCUGGACCCGGGAUUGUCAGUCCUUUUAACCUCAAUAAUCCGGCUCCUUAACCUGGUUGUCUCAUAUCCGAGGCCCUCAAGUCUCUUUCUUGCCCCUUUCGCCACUCUUGUUGAUAUUUCCCUUUCAGUCGUGGAUACUCCAGCAAGAAGAUGCUUUUGACUCUUUGCAGCAAGUCCAUCCCAAACCCAUUGCCCAAGCCAGACAGCAGAUAAUACCACUUCCAAUUUCCACGAAACUUGGAGACUUCGACUACUCCAUUCCUCUGAUGGCCCAUCACUAGACUCGGAAAGUCCAAAUAACCAUAUAGAGGGGUGUCAAUCCAUCCCCCCAUUUCCAAAUCUGACCACAUUUCAUCUUUCCGAAUCAGGUUUGUCCCAAGUUCAUUUAUCAAGUUCAAAGGCUGAUCUUGCCCAUCCAUAGGUCCCUCCAUCUCUGAAGCCUCCGUCGCUACAGCAGGUUCAUAUACUUGUAUAGACUUUAACUGAAUUUCAUUUGUUUGCUGCUGUGCUCUGGUAACUUCCGUCCUCAUCAAGGUCGACUCCUGACGCAUCUGGUCCAGCUGGGCACUUAAUUUUGCAAAACCUUCCAGGAACACUUGUUCAAGCCUUUGUACAAGCAUUGUCCUUCAAGGUCAGAAAAAAUUCUUUCCCACGAGAAUGAUCCUUCUCUUUUAAACUCUCUGCAUUGCAAUUUCACUCAGUUCCACUAGAUGGAAAACCCUUUUUUUUUUAUUUUUUAAGAGGGGGAAAAACAACAGUAACAAUCUUUCUUUUUCCAGAAACACUUUAUCCAAAAUUCCCCCUUUCAAAUUCAAGAGGCAACAGUAGAAUCAAAAUGUUACCCUUCUUUUAACUAUCUGUCGAGCUGGAUAAGCUUCAAAACGUCAGUUCUGACAGCCCGCUCCUGGUUCAGGGCGGUGGAAAAUUACUUUAUUUUAAACUCACUCCCGCAGGGUUGAAAAGAUCAAAACAACCCCUUCUUCUCCUGCAAUCGAAGGGGGUUCAGAAAUCUUAGAUGUUGAAUUUUAGUUCUCUCAGAAUUUAGUUUCCAGGCUUUAGUAUAAUUUGUCUUUGCUUUCUUCACGUAACAAAAGAACGGAAGGCGACUUCCUGUUUAGACCUUUCCGUUCCGAGUCCCAAUUAAAUUCAAUUUCAAGUUCAAGUCCAAUGUUAUUUAUUUAUUCACCAAUCUUAAAAGUAGUUCAGCUCUUCCAGGAUCGGGUACUCACGGAUAGAUGUUUUAGAUGCCAAAUUGUCCAGGAAAAAGGCAGCGCUCUCCGAAACGGCAGUGCGGCUUUGCUGCACGGAGGAAGCAGACGACUCACAGCACCACGCACCUCCACUCCGGAGCCCGUUACCGGGCUCCUGUACAAGGGAGAGAGCGCUCUCGGUGCCCGCCGAGUCCCACGCCCACAGGCUUCUUCCGCCUGUGGUUUUUAAGGGUCCCCGCUGCGCCGUAGCGGCAGGACCCAAGCCUCCGUGCAGCGGGUUCCCUUCAGUUCGAAGGGAAUUCCGCCAUUUUUCGGAGGCGCCACCCCGGAAGUCCUACAAAUAUAGUUACUGUAUAAUCUUAUGGCCUAUUAAAACCCUAGGUAAAAGCUGGAUUAUCAUUCAUCAAUGACCCUCUGUCCCAUGGGCGGCGGCCUUUUCUCUGGUAGAUUGUUCCAGGUCGGUUAAGUAAAUAGACCAGCCAAAUUGAAAGAAUAUAAAUAUAAAUGGUCAGGACAGGGAGAAAGAUAAUAAUAACCAGAUGCAGAUAAAUUAAUAAUCUCAGUACUUAAAACUUGGCAGAGAUAAUAAAAUACUAAUAAUAAAACAUAAUGAUAAUAAUGAUAAGAUUCUAAGCGAGAAAUCCGGGUGACGACACUGAUUUCAUUCAGAUGGCAGCUCUCAGUCUCAUUGCUCUCUUGAUAAAUUUAGCAACCUUCUCUGUUGUCGAGCUGUUCUGGUCAGCUAGGAGUGAGAACAAUUUGGCUUCACAAGAGCGGCCCGGGAUGGCAGAUAGGAGUGGCGUGAUGGUCUCGUCCCUGAGAUCUUUAUAUAGGGAACAAGACAGGAGAACGUGUGACACAGUCUCUACGUAGCCAGCUCCACAGGGGCAGAGCCGGUUCUCUACCUUCAAGAACAGCUGAGGGUAACAUAUUUAGUCUGGCCAAUGUAAAGGCCCGCCUGAGUUUUGGAAUAGUUAAGGUAGACAAAUAAGGUGCCCGAAAAUCAAAGUGGGAGGGGGGCAGAUAAGCGUACCAAGCACUAAAUUUCUUAAUAUAAGCCAGAUUAUUCUGCUGCUCAAUAUUCUUCAUGCGCUGGUCAAUAAUGGUUUUGGGGAGACCCAUUUUCAGGAGAUGCUGUGCUUGGAGUGUGCCUUCUUAAAUCCACGCACCUGCUUUCUGCUUUGAGCUUUGAGCUUCAAAGCUCUUGGACUGAUGUUUCCAGUAAGACGUAUGUGAGUCUAAUCAAAGUCUAUCUUCUUUGCUCCCUCUCAGAUCAUGACAGACACUUAUUCAGAGUCAUGCAUUCGGAUCUCCAAAGAGGAGAAGCGUAAGAUGAAAGACCUGUUGGGUAAGCAGCCCCCUCUCCAACCACUCAACCCUAACCCAUGCCCCAUAUAUCUUGGGGACAUACAGUUUCUUCCUGGAAUUAAAAAGGCUUCUUGGAUGCAUCUGCCACAGGCUGUGCAUUAGGGAUGUGUGGACUGUCAUGUGCAUAUCCUGUCUUAUAGCACACUUUGUGCUGCCUCGGUAUUUUAUUAACUUAUCAAACAACCACCUAAGAUUCCUCUUCGUUCCACAAGUGUGAUUCAACAGAUGUUAGAGUUGCCUCUACAUUUUUGCAGAUAUAGUAUUAUAUUACCUGUCCUUCACUCUAAAAUCCCAGGGUGAGUUACAACCAUUUAAUGCAACAUUUAAACAGGUUAAAAAAAAAGUUUUUACUGAUUUUCACGGACAACAGAGGUACAUUUGGUGUGAGACAUUGCUGUCAUAGCAAUUGUGAGGUUUGGUGGCAGGAGGUGGGGAGAGUUGAGAGAAAGAAGUGGGGUGGUGAUUUUGCUAUCAGAAUAUCAGAUUCCUGCUUCUAGAAUUUUGCUUUCCUUGCUUGAAACAUUUGGGGUUUGGUGCUGCUUAACUAAGGGGGCUGACUAAAUGUACGAGCCCAUUUCUCCAGCAGAGUUAGCACAGCUUAACUCUGUUAAGACUACUAAUGACAAAUUUGAACCAUUUCCUGUCUCUGCUGAUGAAACGUUUUCCUUUCUGCAUCCUUGCCAGUGGAGUUCCAGGUGGGCAUGGAUGCCAGCUCCAUUCUAGAUGAUGGGAUAAAGAAGAGGAUUGUGGUAGCUGCUCGUGAUAACUGGGCCAACUAUUUCUCUCGCCUUUUCCCAGUUAAGGUAAGUCAGGCUAGCUGUUGCUUGAGGGACCUGGGACCUUGGUCUCCUGUAGUGGGACAGGGCGGGGGGAGAGACUCUCUUGGGUUUUGCUUGCGAGUUGGGUGGGUGAUUUGUUUAUGUCCCUCACCCUUUCAUUAGCUACUACUCAACAUUGGUGUUGACUCUACCUAGGUCACUACUUGGAAUGUUUUAAACAGUUAAACUAACAACAACAACAACAACAACAAAAACUUUUAUUUAUACCCUGCCCUCCCCAGCCAAAGUCGGGCUCAGGGCGGCUAACAUCAGAUAUAUAACAUUAGUAUAAAAUCAAACAAUAAUUAAAUUACCUCCUAAAAACAGGUCAAAAUCAAAUAAAAGUCUAAUUAGAUGGCUUUCCGCAGGGUUAGGGUUGGGAACAGUACGUGCUCAUCAGCCCAACUGUGAAGCCACAAGCUUCAAGUUAAAGCUCAUCCCAUCCGUUACCUGAUUGUAUGGUGUCUUAGGCAAGCCAUGAUCCCCUCAGUGUCCUAUCUUCAAGCAGUUGGGGGCAAGGGUUGGAGAUGGAGUAAGAAAAUAGUACCUCACAGGGCUAAUGUAAUAAGGAAAUACAGUGGUACCUCGGGUUACGUACUUAAUUCGUUCCGGAGGACUGUUCUUAACCUGAAACUGUUCUUAACCUGAAGCACCACUUUAGCUAAUGGGGCCUCCUCCUGCUGCUGCGCCGCCAGAGCACAAUUUCUGUUCUCAUCCUGAAGCAAAGUUCUUAACCCGAGGUACUAUUUCUGGGUUAGUGGAGUCUGUAACCUGAAGCGUAUGCAACCCGAGGUACCACUGUAAUUUAUGUGACUAUCUCAGAAUGCUUGAAAUGCUCUGCAUAUAUACAAGGUGGUACUAUUCAAGCAGGCCUAACACAUCCUCAAAGCCAAACCAAAUGCAUUCAGAAUAAUCCAGUGUUUGUGUGUGUGAAACUUGUUGUACCUGAACAACUUAAUGCUGCAGUUGGGAGGUUGCAUAUUUGAAAGCUGGCCAAUGUGCGUAUUGAGAGGGGGAGACUCCCUGCACUUAGGAAAUGACCUCAUUGGCGAGGAGAUACUGUCGUGUUGGCCUUUCCCUGGUGAAUAAGUUCUCCAGCCCAGUUUAAUCAACAGCUAGUUGAGUGGCAAUAACUUUUCUGCUCAGCAUGUCAUGCUGCUCUGCUUCCUUAUCGAGGAACAUAGAAAGCUGCCUUAAUGGUUGCUCAAGCUAUAUAUAUAUCUGCUGAGCCCAGUGUACUGAUUAGUGGCAGAUCUCCAGGGUCUCAAGCAGAGAAGGCCCUUUUCCAGCACCCACUUCCAGUAUUCUUUUCUUACACAUGAACUGCCGUGGGUUGAACAUGAGGCCAUCUGCUUGCACUCCACCACUGGAAUCAUGAAGGCCGGCAGUUGUAAGGUGUGGAGUGUUAAGCAUGAUAAGUUGUCCACCCACCGCAGCAUGCCAAUGCUAUUCACACAAAGUGACGUGACCUGGUUUAAAUGAGACAUAGGACACCUGGAACACACCACACAGUUAUAUUUUCCUUAUACGCCUCCCCCUAUGUUUAAAUGAGGUUUCCCCCCUUCACAGUGCUCUGUUUCAUUAUGCUUAAGCAUAAUGGCUUCUCUCUCUAUCCCUCCAUCUCGCUUGGUCUGGCCCCCAAUGGACACAUCUCAGAGUUGGUUGCCCUGCAAGAUUUUCUGACGCUUCUUGCUAUCUCUGCACUAAAGGUGCCCCUCAGGCCACCACAAGACAUUCUGUCAGUCUUUUCCUCCUCUUUAUUAAAGGGAGAAAAUGGGAGUGAUGUUCAGAUUCUGGGUGUUUCUCACCGGGGGCUCAGGCUGCUGAAGAGAGCAAAAGCAGCCAGCUUCAAUGCUGAGCAGCUGAAAACCCUUUGCAGCUACAGGUAAGAGGCAAUAAAAUCCAGCUUUAAGGAGAUGGUGGUGGGUUUUGGGUUCAUGAGGUUGCUGAGAAGCUGCAACAAGUUGACCCAAACCUGAUCACUUUGUGGACGAAUGCAUAAUAUAGAUCUAAGAAGUUGGCUGUAAGUUGGAACGCAUCCAAAAUUAUUAAGAUUUGUAUACUGCCCUAUACCUGUAGAUCUCAGGGCGGUUCACAAAAUGGCACAGCUCUGUAGGAAAAUCUCUUUGGGGAGAGUUUGAUGACAUUCAGGUUCCCAGUAGGAUUCAGAACAUGUGUUGCUCUUUAUGGCUAUAGCAAAACAUCUCUCCCCUUCCUUUGGUAUGCCCACUUCCCUUUGCGCUGUUAGAUUGUAAGUCUGUGGUCAGGGCCUGUCUUGUGUACAUUAACUCCCUUGCAGCACCUGAGAUCUUUGGUAGUUAUAUCUUCUGAUUCUCUCUCACAAGAUCAACUGAUUCCCCCCCCCCCAUGGCAUUUAUGUACCAGUCUUAACAAUAUUUAUCUCAGGACAGUUUACUAUGCAUAUUAAUAAAGCAAAAACAAGAAUAAGAGAUGCAGCAAAACAAUUAAAAUCAGUAAUCAAAGAAUACAUUUAGUGUGUAAAUUGAAAAUAUGAAACAUGGCUUGGUUCAGUUGCUUGAUUCAUCUGGAGCUAUUAACUCUGCACACUGUGGUCUGUUUUGGAUGAAUGGGUUUGUGUGGGAGUCAUGGAGGGAUGAUCUAAGCAAGGGAAUGGGGCAGGAUGGCCUUUGCCUCUUCUUUGCAUCUUCUCUCCUUGCCCAUGUCUUGGCACCUUUUCUGCUUGCUAUUAUUUGUGCACCAACCUUGGAUUUCUUUCGAGCGGCAUCAAGGCAAGGAAGGUCCCAGGGGCCUUAGUGAGGUGCAGCCACUGAACUCAGCCAGGUAUAAAGGCCAGCUACGAACCACAUUCUCUGGGUUUUUCCAGUUAUUCAGAUGUGCUGUCCUUAGAGCUGAUGGACCGCAAUACCCUUCAGUUCUCUCUGAAGGAUGAGCAGCUCAUCCUUCACUCUCGAAAGGCUCGGCAGAUUAAGACCAUGGUGGAGCUCUUCCUGCUUGAACUGAAAAAGGUGAGAGAAAGCGCCUUCGAAACACCUUUACUCUUUGCUUAAGAAAAGUACAGGACUCACUGCCACCACCUCCAGAAUAACCACACCUCCUUAAUUGUGCUAUUCCUUCCUCUCUCCGCUCCUCCCCGCCAAAAGGACUCCAACUACGUCAUAGCUUUGCGCAGCUAUGUAACAGAUGACAAGAGCCUCUUGAGCUUGAAGAAAGGCGACUUCAUCCAACUACUGCGCAUGGAGGGACUGGAGCCAGGUGAGAGGGUCUGGCCGUGAAAGACCACGUUAUUGUUCAAAGGUUCCUUCCACAUCUCCAGGUCCUUAGCAACUUGCAUGCCUGCUACAGACAUAGCAGCAUAGUACUUGGUCGGUUAAAACAUCCCAAUACAAAUGAUUUGAGCAGGGAGUGCACUGCAAUUAACCAGCUGCUCAAUCUUGCUCUUAAGGAUCAAGCUCCAAGGAAUCCUGGUCUUCCCAUUUGCAGCCAGAGUGAGCUGUGCACAGCAUGGAUUGGCUAAUCCCUGUGAUACCAUCUCCAUUCUGCUUCAGAGAAGUUUUUCAUAAAAUUAUCGUAGGUUUGGUUGUUUUCAAAAGGAGGUUAGAAGCCAGCAUUCACUUGAAUGACUCUGCAGUCCUGUGCUUUAAAAAACCUAAAACUUCCCAAAAAAAGGGCAGACAUUCCCCUAAUUUCCCCCCCUGAAAGCGCCAGACAGUGGGGGUGGGGGAAACAAGACAACUGAUUGAAUCCAGAGUAUUGAUUGUAAAAAACAGAAGAAAGGAAAAGGAAGCCAGAAUUGUCCUGCUGAUACAAAAUUCAAUUACUGGGUGCUUUUAUUUAUGUUCACCUGUGUGCAUCCAUUCAUAACAAUAUAUUAAACAUAUGUGUGAAAUGCAGGGUUUCAUAAAAAAAUACAGGCUCGGAAUCAACUUAGCUAGAAGCUGGGUAUAGAAAGGGAAGCUUCAUAAGCAGCCCCAUCCGCAAAUGUCCAGAUGUGAAUUUCAGCCUCUUAUCCCCACAGGCUGGCAGUUUGGCUCCGUCGGAGGUCGCUCUGGCCUUUUCCCUUCCAGCAUGGUGCAGCCGGUGGCAGCUCCCACUUACCACCGUUUCCAUCCAAACCGUACAAACCGGCAGGAAGCCGUCAGGAAGAGCCUAAGGAGAGAAACACAGCUGGAGAGAAACAUUAGCAAGGAGGUGAGGCAGGCUGUGAGGAGGAGGAGGAGGAGGCGGUGGCAAAUGAUUCUACAGUUUCUCUCAUGGGUGGGGGAAAAUACUCUGACAGGGAGUAGGGCCUGUGGAUUUGAGAGGUCUGUGAGGAAAUACAGAGCUCCAAAAGAGUUCUGCAGUGGGAGAGAAAGGUUAUUUGGGCAUGUGUGUUUUUGCUGUUGGAAGCAUAUGUAGACUGCUGUUAAUUAUAAUUAUUUGCUUAUAAAAAUAUUUAUUUAUGAUUUGCUUAGUUAUAAAAUAAUUACUUAUGUGCUGCUAUUCAUUUUUUAAAAAUCAGAGCAGUUUUUCCAACAGUUAUACAUAAAACCUGAAGUGACGUUUAUAUGAAGGUUUUCUCUUCCUGCCCCAUCAGAACUUGACCUCCAGCCUGGAGUCAGAAGUCAAUAGUACAACAGCCAGCACUCCUCCUUGCAACUAUACUAUGACGGAGUUUGCCGCAACACACUUCCAGGAAGCCCAGUCCGCGUGAGUAAUAUGUACCAGAGGUCCUUAAUUAUUGUGGGUGCUUCCAGAUUGGUAUUUCUUAUGGGAUGGUUGCUCCUCAUGUCUGCAGCUUUUUCACAGUAGCUAUACAACAUGGUUGGCAUCAAAACACUAACCAGUAUUUCCCAUCCCAUUUAAUUUUAUUUUUUUUAAAGAUGGGAUUGAAAUAUUUUAAACGAAUAACACUCUGCUGACCUCCCCUCUCUCUAUUUCCUUUAUACAAGAGGUAGGGAACCUUCUUUCCUGCAAAGGACCUUUGACCAAUGGGAAAAGUCAACUGGAGGUCGCAGCCAAUAGCAGGCAGAGCUAAAGGCAAUGGUGGGUGGGCUCCCAGCUGAAAGUGGGUGGGAAGAGGGCCAAAAUUGAGUAGAAUUUGCAGCAAGACUGCAAGAUGCUGUAGCUUUGCUCUUUCUUUCAAACUGCCACUCCAUCUCUGAGGGCUGCCUGACAUUAGGCUGCAGACCACAGGCUCCUUACCCCUCCAGCUUUAUGCCAUAUUUUUGUCCCACUUCCACAUAGGAAGUUGUAUGCAAAAGAGUUCCCAAGGAGGGCAUGUCCUUUGGCAAGGUCUUUGCCCCCACCCACCCCAAAUUUCUUUGGGCGCAGAUAUUCUUCCUCUCCCUUCCUGCCAACCUUCUCUGUACCCACUUAUUUUAGAUUACUAGUAUUUCAGAAUAUGUAGGCAUGUGGAAUGGUUUGAGUUUGCAAUAUAGUAAGCACAUAACUGCAAACUCAAACCAUUCCAUAUGUAUAGUAAGCACAUAACUGGGACGCGGGUGGCGCUGUGGGUUAAACCACAGAGCCUAGGACUUGCCGAUCAGAAGGUUGGCAGUUCGAAUCCCCGCAACGGGGUGAGCUCCCGUUGCUUGGUCCCUGCUCCUGCCAACCUACCAGUUUGAAAGCACGUCAAAGUGCAAGUAGAUAAAUAGGUACCGCUCCGGCGGGAAGGUAAACGGCGUUUCCGUGCGCUUGCUCUGGUUCGUCAGUAACAGCUUAGUCAUGCUGGCCACAUGACCCGGAAGCUAUCUGAAGACAAGCGCCAGCUCCCUCGGCCUGUAAAGCGAGAUGAGCGCCGCAACCCCAGAGUCCUCUGCGACUGGACCUAAUGGUCAGGGGUCCCUUUACCUUUAAGCACAUAACUUACACAGGGGUUACACUCCAGGGAUUGCUCCUAAAGCCAAAAUCAUAGAAUUGUAGAGAUUUUUUGCCCACAACCCUGAGAUUAAGAGUCUCAUGCUCCUAUACCUGCGGGUGUAGGCUGGUAUACUUAUAAUAAAAUAAUAAUGAUGCUCUGCCGAAUGAGCUAUACUAGGAGCAAUCAUGUAUAGUCAAAACACAUUGGGUGCUAUGGCGGGUGGGAUUGCCAAAGUCUUCCCCCCCUAGACUUCUGCCUCCUUUUAAAAAAAUAAAAAAAUAAAAGUUUUCCAAGCACGUAAAGCUGAAUGCGCACAUUAAACACGCGUAAGUUGCGUGGUUACUGUAUUGCCCUAGGGCCUUUGAAACAAGAAAUGUACUGUUUCUAGUGAUAGCACACACACACAAGUGGAAAAACAUUGAUGAGAGUAGGAGACUCACUGGAAAAAAGAAACUUCAAAGGUAAGAAUACUUCUAGAACCUUCUUUUUCACGCAGAUAACCCGAAGAAAGCUGAGCCUGCUCCUCUCCCUCUAUAUCACUACAUGCUUUUUAAACCAACUUCAUAUCAAAUUGGCAGCCGAACGUUCACUUGUGUCUCUGGAGAUAUCCAUGGAACAGCUACCAUAUCAGCAGUGAAUAUUAUAACAGCCAUAAAUAAUAUCCUCUGAACACCCCUUCUGUACGAGAACCACUCUUACAUUUGGGUUUGGGAGCUGGACUACUUGGACAAGAGUUUGGAAGAUAAUGACUGCAUUGCCCAUUUGAGAAUUCAUUUGCUACGCUGUCAAAAUGAACACAAAGAAGCUCCCAUAUGAUGCUUUUCAGCUGAUGGUAUAUAACCUCUCAACUCCCAUGAAUACUUCCAAACUCUAACAAACACUUUUGGAAAGAAUGUGGACAAAUGGGCACCUACUUCCACCUUUGGUGGGAAUGCCUUCCUUCAAUACAAUGAUUUUGGAAUGUCUGCCAGAACAGUUGCUCUCCAGGCCACGUGGGGCCUCCAAAGCAAUGCUAAUGAAUUGUUUUGAACACAGUCAUUCUGGUGGUUUGGAUAAAGACUUCCAUAAACAACUACAUGACAACAAAAUGAUGACUAGUGAGGAAGUGGAAGCAUAUCAGCAAUAGAGUCGCCAUCCAUCCAGAUUUCCCUGGACAUAUCCAGAAUACUGCAGUCGGCAGCAGUGUCCAUGCAGAAAUCGGGAAGAAAAAAUCUGGGGAAAUCCAGACUUAUGGCCGCGUAUGCUGUUUUUGCCUGUUUCCCCACAAAAAUAGCUUGAAAGCCCUAGUCAGCAACCUUCCCAGAAAAGUAUAUUGAUAAGGUAUGGAAAAUACUGGCUACAUGCUAAAUUAUCCAUCUAUUACUUCAGGUAGCAAGGAAUCUCACUCAAAAGAAAAGUCCUCUGACCCCAUGGUUUCGUUUACGUUUCCUUUGCUAAGUCCUAGGCCAUGAGCACAUUCCCUUAAAAUACUAAUGUGUAUAUUUAAUUUGAUGCAUUCCGUAGAAUUUAUCAUGCCACAUCUUACUAGAAUUCUCAACAAAAUCCCAGGAAUCGUGCAAAUUCUUUACUAUUCAGUUUCUAUUUCUUCACUCCAUUUUGUUUACUGAAAUCCCUCUUGCUAUGCUGUAAUGAUGUGCUGAAUUUUUUUUGUGAGUUCAGUAAACCUAAAUAAAAUAUGGUUUAAAUUAUUUUUCUUGGACUAUAAUCAAAUUCUACAGAUAGCAUUUGAUCUGCCUUUUGUAUAUUUCCACACACAUGUCAAUAAAAUCAUGUUUAAAAAUUCUUCUAACUUUUCUAACUUGCCUGCAUUUGUGUUACUAUGAUGAGGUGGUACCAAGAUCUAAAGGAGUUGUGCUAAGAUAGCAUUACAUUUUCUGAUGACAAAAUUCCCCUGGGUGGGACCUGUCUGACAUUUUCUUUCAUACCACUUCAAAGGAAAGUAUGGGCAUCAUGGGAUAUUAAGAGGGAAGAAGUUCAUCCACAUGACUUGACAUGUACCUCAAGUGUUGCCCAGACCAAGAGGAAAGGAUUUGGAGUUACUUUGGAAUUCCCCACUUAUGCAACAUCUACCCUCUUCCUAGAAAGGCCUCUCUUUUCUCUUCAUGCCAUCCAUUUAUUAUUGUAGACUGGGGAACUGUGAAGUUUCCACCACAGCAAACAAAGAACCUUCAACUCACUCUUGUUGUUUUUUAUCGUUGUUUCCCAGACCGCUGGUAGUCCAUGGACUGCAGCUUAUGAAUCACUGCUGGAAACAGAUAAAGCUGCUUUAUACCAUUUCAGGCUCUGUCCUUCUAUCAAAAGACUGUCAAUUCCUGGAGCAGGGAACCUCAGACCUUGUGAGGGGGCAAGUUACUGGCACUCCAGGACCAAUUCUCAAGGCUCUCCCUGGGCCAUACGCCUCUGCUUCACAUCCCAAGUGUCUUUGCCUGGCUGAAAUGUGUGGUUGAACUCAGAAAAAUUGGAUGAAGGAUUCAGAGGGCGCUGUGUGUGUGUGUGUGUGUGUGUGUGUGUGUGUAGAACCUAGCCUGCUGUAAAAUGGUAAAAUCUCCAUUCAUUGCUCCACCCAAUUUGCCUUUGGCCUCAUCUACUAAUGGCAUGUGUUGUGGCCCUUGGAAAGUUGCCCAAAGGGGAAUAUGGCCCUCAGGCUGAAAAGGGUUCCCCACUUCUAUAUUCACCUGUUACAGACCUUCAGGGUCACCUGAUACCAAAUAAAUCUAGGAGAUUCCAGGGAUAGAACCUGCAACCCGCAUGUGCUUUGCCACUAAGCUAGACUGCAAAGCAGCUGGAGAGUAGGGCAUAUGUCAGACCAGAUUCUUGAAUGUUUUUUUCUCCUGGGUAAUACCCUAAUCUUCUGUCUCUGCUAGGCUGGGAUGGAAGGGGAUGAGUGCUGAACAGAAGGACCCAGCUCUCAUGGUUCAGCAUACUAAGGUAAAUCAGAGGGAGAGGGGAGUCAUCUCUGGGUAAUUCCUUUAUUACUUGGAAUGUGGAUAGUUGAAAGCUUGCCUUUUGGAAGUCAGUGCUGAAGUAUCUGAUGGUGCUUGUUACAUGGGUCACCAGGCAGAGGGCCUUCUCGGUAUUGGCGCUGGCCCUGUGGAAUGCCCUCCCAUCAGAGAUCAAGGAAAUAAACAACUAUCUGACUUUUAGAAGACAUCUGAAGGCAGCCCUGUUUAGGGAAGUUUUUUGUGUUUGAUGUUUUAUCGUGUUUUUAAUAUUCUGUUGGGAGCCACCCAGAGUGGCUGGGGAAACCCAGCCAGAUGGGCGGGGUAGAAAUAAUAAAUUAUUAUUAAGGGUGUGCACACUUCUAUUAGACCCACUUGAACUUUGCGCUGAGGGUAUCAGCUGCCUUCUUGGGCUUUGCCUCUUCUUGAUUGCUUGUAUUCUGACCUCACAGGAACCAAUCAAAGAAUCACUCCUGUUCUACUCUGAUGGGAAGAUGAAUGACCUGGCUACGAAGAAUUUUCUGAGUAGGUGGUUUUUCCUUGUGCUAGGUAAUGGGGGAGGUGGCAGUGGCUGUGUUUCCAGAGCUCGUCUCAUUUAUGCAGUUCUGGCACCAGGGGAAUGGCCUGAGACCAUUUCUUUUCUCCCCUAAUGGGAGAAACCAUUAUCCAGACAUUUGACUUUCCCCUUGGUUUGUCAAUAUUGGCAGAAACGGAGGCUAUAAUUUUCUUAAUUCCACUAUUCCCAGUGCCUGUGUUUUCCUUUUCCAGUUCUGAAGUAGGAGCAGAGAUUAAUGCUAGCUCCUGUUUUGCAGCUCUGAUGAGAUUUAUGGGAGACCAGCCAGGCCUCAAGAGCAAAGAUGAGGUUGAUUAUGUCUAUGAAAUCCUCCAGGUUUGUGGCUCUUUUUAUGAUGGGCUUGCGUGGGUGAUGGCGACCAGAAUGGGCUAAUGGAAGGGAAGAUCACAAUGUCUCCUAAGUGCUCGACUCCUAUAAGGAUGGGAAAUAAAUAAUCUAUCGAUUUUUUAAAAUGAGAUUUUUAUUCUGCCUUUCUGCUUCAAACAGGGAAACCCCACGGGGGCCCCUACAUCAUUUUUUUUUUUAAAAAAAAACAACCCUCAGAGAUAAAGCAAUUUAAAAUACACAAUAUGGGAAGCCGAAACAGAACAGCAUCGGGGAGCAAAGUAAAAAGUAAAUAAAAUAAGCUAAUCAGGAAAGUGCCAUUGCAUUCAAGUCCUGCUUGUGGGCUUCACAUAGGCAUUUGGUUGAGCACUGAGAGAACAGGAUGCUGGAAUAGAUGGGCCAUUGGCCUGAUCCAGCAAGCGAUUUUUAAUUCUUAUGUCUGGCCAAAUACCUGCUGAUGAAAGGGAAGGAAAAGCUGGAAGAUACCAAAUGCAGGUGAGUGUUGGAGGGACCGUUUAGAUCAGGGGUCAGCAAACUUUUUCAGCAGGGGGCCGGUCCACUGUCCCUCAGAUCUUGUGGGGGGCCAGACUAUAUUUUGAAAAACAUAAUGAAUUCCUAUGCCCCACAAAUAACCCAGAGAUGCAUUUUUAAUAAAAGGACACAUUCUACUCAUGUAAAAACACGCUGAUUCCCAGACCGUCCACGGGCCAGAUUUAGAAGGCAAUUGGGCCGGAUUCGGCCCCCAGGCCUUAGUUUGCCUACCCAUGUUUUAGAUGCAACGUGCUUAUUGAGCCAAAUUAUUUUCAAAUAUUCUGGUUUAGGAGUUGCUAUCUUAAGUACAACCCAAUCAAAUCUUUAGACUCUAAACCGCUGCAAAAUUAUUCUGGUCAUCGUCAUCUUAGACCAGUCAAGCUAGAGGCAUCUCCUGGGACAGUGAGUCCCACAUCCUUUGCACUGCAUCAGAGAAGGCGCUUUCCUCCCGUGUUCCUACCAACCACGACUUCAUGGGACCCACAGAACAGCCUCCUUCACUGACCUCAGUGGAUGGGCGGGAUUGUCUGGGAGGAGUUGGGUAAUAUUACCAACCCACUGAUGGCUGCCUUGGGGGAAGAGGUGCCAAGUAGGGAUCAGCUUGAGAAAGACAGGCCCUCAUUAACCAUCACCCCUCUCUGUUGACCCCUGCAUUGCCCAAUUCCAUGCAAGAUGAUAAGUCAGGAAGCAGUACGGAGGUCUUUCUAUUCUGUGUAAGUUACGGAUGUUCCGAAAUGUAUCUGCUUUUCCUCUUAUGCUUCUCUGCCUUGUACAGCUGUGCAAAGAGAAGGAGAAUCUGUGUGACGAGGUUUACUGCCAGGUCAUCAAGCAGAUCACGCGGAACCCCAGUCAGUAAGUACCUCUGCAUGUGUGUCUGUGGGCGGUGGGAGCUCUGAAAUUGAAGGAAUAGGGGAACAUGGGUGGGGAUAAUUGGGAUGUCAGUGUGAAGUGUUAAGUAAGGGAGCCUCUUGUUAGAAUAGAGGAGAUGUAGGUGUUAAUUUGAGUGAAAAUUUCAUCAUUAGAAAAUCAAGAUCUUUUGGUGGGUGGGUGGGAGUGAACCCUAAUGAUGCAUUUUUUUACAUUGAUUUAACUGGCUGUUGGCUCCAAUCUGUUUAAUUUUUUGCCAAAUUGGAAUGGUGGAAGAAAAGCGGAGAUCUGAGUAAUGGAUUACUGAUGAGCCCCAGCGCUGAGGCUCUGGGCAUGAACCGGGUGUUGGAUUUUAAAGGAGUUGUUUAUGUAUAUUGCAAUCCUCACCCCGCCUUUCUUCAAAGAACCUCAAGUUGGGGUCCUUGGGCGUCCCCCCCCCCACUUUAUCCUUACAACAGCCAUGUGUAGUUAGUUAGUCAGUAUGAGAUAUAGGGACUGGCCCAUGGUCUAAGCACCAUAGCCUAGCUUCUACAGCACACUAGCUUCAAAAAGUAAUAAUAAUGAAAAUGUUCUAAACCAGAAGUGCAGGGAGUCCUUUCCAAAUAUUGUCUGGCUUCUAUACCUGUAGCAAUACACUUGCGCAACUCCAGCUCUCAUCAGCCUAAGUCAGGCAUGUCCAAAGUCUAUUUCAGGGGCCUAAUAUGGCCCGCCGGUUGGUUUAAUCCAGCCCUUCACUUCAUCAAAUGUGGCCCUCUUUGAAAAAAGUUUGGACAUCACUGGCCUAAGUCAACAUGACCAGCAACAUCUGAAGAGUCCCCUUUUCAUGGAAAAGUGUUGGUUUUCUCUGUAACCCUCUUUGGGCUUUUAUUGAAAACAAGAUCACAAAUACUGAGGAUUCCACAAAUUCAGCACUAGCCUGCCAGGUUCCCAGGCGUUGUGGCUGCCCAUUCAGCUGCACUACAGAAAUGUCAGGGUUAUGUAGCUCUCGUUUAUGGCCUGUUAUAAAUCAGGACUGAUCCCAUUCAUGUGACGGGAGGAGUCAAUGAGAGAGCAGUCUAGCCUCAGAUAUCAAGUUGGGACUAUGGUAUAUCCUCCCGUCCCUCUGCUGUCUUCCUCGUUGUCAAUCAUGGACUGUAUUUUCAUCUUCUGAGGACUGUAGCUGUGGGCCUGAAUAAAGGGAAUUGUAAUGUUGAAGUCAGGGCUUAAACAUAUUUAUUUAUUAAACUGCAAACUGCCCAUCUGUAGACCUCAGGGUGGUUCACAAGUAAAAAACACAACAUACACACUCAAAACAAAACAAUAACCUCCCCAUGUGUUGAUACAGUGGCUUUUGUGCCUUCCAUCUGCCUGCCUCACUGCUGUGAGGCUGUAAUUGCCCCUUAGGAUCUUUGUAUUGAAUCAUAGCCUUUGAAAGUCAAGGACCUUAAAGUGAACUCUGUGCUGUAAACACCUGCGACUUCUUUGGAGCAGCUUCAGGGCUCAUCUACUUCAGGCUCUUUGCUCUUCUUCAGGGAAGAUGCAUUUCUUAUGAACUGAGCAGGUACAUGGAGUACCUUAAAGGUAAAGGGACCCCUGACCAUUAGGUCCAGUCGUGACCGACUCUGGGGUUGCGGCACUCAUCUUGCUUUAUUGGCCGAGGGAGCCGGCAUACAGCUUCUGGGUCAUGUGGCCUGCAUGACUAAGCCGCUUCUGGCGAACCAGAGCAGCGCACAGAAACACUGUUUACCUUCCUGCUGGAGUGGUACCUAUUUAUCUACUUGCACUUUGACAUGCUUUCAAACUGCUAGGUUGGCAGGAGCAGGGACCGAGCAACGGGAGCUCACUCCGUUGCGGGGAUUCGACCUUCUGCCGACCUUCUGAUUGGAAAGUCCUAGGCUCUGUGGUUUAACCCACAGCGCCACCCGCGUCCCAUAUGGAGUACCUUAGACACACAUAAUCCGCCCCCCCCCACUCCUUGGAGCUUCUCAUUUCCCCAUCUUUCCCUUCCAACUUUUCUCUUUUCUCUCCCCCUCAGUCCUCCUUUCUUCCUGGAUCCUUAGCAGCCCACCAGAAGUUGUCUUUUGUCUAAUCCUGCUCUGUGCUCUGCCCAAGGGAACUAUGCCCCAUGUUUUUCUCUGUCCUGCAGAGAGAGCUGUCUCCGUGGCUGGAGGCUCCUGGGCCUCUUGACUGGAUACUUCCUCCCUUCCAGCAUUUUGAUGCCAUAUGCCACCAAAUAUUUGCAGCAGGCCAGCUCUGACCCCAGUUCCAGCACAGGUAUCGUCUGCCUCCCACCCUUGGGGCCAUAUGUGCUGGCUUCAUUCAGCACCAAGGGAAGCGUGAGGGAGAGCAAGAAGUGGCUCUUACUUCACUCCUGGAGUGGUGGUCUUGGGAGGGACUUUGCUGACUUUGAACUGAGGUCACACCACCUGCAGGAUUCCAUAAUUCAACAAGAUUCCAUACAUGUGGCUGUUGUCUACACAAUGUCUCCUCAAGUUAUGAUAGCCAGGAACUCCGAACUCUGCUUCAGUAAAUUAUAUGAGCAGUAGGCCCUAGCCCUUGAGGCUCGGCUGGUAGGGAUAUGAACAUAAGAAUAGUCUGUUGGAUCAGGACAAUGGACCAUCUAGUACUCAUAGUGGCCAACCAGAUGCCUGUGGAAACCAGGGAGCAGAAUAUGAGCACAAGAACACUCUCCCUUCCAGUGGUUUCCAGCAACUGGUAUUCGGAAGUAUUAUUAAAUCCAACUGGAGGCAUAGCAUAGCCGCCAUGAUAGCCCUCUCCUACAUGAAUGUGUCUAAUCCUCUUUUAAAACCAUCACCCUCAGGGUACUACCUUCCCAAUUGAAAAUUGGGUGGGUAAGGGCUAGAGUAGGAGGCCGUAACAACUAUAAUGGACUUGGACCAUCCUAAAAGGUAUGGAAAGAAUCCAUUGGCCUUCUUUGGUCUGUGAUAAGUUAAUGAGGCUGGCUGUGAAAGAAGCAACUCAAAAGCUUCAUUGAAUUUAGCUGAGGGGUUUGGUGGGAUCUUCCCAGUGCUGGGCACAGUAUCACCGACUGCCUCACUCCCGUGUGGUUCUUUGGACUUCCCUUCAUUGUCACAAGGCAAGGGAUAUCCUAAAGGGUUGUUGGGGCUCCAGUUUUCACACCAAAUCGGGGGCUAAAUUCAGAAUCCCAACUGAGCAGAGUUCUCUAGCUUGUAGUAGUCGUAAGGCAACACUCGUAAGACUCGUGAGGUGACAAGCUCAGCCCUUUGCCCUUUCUCAACCACAGAAAUAGCCAGGAUUUGCCAGAGCAACCUGAGGAAAAUGGUCAUGUACGGAGGCCGUCGACACUUGCCGUUCCGUGUGGAGACUGAAGCGCUUCUGGUAACUGAGUGAAAUAUGGUUGCAGGAGGUCGGGCGUUGAAGGGGGUAUUCUACCAUUUGGGUUGCUAAGGCAAGUCCCUGAGACAGCAAAUAUUUGGGGCUAGGAGGUAUGUGCCAGUACAGGAACUGUGGAGUGGACUUUCCUUGAUGCAGGGCUGUGCCUGGACAUUUUGCUGCCUGGGGCAAUGGACAAAAUAGUACAUACAGGCACACAUUACACUUAAGAGGCAAACAGUUGAAUCUUAUUUCCAUACUGGCAUUGGAACAGCAUCCCCCACUACACUUGAGGGAAGAAGGACAGUUUAAGGACAGGCUGUGUGGUACUUACAGCAUGGUGCUCCUUGCUGUGUGAGGCAGUCACCUCACUCUGGUUAAUGGGAGGGCCGGCCCUUGCUUUAUGUGCUGCAUGAACGGGAACUCUGUGGAUAUAUACGGGAAGGAGACAAUAUUCAGCAAGGGAGAAGAGGAGUCGAUUAUAUACUGGUUGAGAUUGUUCGUGAGGGGUUACUAGCGUCUGACUGGGAGGUUGUGAGCCUACAUGUGUGUUUAUAAAGGGGAACUGAGUUUCCUUUGUGGAUGGGAUUUGUGAGGAGAGGUGUUAGCGAUAGCAAUGGAUGUUCUGAGGAACAGACAGAAUUUCUUGGGAUGAUGGAUGUGGUUGAAUCAGGAUUUGAGAGAGAGAAGAGCUGCCAAUAGGAAAUGCCAAGGGAAUCUUCCCCCUCCAGCUAUGCUGCUCUCCCGGAAAUCACAAUGCCUUUGAUCCAUGAUGCUGAAAACCCAGAGCAUGCUUAAGUAACGCAAAUAUCUUCAUUCAUUCAAGCUAUGUUCUUUAAGAUAUUAAAACCCCAAAGGUCACAAUCAGGUCAGGUUUUUAAGCCCUAUUCAUUUCACUGUGAGAGUCAAGCAGAUGCUGGAAUCUGUAAUGGAAAGCCCCAGUAGGGUUUCAUAGUGAUUACAUUUGCCUGGAUCCUGCUCUCUGGGAAGGGGACAAAGAUGUCUGUACUGGAUUCUCUCAAACCCUGAAUCCUUUCCCAUUGGUAGAAGGGACGUGGCUCACGUCAUGUAUCGGUCAACCUACCUGGAGGUAUGAGAUACAACACGAAAAUCAAGACAUUCACGGUGAGUCCCUCUUUGGCGUGUUCAUCAGAGUGUUAUGGGGUGGGGGGAUUGUGGGGACAGUGCUGGCCAUGUCCAUUUUUGGGUGGAUGAGACUGACUUUUGAAAUAUUUCUGUCUUUUGAUUUUCAUCUCCCCUUACCGAGGUGACCCAGAGUAGGUCACCCCAUUUUUUUAAAUGCUAUUUAGAUACAGAGAUCAAGAGAGCCAGUUCUGCACCUUCUGCCAUUGAAACAGCCUCUUUCUAUUGCAGGGGCCUGUGGUCAGUCUCAUCACCCAUCUGAGCCAGGGCUCUUACGCUUGUGCUAUUAUUUUCUUUUAUUUCCAGGGGUGGGGUGGGGGCAUAGUUCAGUGUUAGGGCAGCUGCAUUGCACACAGAAAGUCCCAGUCUCCAGAUUAAUUCCCUGUCACCUCCCGUUAAAAAAGAUUAAGGUAAAGGUAAAGGGACCCCUGACCAUUAGGUCCAGUCGUGGCUGACUUUGGGGUUGCGGCGCUCAUCUCACUUUAUUGGCCGAGGGAGCCGGCGUACAGCUUCCGGGUCAUGUGGCCAGCGUGACUAGGCCGCUUCUGGCGAACCAGAGCAGUGCACGGAAACGCCGUUUACCUUCCCGCAGGAGCGGUACCUAUUUAUCUACUUGCACUUUGACGUGCUUUCGAACUGCUAGGUUGGCAGGAGACGAGACCGAGCAACGGGAGCUCACCCUGUUGCGGGGAUUCGAACUGCCGACCUGAUCGGCAAGUCCUAGGCUCUGUAGUUUUACCCACAGCACCACCCACGUCCCUUUAAAAAAGAUUAGGUAGCUGGAAAUGUGGAUGACCUCUGCCUGGAGAGCCACUGCCAGUCAUGGAAGAUACGUCCUGGGCUAGUUGGAGAAGUAGUCUGUCUUGGUCAAAGGCAGCCUCCUGUAUUCUUCAUCUCAUGAACUCAAUGACUUUCAAGGGAAUCAUAAGGGCUUGCGUCUGUACACUGUGAUUUAGCCAUUUCCCUUCCCAGGGAAAUGGGAGUUGGGGGUUGGACGCGAGCCCGCCCCGUGCGCAGGGGUGUGGCUAGCCCCUGCAUCAUAGGGAGUCCCCUCCGUGUCACGCCCCCAGGCCAACCAAUCCGGGCAGCCGGGGGGGGCAUGGCGUGCUUUAGGAGUUGGUUGCAGGUGUGAGGGUAUUGGCGGCGAGCCAUUUGGCUCGGGUGGUAGUUAGGCAUUGGUGUAUUAGAUUGGAGGGGAGGGGAGGUAGAGGCCAUCACCUACCCCUCCUACUUCAAGGGUAUUCCAUUAAAGGAAUCUGGGGGGCGUGAUCCUGUCUGAAGCCCAGGUGAGGGCUAUGGCUAUGGCACGACCCCUAUCAGUAACCCUGGGGGAGCUUGAGUUGGUUUGCAUCAACAGGGCUCUCCCUACCAGUGGUUAACCCUUCUGAGACUUCCUGCAGGUGGGCAGGAGUCAGGUAUAAUCGGCUCGGUUCCAAUGCCUAAGCCAAUACCACUCACAUUCUGUAACCAAUAAAGUUGUGGCCUUUUUUAGCCCAUUAACCUAAAAUACUGGUGUCAAGUGUCUUUAUUCCAACAAAGGGGCGGGUUCGGGGCCUUGCCACACAACCCCCAUUCUUUCCAGCAGUUCCCCAUGUCCUCCCAGAGGCUGCUUGCAAAGUAUCUUUGAAUUUGGAAGGAGGGUGCUGCCAGAGGUGCAAGAGUGUACUCUUGAGAAGCCCUGCUGUAUGCAUAGAGCUCACCAUGCAUCAGUUUGCCACUGGGGCCUAUGAUGAGCAGACUGAGCAUCUCCCUCUUUUCUCCCUUCUCUCCCACUGAUGUGAAUCCAAGAGGAGCCAUAUCAUCUUUCGGAAGCUGGCCAGAUUUGCAGCUCACCUGUCCCUUCCCAAACUUACUGUUUUCUGUUUGUGGCUGAACACAUCACAAUGGAAUUAAAACUACAGUGGUACCUCGGGUUACAUACGCUUCAGGUUACAGACUCCGCUAACCCAGAAAUAGUGCUUCAGGUUAAGAACUUUGCUUCAGGAUGAGAACAGAAAUUGUGCUCUGGUGGUGUGGCAGCAGUGGGAGGCCCCAUUAGCUAAAGUGGUGCUUCAGGUUAAGAACAGUUUCAGGUUAAGAACGGACCUCCGGAACAAGUUAAGUACUUAACCCAAGGUACCACUAUACUGUACUAUAAAAUCUCGCUAGCCCUCCUCCCUCCCAUCACUAAAUGAGGGGGGCUGGAACUUAUGCCAGCACAGGUCAUUCCCUUGUGUUUGGAAGCCCUUCCAGUUGCUUACAAAUGGCUAGGAUGCUACUUUUAGACAGCCAGUAGCAGGGUAAGGGCUAAAAGUAUUCCUUUCCCAUUUUGGUUGUAGGUUGCUGCAGACAUCAUGAAAGAAAUCGCUGAGCAGAUGGGGGUCACUGAGCCAGAAGAGAUUCAGGAAUUUGCCAUCCUGGCCAACAAAGAUAACGGUAAAGUGCCCCCAUAGCAGUGGCAAAUGGUCAGCUGCAGGAUACUUUUCUUAUACAGUGGUACCUUGCAAGACGAAUGCCUCGCAAGACGAAAAACGCGCAAGACGAAAGAGUUUUCCGUUUCUUGAGUCGUUCCGCAAGACGAAUUUCCCUAUGGGCUUGCUUCGCAAGACGAAACGUCUUGCGAGUUCUUGCGAGUUUGUUUCCUUUUUCUUAAAGCCGCUAAGCCGUUAAUAGCCGCUAAGCGCCGCUAAUAGCCGUGCUUCGCAAGACGAAAAAACCGCAAGACGAAGAGACUCGCGGAACGGAUUAAUUUCGUCUUGCGAGGCACCACUGUAUGAUGAAAUGUACUAAAGAUGACUGCCCAACAGCAGGAGCAGGGAAGAUGAGUAAAUGGCACCCUAAUCAAGACAAGAUGGGGAUAUUUCCGUGGGUAGUUUGUUGACUAGCAUGACCUGGGUGGACUCACAUCCCUCCUAAGACCAUCAAGUGCCCACCAGCCCAGGAAUGCCAGUAUGCAGAGAGAGAGGCAGUGUGAAUUACUUCGCAGACUGCGUAGCUGGCCCAAGGUAAGGGGUGGCUUAUUGAGGCUGUACUGAUGGAGGGCUUCCAGAUCCUUCCUAUGACGGCACCACUAAAUGAGAGGGAAUUUAGAUCUUUUAUUUUCAUCUUAAAAACACCACCAAAACCUUCAAGGUUCUAAUGGGGACAGAUGGAGACAUAGGUGCAGAUUGUAUGAAUGAGAUGUAGUAGCCGUUGUUGACCAGUACGUUUCACAUGAAAUCGCCUUGUGCAGGAAUGUGCAACACGGUGCCGUUAGGGCUGAAUCCUGGGGAAUAAGGUGCCUUUGAUUUGACGGGGGAGAGGAUGACUUGAAGCGCCACAUCCUGCUCUCUCUGCUUUACUUAGAAGUGGGGGUGAUGUUCAGGUGAGCAGGGUUCUGUCUCUUGUUUUGCCAUGCAGGUAAGAUUGUACGUCCCUUGCGCCAGACUGAGUACAUCCAUGAUUAUUUGCUUGAGGGAAGUUCGGUAGAGCUGGAGUUCUGCAGGAUCACCUGGAGGACGCCCUUGCACUUUGAGAAUGACAUGUAUAUUAACCUUCACUUCAACCAGGUAAGCUUAAGGAGAGGCGCCUUUCUUCCUUCUGUGCGUUUUAAAUUACAGUUGUAAAUCUUUUAGUGGUAAUGUUAUCUUUUUUUUGUAAACCGCUUUGAGUUUUUUCUGCAAUCUGUAAAAUUUAUGUAAAAUUCUGUAAAUUUUAUAAACAAAUACAUAGUUACAGGAUUUCAAUGGCAAACAAAGCUGCAUGUCUGCCCAAAAUUUUUUGAAGGCACAAACAGUGCUGAAAUCAGAACUGCAGAUGACCGUUCCAAUGCCAUUAUGAGCAGAAAUCACAAUGAAUGCACAAUAAAAAGGAUGUCUGAAGGAACCCUUUGCAAAAGGCUGGGGAUUCCUCUGAAGAUGCCGCACACAUUGCCUGUGAGCGUAUGGUGACAUCUUGUUCCCAUUAGGCUAAAUUUGCUGUGACCUAGCUUGAUGUUUGGGACACUUUCAGGGCAUCAGCUGCCAGAAUUUGCUGAAUAUCUAGAGUUACAUAACCAUUAAUAGGACUGUGUUGUUCAACCAGCAAAAGGCUUCCCUGCUGGUUCCUGCUCAAGGGAUUGUAGGCAAAGAGUGAAGUACAAUGCAAUGCUCUCUUUGUUAGGAGCAUCCUACUCUCGUGUAGGAACCUGGUAGAGACACAUGCCCGACUGGCAUGUUCUCUCCCUCCUGGUCGGUCGUUCGGGAGCUUCAAAAGCUUUCUUCUGCCUGAACAUCACAGUGACUGAUACCAAAAGGCAUUAGCACGCUUAGGGAUCCGCAGAGUAUUCGCAGUUUGCGUAACAGACUUCAGUAGCACAGCAUUUUGGCUAAUCUAAGUUUAUUUACAUAUAAUACACUCAGAGCAUUCUGACUUGGCUCCAUCCUCUUUCUCAUCAGACAGCACAGAGAGAGAACAAAGGACAAUAGUCCCACUUUACAGAACACAGUAACACAAACAUCCUGUCUCCAUCACUUCCCACACUGUGGAAUGAAAACAUACACCGUCAUGUGAUAGACAACAAUCCCGUGACUGCAGACACGGGGAAUGAAUCUCCAACACUCUUGUUGGUUGUUCCUAGGUGCUGCAGAAUUAUAUGAAAGGGAAGCUGCUGCUGCCACACACCAGGGAGCUAGAGAAGCUGGUGUGUGCCUUGUCUCUGCUCCAGCACUGGGCCAAGGGAGCUGGAUCAGUCCCUUCCAUGUAAGUCUCCUGUUCGUAGCCUUGGGUGGUUUGUGUAGGCCAGAACCUGAUGCUUGGCAGAGACAUUUCCCUAUGUGUGUCAAGAAGACUCAGGGAGGGUGAAGAUGUAUUCACAAAGUCCAACCAUCCUUAAUAUAGGCAAGACGAGGUCCCUGGCCUGAUCCUCAUUAUUCACAUCCCCCUCCCCCCAGCAGUUCUUCUUGUCUUCCUCAGAGCAUGUGCAUACUAUCACACUCCUAGUCCACACACUCAGAAGAGCUACGUGACUCUUCCCUGCCAUUUUGGGGGUUUAGCCAAUGUUGUUUAGAGACAGAGCAGGUAAAAUGUCUCUCAUACUUGUUUGCUAAUGGUAACUGUUCCAAGAAAGUGGUAACAGGGCCAGUCUGCCCAUUAGCCUCAGGCGGCUGGCUGGGGACAGCUAGAACCCAGAUGCCUAAGGAAUGUGCUGUUUGCCACCUCCUGUGCUUGUAGCUCGUGGCCAUUGCCUGGGAAGAGUGGAUCCACUAUUGCCACCUGAUCCUCUCUAGCCUCCUUUCCCCCCACCCUUCCAGUUGCCUCAGGCGGCGGAGGCAGGAAGGACAGUGAUGGCGGAGGGACACCAUUCUCUGUUUUGCCUUAAGUGGCGAAAUAUCUUGGGCCGGCCCUGGUGAUAAGGGGACUAGGUUCUGUCACUCACUAUAGGUUGUGGAUGAUUCUGUACUCUUACCCACUUUUGCAUGCUAAAUUUCAGCCCCAUUAUGGUUUACUUCAGGGGUGGUGAACAAGUGGCCUUCCAGAUAUUGAAGCACCAGACCCCAUCGGUCCCAGUCAGUAUGGCCAGAGCUGAGGGGUGAUAGGAAUUUUAGACUAGCAAUAUCUGGAUGGCUGCAGGUUCACCAUUCUUGAUUUACAUGAUCCAUAUACCUUGGGGGUGAGAGAAAUGAUGCAAGAGGUCCCGCUUACUAGUUUAUUUCCUCUCACAUCCUCUAAUUAAUCUACUGAACGUUAAAUGAAGGCACCAUUCACACAAUCUGAGUACAGAGGUACAUUGGUUCUCGAACGUAAUCCGUUCCAGAAGUCAGUUCGACUCCCGAAACAGUUUAAAAACCAAGGCGCAGCUUCCAAUUGGCUGCAGGAACUUCCUGCACUCAAGCGGAAGCCGCAUUGGAUGUUCAGCUUCCAGAAAACGUUUGAAAACUGGAACACUUCCGGGUUUUCGCUGUUCGGGAGCUGAUUUCUUCAACAACUAAGCUGUUCGAGAACCAAGGUAAGCAUAUUUCUUACUUGGGCCCUGUGGCAGCAGAGUUCUUUCUACUAAACCCAGCCUGAGGGGAAGAGGAAGUAGUAGUAUUCUUGAAUUGUUGUUCAAAUAUUUCUUUCCAUGGAGCACAGCUAUGCGUCCUAACCAUACCUUUAUUUUCUGAUCACCUAAAUAGAGAGGAACUAGUAAGUUACAUCCCUGAUGAUGUUGCACGCCUCAUCAACCCAGUGAUUGUUCAAAAUUCUGUCACCUAUCAGCUGAAAACCACGAACCAACUUGAGCGACAGGAGGCAAAAAUCAGUUUCAUUGGUAAGUUCAAGUGGGCAAUACGGUUGGAGCUGGUAUGAUCUUAUUCUGUAAUCCCAAACUUUCUGCCAGUUUCCUGUUGCCACAUGGUAUUCCUCCCAAACAUCAAGGCAUGGAAUCCAGGAACAUACUGACAUGUUUAUUUUGCAUUCUCCAAAGAACUCAAGGCAAUUUACAUGGGGUUAUCUUAUUUCAUUCUUCAACCUAAUUGUUAUGAAGUACAUUACUGAUUCCCACGUUACCCAGAGCUUGACUUUCAGUGAGAUCUUCCCUGAGUCUGGCUUUUUUCUUUUAUGUACAUGUAGAUUACUUGAGGGGAAAUGCACACAUAUUGCAAAACGUGCUUUCUCUUAAGGGCAAGCAUCUACAAAUUACAGCAGUAAAAAUGGAUUGAGGCAUUUAUUUAUAGUAUGUCUUAGUGCCUGUGACUUUUGCUUUUCCUUUGGUACAGCAAGAUCACCUCUAGGUUCCUAUAGGAGGAUGGUCACAGCUUGUUCUUAGUUCUCCUUUAUUACUGUUCAAGUAAUUCUAAGGAUUUUUUUGUAAAAAUGUGGAUUAUCACUCUUCUGGUCCCAUCAAUAGCCUUUUUUGAAACACACAAUAAUUCUGAUCAGGACACUGGUCUGUAGGGUAGGCAAAAUGUGAAUGCAAAAUGUUCAUGUUUUUAUGUAGCGGGACUCUUGGUGUCAGCAAAACCCAACACAAAAAGCGUCUCUUAUCUACAAAGAAUGCCCAAUCCUUCAAAACCAUGAUCACCACCUGCAGGAUCCUUCCAGCUGAAUGUAGAAAUGUGGUCCCCGCUGUCGACACUUUGCAAACAGCCUUUUUUGCUGCCUCAGCUGCACUAUAACUUCCAAAUACUGAAAAUAGGUGGCAUCCAAUGCAUUCAUCCCAUUAGAUUUACCCUUGCGCAAUGGUAUUUUCGUCCUGUACCUUCCCCAGAAGAGAUGGGGUGGGGUGGGAGCUAAAUCCUAUGCUAACAGAACAAGGGACUUGUGUUCUAUAUUGGAUAUAAGCCACUGUGUGUGACUGUAGAACUGUACUGCAUUAUCAAUAAUGUGACAAAUCACUGCUUCUGUAGUUUUUGGAUGUGCCAGGGUAAUUGUGCCCUCUGGCUGUGGCAGCCUUGGGAAUACCAGGCACGGCACAAUAGUCUUACCUUUUAGCCAUAUUCUUUUCAGGAGAUGGGGCAACCCCACUGCUACUAGAAAGUCAGCAGCAGCAAUACAGUGGUUUGGCUUGGCCUGUGGGGUUUGACAUCAUGACCGCUUCCUUCUCUUGUCCCAGAGCACGUGAUCCAGCUGCCACUUUUUGGCUACAACGUUUACACUGUGGAGAAGAUCAGUACACUUGGGAUCCCCACGCCUUGCUUUGUAGGAGUGAAUGAGGAACAGAUCAUUGUAGUGAAUGGGAAGACCCAGGUAUGGCUUUAGUAGAAAUCCCUGGAGUAUUAGCAGCUUACUUUAGAGUAAGUAGCAAGUGCAGGGUGCCUAAUCCAGAUCAGGACCAUGCUGGGGGCUUUAAUCCUCACCCCCCCCGCCCCCCAUCUGCUAUCCUUACCUGGCUCAGGGAGGCAUUAAUGCAUUAAGAGGAAAACUCACAUUGGUUUCAACUAUAAAUCACAAGUGUGGUGGACCAACAUGGGUUGGGGCCUCAAAAUAAGGGAGCAUAGCCCUUUGCUUCCUGGGUCUGCACACAAAAAAAGAAAAUUCAUACAGUUGUAUCUAGUUUAACUUUUCUGAAAUGUUCAUCUGUUUCAUAAACUUAACAGUAAGAACCCUUUAUGUAUCUCAUAACGUGGGCUCUGGUCCAUGAAAGCUUCUUUAACUUCUUCUGCUUUCAAGAUGUCACAAUAAUCCUCGUUUUUAAACAAAUCAGUGAGUUUCCAUGUGAUUGGGCUGAAUAUAGUAAUCAGCAUGUAAAUGUCAUAGCUACCCACAGUGAGCGUUACCCAAGUGUGCUUUGGCAGGCUUCGUACAGAAUCUGAAUUAACCUUAUUAUUUUAAUAGUACUUACAAUAAUUUCAAUAAAGAAUAAUUGUGGAGAAUGAUGGAACAGAGUAAUUUCCACAAAAUUUUCAAGUUCUUCUUCUUUUUUUUACUAUUCCUGCAGCUGCAUUAUGGAAUAUCAUGAAAUGGGUGUAUAGAGUGAUUUACAUUUUGAGAAAAGAAUGUCCCUGAAAAGGCAGUUUCAGGGGGAGGGAGACUCUGCUAUGAAUAUUUGCUCAGUUCAGAGGACUGCUGUUGAAUUAGGACUCCUAAAAGGCAAUUUGAAACAUGCAUUAAGUUCUGCGAAAGCUCGUGUGGACAAAAUAACAGGAAUUAACUUCUCAUAUGAUUGGCUACUUAUGAGAACAGGACACUGCCAUGAGAUGAGUCACUGACCUGAUCCAGAAGGUGUUCUUAAUAGUCAUGCGGUGCUUUUGAUCCUCCACUGCAAUAUACGUGUCCUAACGGCAGUUUCCCUCCCUUCACCCAGAACCUUCACAGCCUUAUUCCACUGGCGACGAUACAGAGGAUGCGGACUUUGCGCCCCAUGAAUGAAUCUGGGCUUCCUGGCCUGGAAAUUAACUACGGCUCAGCAGCAGAUCCCAAAACGAUUUGGUUUGAAUUGAAGCAGGUAAUAUCCCUGGUCGUCGCCUCUUAAGUUAAAAGAUCCAGAUGUAAUUUUUAGCUUUGCACAUUUUGGGCCGUAACCAAGUUUACAAAAACAGACACAGCACAGUUGGGAGAUCCGAAUCUUACUAGGGUUUAGCAGUAUUCUACGGCCUGAAAGUAGUCUUAUUUCUGUUUUGUGGCAUUCCCCUAGUGCAAUACACCAUAAUAGAAGCCUGCUCUUUCUACAACCAGUCGUUCAGGGCUCUUGGCAGAACUUAUUUCUAGAGGUUAAAAUCAAGUGAAUUUCUAGCUACCCCAAGGCACUGACUGGUAUGCUACAAAGAGGUAUGUUCUGCUGCUAGAAGGCAGGAACUCAUGGGAUUAAAGGCAGGAAGCCUGUUCUGCAGCAUCCCCUUUCAUGCUGUAUGCUUGGGGAUAGGGCACAUCUCUGGCCUGCAGGAACAGAGCAUAGUGAGGAGUCCUUUAUCUGGAACUAAACCCACUGUUCCUGCACGUGGUUCCCUGGAGGUGCUACUGCCAACCUGUGUAGCUGAACCACAGGACAGCGUUGCUUUUGAAGCAGGAGAAAGACCGCCAUAUGGGAAAACAAGUUAACUACAAGGCUUUUGACUACUGGAUUUUUUUGUUUUUUAAAAAAAUACUGGCACAAGGAACACCAAGCUCUAGUAAACGAAGGCUCCAUCUGGGUCUCACUUAAAAUUAUUUUUUUAGUUGGUGUGGGCUUCCUUUUGGAAAGUAGAGGUGCAAGCACAAAAUGAAACGAUUUCUCAAAAUGAGGGGGAAGGAAGUAGAGAUGGCAGAUGAGGGACUUUUGUUUCAUUGAAGUUUCUAUCUUGACAGGCUAAAGCAUUGUACCACACGACUGCCAUCAUCCUAGAAGAAACCGAAUCUGAGGCUUAG